AUGUUCCAUCUGAUUGACAGACAGUUUGGUGUCUUUACUGACCGAGUUUUCCACACUGUUGUCUUUCUCACCCUGAUACACUCCUGUGCAGGUGAAUUAUUAAGCUUAUGAAACAGUCUGGUUGAUGUUCACACGUAAAAUUGAUCUGUCCUCCUAAUGAAACUCCACAUCUUUGUCAAAUCUGUUUCCUACUAUCCAUUUUCAGGUCAGACUGAGCUGAGGGGUUCAUCUCAUCCAGUAGUGGCAUUAGUCGGUGAGGACAUCACUCUGCCAUGUUACCUGGACCCUGCCACAGAUGCUUUUGAUAUGACUGUGGAGUGGGCAAGACCUGACCUGGACCCUAGAUUUGUCCUUGUACGACGUUCUGGUGUAGAGGUUGGAUUUCAAAAACAUCCAUCCUUCACAGGACGAACAUCAGUGUUCACUGAAGAGCUGAAACACGGAAACAUUUCACUGAAACUCUCCACAGUGAAACUCUCAGAUGAAGGAGGAUACAAGUGCUUCAUCCCUACCCUAUCUAAAGCUACCACAGUCCAGCUCAUCAUAGGUAAGUGGGAACGGGAGGUUUAUAGACAGAAUUUGAGUGGAUUUUAAGAUUGGAAAUUUGACUCUUUCUUUUAAAUCUUAGAAAUUGUGUCAUCCAUUUCAAAGCAUUAAGCAGGUGCUUGUUAUCAGUGCACAGCUCAAAGGCCAUUUUGGCAAGAUGAAAAGAGACUUAUAUGACCUUAUUAAUCAUGAGCUGGGUGACAAAGUGGUAAGUGCUGGAGCAUCACAGCAAGAAGGUAGUGAGUUCAGAUCCCUUAAUGGGGAAGAAUCUUUCUGUAUCAAGUUUGAAUGUUGUCCCUGUGCAUACAUGAGUUCUCUCCAGGUACCCCGGCUUCCUCCUGCAGUUCAAACACUUUUUAGUUAAUCGAUAAUGGUAGGUAGGUAUAAGUGUGUGUUGAUGGUUGUUUGCCUCCAUAUGUCAGCCCUGUAAUAGACUGGUCACUUGUCCCUAAAGUACCUUGUCUUUCGCCUAAUGACUAUUACGGCUUUGGACAUACCAAUCAACGUUAGCCUCACUCUUUCCCGAGAUUAUGAAGUGUAACAUAAACAAGAUUUCAGAUAUAAGUGGCAAGUGAUUUUCCCUGAGGGCAGCAGAGAUACAUCUUAGAAAUGAAGUAAAUGACAAGGCUCCGAGUGGAACUGCUACUCCUUCACUUUCAGCAGCUGAUUGAGGUGGUUCUGGUAUCUAAUCUGGAUGAAUUCCUUUGAGGUUUUAGGGCAGACCCCAAGACCAGAGCCAGUUUAUUAGCAGGACUCUUCUCCUACGGAGCCAUGCUGUUGUAAUCCCAGUUGUCAGAAUGUGGUUUGUCAUUGUCCUCCUGAAAUAUGAAGGUCUUCCCUUAAAAAGUCUUUGUCUGGAUGUAGAUAUUGCUCAGCAUUAAUGGAGCCUUCACAGAUGUAAAAGAUACCCACUAUCUCAUCUGCUUUGGAACUGAUGUUCUAUAUUAUGAUGGUAAAAAUAACCUCUCUCUCCUGUAGGAGCUGUCUCCUCACCUGUUGUUCAGGUGACCAGACACAACAGUGGAGUGUUGUUGGAGUGUGAGUCCAAAGGCUGGUAUCCAGAACCAGAGAUGUUUCUGUUGGACGCUGAGGGAAAUCUUCUCUCUUCAUCACCCACUGAGACCAUCAGAGGUCCUGAUGAUCUCUACACUGUCAGCAGAAAAGUGACUGUGGAGGAGAAACACGGGAAGAACUUCAGCUGUAGAGUCACACAGAAGAAGAUCCACCAGAGCAGAGAGACACACACUGUUAUUCCAGGUAAAUCUGAGUCAGAAGUUCAUGAUGGGAUCUCUGAGCUGUACUCUCAAGUUUUUUUGUUUAUCAUUGCAGAUAGUGUCUUCAUGGUCCCAGCAACUCUAACUACUCCAAGUCCUCCUGGUACUCCUGUUAAUCCUAAUACUCCUGGUACUCCUGAUCGUCGGGGUGAUGUUAUCGGCUCACUGAUCGGCUGUGCUGGUCUGGUUUUGACUCCUUUGGUCAUCUUCACCAUGUGGAAAAGGAGUCAAGAUAAAUCCAGUGAGUCGAACAUUGUCUUUUAUUUCUAUGAUGCUUGUUAAAAGCUGCACAGACAGUUUUUAAAAAGUGAAAGUUUUUCCUCAGUGUCUGCCUCACAUCCACAUGUAGUUUCUGAUUUUAGGGGUCAACAUCUAGAGAAGAAAUGCCAUCAGACAGAAAUCUAAAAAUAAAGUUAACAUCUGAAAAAAAAACAACUACAGCUUAGGAUAUGAGGUUGACGGUACAACCAUCAACUCAGCCUCUCAGAUCAGCUGAGUACAUAUAAAGGCUCAAAGGUCAAAGUCAGUGUGACUCCACAUCCAUCCAAACAUCCUCACAGUACUUUAAACUGUAACUUUCUUCUCUUAAUUUCAACACACUGUAAAGAGAAAUAGAAAUACUCUUACCACUCACUCAAACUAGUAUUUCUAAUCAUUUUAAAGACAUGUUUACAAUUUCAAAACUCCAGACCAGAAGAAUUACAGGUUUGUAGAUUCAUGGCAGCAACCUUUUUUUAAUUAUCCUUCCAGUUUUUUUUUUUGUUUUGUUUUUUUUAAUAAUAAUAAUCAACUGAUCUAUUUUAGUCUCCGACAUGUAUCCUCAAACUUUCACAUAGUCACACAGGAGAAAGACUGAUUUACACAGUAUUUGUCUGAUUCAACAGAUCUUUUGUUUUGUAAAGGAAGUCUUGAAGUGAUUUUAUAUCGUAUGUUUUUUUUUUGACUUCAUGAUCCAACAGAACAAAACCAUCCUUGGUGAUCAGUUGACGAAAUGUGUUUUUUUUCUGUCCACACAGAAAACAAGACGGGCCAUGAGGAUGGGACUGAAGAGUCUGGAGAAGGAAAGCCAAAGACCCCUAAAGGAGAUUUAACAGAGUUUAAAAUGGAGAAAGAAGGUGGAGAUGAAACAACACCACUUUUGACACAAAGAGAAGAAGUGAAUAAACCAGGUGACAAAGGAGAGGAGGACAUCCAACCUCAAAGUGAACCCAAAGACCAGCUUGUGACAAAACCAGAACACAUAAAGAACCAUGAGGACCAGAGUGAACAGACUAAGAAAGGAAAGCCAACGACACAAGAGAGUAAUAGAGCAGUCAUCCAUGUUGUAAAGGAAGCAGGAGGACCAAGUCCUCCACCAACAGAAGGCAAAGAAGACCAGAGAGAGGACAUAACAGGAAACAUUGACAUCUCAUCUCAAAGUAAAUCCGACCUUCAGCUCCAGACAAAACCAGAACACAAGAGGAACAAUGGGGACCAGAGUGAACAGACUAAAGAAGGACAGCCAAAGACACCUAAAAGUGAUAAAGCAGCCAUCCAUGUUGUAGAGGAAGCAGGAGGACCAAGUCCUCCACCAACAGAAGGCAAAGAAGACAAGAGAGAGUACAUAACAGAAAAAAAUGAUAUCACGUCUCAAAGUAAAUCCGACCUUCAGCUCCAGACAAAACCAGAACACAAGAAUGAGGAUGAGACUAUGGAGGAAAAAGAUAAGACACAUGAAAAUAUAGAUGAAGCAUCCAAUACUGUGGAGAAAGGAAGAGAGGAUGACAACAAGCCUCCAAGUGAAGACCAGAUCAUGACAAAACAUAGACAUAAGACAGACUGUGAGGACGGGACUGAACACAAUAAAGAAAAAAAGACAAUCACACCCAACAGUGAUAAUGAAGAAUCCCAUCUUGGAGAGGAAGCAGGAAAGGAGGGUGUACCACCUCUGAAGGUUAAUAAAGAGGACAAUAAAGGAGAAGAGAACAACCAAAUAGAGAGUGAACCCAAAGAUAAGCUCAAGACAAAACCAGAGUCUGUCAAUGAGACGGACCAAACAACAAGAGGGGGUGAAACAGAGGAAACCAAUCAAGAAAAAGAGAAAACAAAACAAAAACAGGAAGUGGAACAAAGCCAAGGUACUAAUGAAGGAACUGAAGAUGAACAAAAGCAUAUGGUGAAACCAGCUGGAGGGGGUUCGAAUCUUCACAUGGAUCCAUUGGAUGCAAACAGACAAGGAGAACAGCUCCAAAGUCUCAACAAGGAUCAGGACAUACAAAAAAGUGAGAAAGAGAAGAUUCAAGAGACAAAGAGAAAUGAAGAGAGGCAGAACCAGGUAGGAGGAGACCAACAAGAUGGAAGUUCACAAUCAGACCCAGAGAAGACUGAAGAUGGGGAAGAGCUUAGUCAACAGAAAGACCAACAUGUGGUGAAUGAACAUGAGGAGGACGAGACGGAUCCCGAGGAUAAAAUCAAGAAGAACAAGGGGGAAAACCAGUCUGACAGUACUGGGACAGUUCAAGAAGAAAAGAUCCAAAACCAGGACAUGAGACAAAGACCAGUUAGCAAUGAUGGGACCGUAAAUAAACAAGAGCUGACAGUGAACCCAGCUGGAGGUGUUUCAGAACUGUCUACAGUUCCACUCAAUGCAGACGCACAAAACAGACAGCUCCAAAAUCUCCAAACAGAUCAGGACUUAGAGAAAAAUAAAGGGACACAGCCAAGGUCAGGAAGUGAUGUAGACUGUCAGAAGACUGAGUCUGAGAAAGAGGAGUCAAAGGAAGAGGAGAAGGAAGAGACAGGGAGAAAAAGGGGGAGACCGAACCAGGGAGAAGGAGACCAAGCAGAUCCUGGUAGUCAGUCAGUGACUUGGAAAAUUGAAGAGGGAGAAAAACCCAAUCAACACAAGACCAACAAAACAAAUGAAGAGGACAAACCAAGUCCUGAGAAUAAACCAGAACAAGAUAAAGAACCCUUAGACCAGUCUGGUGGUACUGGAUCAACUCAGCAAAAAGGGAACCAGGGGCAGGGUACAGGACAAAGACCAACUUCUCAAGAUGAGGUUGCAAAUAAGGAGGAGAAGAUGGAAAGUAUCAAAGAGGAUCUACCACCUCCAAUGGAUCCACUGGAUGGAAAAUGCCAAAGAUCACAGCCCCCAAACCACCGUACUGAUGGGGACAGGAAGGACAGGGGACAGGAACAGCCAGGAGGUGAUGUCAUCAACUCAAACUCUGAGUCUGACAAAGAGGGGUCAGCUUCUUGCCUUGGUAUAGGUGAAUCAACUAUUUUGGUUCUUGAAGACUCAGCAGGCUGCUAACUUUCUCUGCAAACAUGGGGCACGAACUCAAAAUCCUGGCCUCAGACAAUUUCAGUCUUUCUGAGUUCAUGAGAAUAGAGCUAAGAAAAUUAAGCUCAUAUGUUGCCACUGACUUUUUUAUUUACUUUAAACCAAUGACUAUAAAAAUAUAAAUGACAACCUUUUAACUAACAUUAAAGUUGCUGUGAGAAAUGAUGUGUCAAAUUUGGCGCCCCCCUGUGGACAAAUCAGCCAUGUCUUCUGACAAAAAAUCUCAACGUCCUGACUUUUGAGCUUUAUUUUUAUUUUAUUUUUUUGUUUGUUUGUUUGUUGUUUGUUUUCAAUAACAAAUCUAAAUUGAUUGGUCAAAUUAUUCUGAUGCAAUUUUUUAAACCUAUUAAGAUAAUUGACAUCCUUAACGUUCAAUCUUCUGCUUUUGUUUUAUUUGCUGUAGUUUUUAAACAGCCAGUUUGAUUUUGUUUUUUUUUUAUACCUUUUAUGAACUAUGUCACAGUUCUGUUGUAUUUUAUGUGAAUCUUUUUAUUUUACCUCUUCUUUAAAAUGUGAAAAAUAAACCUAUUUGAGCUUUAAUUUUUGGUGUCAGUUGUCCUAUGAUGUAAAUGUUACAUUCUGGAUGAAACUGCAGUUUAUUGUUAAUUUGUUUGUAUUGAUCUGUUUUAAACAUUUCUACACUAUCAUUCAGUAUUAAAAUGGGAGAUAAAUAUCAAUACAUUUAAAUAUGAGGUCCAUAUUAUUGCUCCUGCAAAAAGUAGAGCUGGAAUUUCUAAAACUUCUACUUCACUGAAAAUAAUCAUCAGCUAUUAAAACUCUCUGUUUUACUAAGUGCAGUGUAGUGUGUCAUUUAAUGAGAUAAUUGUUCUUUAUAAAACCUAACCUGCUGAGCUGGUUCACAAAGAAAAAGAUAACUGAACGUAGACCAAGAGGAGCAAAGAUGUUAACCCUAACCAUCUUUAUCUUCUGGGUUGAGUGGAAAGCAAAGUUUUUUGAAAAACACAUAAUCCAUCAUCUGUAAUGGCACUGUAACCACACCUCUCAAACAUAACAAACAAAUGUGGAACUUCUACCGUGAAUCAAACUUUAUAGUACGAACUCUGAGACUUUGAAAUACAGGCCUGCCUGAUAGAUAGAAUGCGCUCAGUACGGAUCCUGUAUGUUUUCGGCUCAUGUUUCUGUCAAAGAUACUGUGUUUUGUCAGGCUUUUGUACAAGCUAAGCUAAUGGCCAUUAAUUUUAGAACUGGUCAGUUAGGUUGUGGUUGGCUGCACUUCUUGCCUUGCUCUAUUUUAGUCGUCCCAGCUUCACUGUCAGUACAUUUUUUUAAUACUUAUUUAGAGCAGGGGUUCUCAUCCAGGUAGGCUAUACUGUAAAUACUGUAAUUCAUAAAUGACAAUUAACUAAGUCCCAGAAAAACAGGACAGCAAACAGUCCCCAAAAAAGGGAGUAAAUGAUCAAAUAACGCAUAGGCAUGGGUUAAUUAGUUGCACCUGUUAAGAUGCUCAAUUAAACAUGCACUUGUAUUGAAUGUUUAGUUCAGUCUGCACCGCUCAGCUUACCAGGGUGCAGCAUUUUUCUUGCCAAUGAGUGAGCCGGUGACGAAAAAAAGUGUUGAAUGUAAUUAUUUUUGUUUGCCUUUUGUGUUUUUGCUACUGUGUACACAUUUAUAAAUUACAGUAUUUACAGUAUACCAGGAUGAGUUAGAAAUAUAUGUAUUUAUAUGAUGAAUUGUAUAACUAAAUGAUAUCAAUCUCAAAUUACAUUGUAUCAAUGUGUCACACAUUCAUGUCUCAAAAUGAAAUAAUGUUUGUGACCUACAUGGCUUUGGUCUGUUUACCUCCUAAAACUGUUUGUCUAAUAUAAGGCUGAAAAUCAGUCCCUCAGAAUCAAAUAUUAUAGGUAAACUAUACAUUUCCUGAAUCCUUAGGAUCAUGUUAGUUCCAGAUGUGGUUUUUUGUGUCUCUGAUAUUUCUUGAUGGCACAGGACUAAAAGAAAUAAUAUAAUUUAGGCAGAAAUUGUGUAAAACAUGUUUUAUUAGAAGUUUGAAGAGCUCCAGUAACCACUGUACUUGUCCCACAUAUACGCAAAAGGGCUUGACUGAAAGCUCGAAGUGUCCCCUUAAAAAUGACACCAACCACUAUAAUAAAGAACAUUGCAAUAUGCCCUUAACAUGAGCCAAUACCAAGAUAUGCACCCACGUCUAAAAUGCCAUUUUUCAAUGGGAAAGGGUAACUUUGGCAGCUGAUAACACCAAUUUAGCUGUGUUUUAGGAAGGGGUAUCAUACCAAAAUAUUAUAUACAGACAUAGAACUUCUCAAAAAUGAUAAGUAACCUUUGCCACCUUGAGUGUCUCCCGGUCGACGUGGCCCCCAAAGGUAGCGUCUUCCUCACCUCAGAUCUCAGUGCCCAGUCAUGUCUCCUCACCAUCAGCUGCUAACUGUGUAGAUGCGUAUGUAUGUGAAGUUGUGUGUGUGGAAAUGUAUGUCUAUGUUCACGGGUGUGUGUAUGGGUAUAAUUGUGCGGGUGGGAGGUUUGGGGUUUUCUUGGGGAUUUUAAUGUUUCAUUUUGUUUUUAUGCUUUGUAAGGCACUUUGUGUUACAACUUGUAGGAAAAGUGCCAUAUAAAUAAAAUAAAGUUGAAGUUGAAGUUGAAGUUGAGUGGUGGCGACAUCUCGUAUGGCCCGUGGACAACUUUGGGAAACACUGGAGAUAAAAAUAAUAAAAAUGUUAAAAAGAAAAGUAAAACCUGAUGGACUAAAACAAGAAGAUAAUAUAAAAUGAACAAAUAAAUAAGAAUAAAAAUACAUAAAUUAUACAUUAAGAACUUUGAUUAAAAUGAACAUUUGCAAUAAGAUAAAUAAGACAAGGCUAUCAGUGACAAGCCUGGUUAAAAAAGUGAGUCUUGAGCCUCUUUUUAAAAACAUCAACCGUCUCUCUGGCCCUGAGGGUCUCCUGCAGGCAGUUCCACAACCAGGGACCAUAGAAACUACAAGCCAUCUCCCUGUGUGUUUUUGCUUUGACUUUGGGUAAGGUUAAAAGGCCUGUGCUGGAGGACCUCAGGGUCUGCGAGGGUUGAUAUGGUAAAAGUAGAUCAGAUAAAUAGGAGGGGCCAAGACCAUCAAUGCAUCUAAAAACUAAUAAAAGAAGCUUAAGAUCAAUCAUGAUACAGAUGGGGAGCCAAUGCAGCGAUGCUAAAACUGGGGUUAUAUGCUCUGUCUCUUGUCGGCACUUUUGCAGCUGAAUUUUGUAAUAAUUGAAGGGUAUAUAAGGUCUUGGGGAGGCCAGAGAGCAGAGCAUUACAAUAAUCUAAAUGUGAGGAGAUAAAAGCAUGCAUCAGCACCUCCAUGCUGGCCUGGGAGAGAAACAGGCAGACUCUGGCUAUAUUCUUAAGUUGGUGAAAACCUACCUUUGCUAUGUUUUUGAGCCUGUGUGUGAGCCUCUCUUCCUGUAGCGACUGAAUGUCACCAGUCAAUCGAAGCGGGACGCUUGUCCUUCUUACCUGGUCGUUUGAGUGGCUGGGACAAAAUAGUUUUUUUUUUUUGUUUGUUUUUUAUACAACUAUGUGUUCUCAGUGGUCUUUAAACUGUAAUUAUUAUCAUUUUAAGGGCUUUUCUUCUGCAGAGCUCUAGUAACUCAUUGGCAAUUUGCCUAGGGACAUGAUGAAAGCUAAUAUCAUAAUUAGCUUUCUUACGAGCAUUGCAAUCUGCUAACGCACAAGCUUGUUGUGCGAUCAUCCUCUGUAUUUCUCCUCUAUAUGAAGAGUGUGGCCUGCAAAACGGGGCUCCAGGGGCGGAGCUUGGAUUGGUUAUGCAUGAAAUCUCACUGUUUCUGAACCUGCCAUUUGGGUCUGCCAGAGAUUCACAGCGAUUUGAAUGAAGACAUAUUCAGAAAAGUUAUUUAGCACUUAGUUUUCUCAUGAUAUGUCCUGUAGCGUCAGAAAAAUGUCAUAUGAACAUAUAAAAAACAAACUAAAAACAACAACAUGAUUUUCAUCAGGGUGGGUCUUUAAAUCCAGGAUUCAAAUUCUGGUCUGGCACUGAAAACUUGGGACUUGGACUAUAACUUAAGGAUCCAGUUUGACUUGUAGGGUUACUGACCCUUCUCAUACCAUCAUGCUGUUGGUUCUCAGAGUCGUGUUCAUAAGGAAUUUCCAGAAGGAUCAUUUAAGAGGACUCCAUCAGCACUGAACACUGAAUCUCCCCUCAACAAUUAUUUUACAGCAUCACUGUUCUCCUUGAUGUUUCAUCUGUCUUUAAUUUUCAGACUUAAGGAUGUUUCCUCUGAUGUACAGACAGUCCCCCAGUCUUCACUUUGGUGCCUUCACUGACCUGCUUUUCCUCACUGUCAUGCUCCUCACCCUGAUAAAGUCAUGUGCAGGUGAACUACCAACAUUUAAGUUUAACUAUUUUGUAGGCUACUUAAAGUACUUCCCGCUGCUCUUUUAUAAACUGUUUGUAGUGGCUAUCUAAUGUCUUAUUUUUCCUGACUGUUGCAUUUGUUUCAGGUUUCACCGUUAAGUUUUACCGCAACAAAUGAUUUUUGGUUCAGCGCCUCUCAAUUCUGAAAAACACAGUAGAAAAGUUCAGAAGAUGGAGACCCGAGCCAAUUAUUUUCCUUACCGGAAUUGCUCUUUAUUACAAAUCCAAAAACACAUAUAAAACCAUAUAACAUGUUCCUCUAUGCAAGAAUGUCUGUGUUAGUGUCCAUAUAAACAUCUUUUUCACAUCAAAACGGGCAAUACUAAAUUAUAUGUCAAAUGUUCAGGGUUCUCGCUUUAAAAAUAAUGUUUGGAGAUUCAUACCUUCAUGCUAAAAGUGAGCUCAAAUAUCGGGGGAAUGUUAGGGUUAUAAGCUACAUGGGUUGUAGGAUGAUUGUUUCCCGCACUGAUCGGUGGGGCUAUUUUUAGUGAUCUUUCUGUCUAACAUGCUAAAGUCCAUCAACAACACACUACAAACUCGCACUUUGUUUAGUUUAACAUUGUUUAGAUGUAAAGAUAUAAUUUUGUGGAUUUCACAGUUUACAAACCUGAAAAACACAGUAGAAAAGUUCAGAAGAUGGAGACCCGAGCCAUUCAUUUUCCUUCCCAAAUUUGCUCAGGGGAGGGGGUGAUCCCUUCAGAAAGUCGUCUGGGCACAACGCAUACUGGCUCAUUAAUUUUCCUUCCCAAAAUUGCUCAUUAACUAAAGUUCCUUCACACCUCAAAUUUGUGUAAAAUAAAUACUAAGGUUUUCAGUAUGGAUAGAAAAAGUAUCACACAUUUCAAAGUUUACUUAUUUUUACAACCACUCUUGAGUGACAACAAGAAUGUUUUGUAUGUUCAGUCAGCUUGAUGGCCAACAAGCAAAUGCAAGACAAUGGUGGCCCUCUGCCGCACUCAUUUAUUGAGAACAACAACACAAACUUUCAACACUGUAAGCUUAACUGAAGCCUUUGUCACAUGACAACUGGAGCUACUAAGGACAGCAAUAAACAGGCAUCAAAUACAGGAAACAAAUCAGCAAACACUCAAUAACAUCCCCAAAUCCAAACAAAAUGUACUUCUCUCUGCACUUCAGCAAAUUAUAUACUAAAAAAAACACAAAACAACGUUUUCAUAGCUAAAUGGCGUUGACGCUGUUGUAGCAUUUUGAUUUUAUAAUAAAUGUCCCAAGAUUAAUAAUUGAUAAAAAUCUUAAAUUAUGACAAUUAUGCACUCGUUAAAAGGGGCACCACUUAGAAGACUAAGAAAAAGUAAAACUAAGUUGUAAGAGUCUUAGAGAAAACAAGAGGGAACUAAGCGGAAACAAAGAAAAGAAUACUGAGCAAGUGAAAACACAGAAGAGAGCAAGCACCCCAACUUUACUGGUUUUAUCUCCUUCACACUGGGAGUGUCUCUGGGAUGUGUGUGUGAGGAAAGAGAGGAUGGGUCGCUGGUCUCCAACUGCAGCUCUUUGAAAGGAGACCUUCAGGACCACUGAUUAUUUGAUCUAACUUAUACUUUUGGCAAGUAAAAGAGUCAGAUCUGAUACUCACUCACCAUGAUUAAUGUGAAUGAACUUUUGGUUCACAAUAAAUGAUUUGAUACUAAACACAUACAAAGAAAAGUAGAAUCACUUCAAACAUUGUCAUUAUGUUUUAAGUAUCACGUUGGACAUGUUAAAUUACUCUGAAAUGAAACAGAUAGUAACACAUAGAAACUGUGAACAACAAAAGAGUAAACACGUGAAUGAACUUCAUUAUUAAUAAUUGGUUCUAUUUACUAACAUUCAGAUUAUUCAAUGACUUUAUAACCACCUAAUUGUUAAAAAUACCAAAUCAACAAUUAAAAUGUAAAACAAACACUUCUAAACCAUUACUUAGAGUAAAGUUAUGAUUCAUACUUAAUACAUUUAACUCUUAAAAGUUCAUGAAACAGUCUGGAAAGCUUUUGGUCUAAAGAAACUAAAAAUUAAAGUAUUUAUUCUGUCAGAGUGAUAACUUGGCUUCUGGAGCAUAUAGAAAAACAGGACACAUCUAAUUUUAACACAAAUUUCAUGAUUAGACAGAUCAGCACAUUGCUGAACCUCAAAUGGGAGACCUGAAUUUAGGCAUUAAAUUUAGAUGAUCAGUGAUGAAGUCAGUUUGAGGGGAAUAAAAACUCUGUCUCUGUGUUCCAAAUUGACCUGUUGUGAAGAGCCAGAGGUUUAGGUCAACCUCCGGUUGGGUCAGCUGAGUAACCUGAAUGUGCAAACAAGUCUGUAAAAAUUUAUAUUAUCUUGUGUCUGGGACCAGAUAAGGAACCUUUCCUGCAAGGAACGUGUGAGUUUGACACACAGGGUUGUCUUGAUGCUACACUGUUCUCUGCCCUCUGUUUCAGGUCAGAGGCUGGUUGGUUCGUCUCAGCCUAUAGUCACAUUAGUCGGUGAGGACGUGGUUUUGCCGUGUUACCUGGACCCUGCUGUUGAUGCUUAUGACAUGACUCUGGUGUGGAAAAGACCUGACCUGAACCCCAGAUAUGUCCUUGUGCAGUGCAACGGUGAAGAAGCAGGAUUUUAAAAAAAUCCAAAUCUCCAAAGUCAAACUCUCAGAUGAAGGAGGAUACAGAUGUUUUAGUCCUGAGUUAUCUCAACAUACUACAGUCCAGCUGGUUGUGGGUAAGUCUGAACAUUUUCAGGUUUUUAAACUGACCUUACAUGUCUCAUUGGUCUUUGCUAUGAAUAAGUAAUGAUAUAGUUGAAGUGAUAUUUCAUCAUGAUGAAAACUGUCUGUUUAUGAUCAUACUUUUGGUUUAUGUUUGAGUUCAGAAUUUAAGGAAGGACCUAAAGUUCGAGAUUCUCCUGUUAGACAAAAAAAAAAAAAAAAAUUCAAGAGUCAAGUCAGAAGAUGGUGUUGAAACUGGUUAUCAAACUUUGUCAUUUCAAAGUAGUUUUGGGGGCUUUGUUGUGGCAGGUUUCUACUUAAAGAGUAGACAAGUACCAGAACAGGUACAAAGAGAAAACUGUGAAGCCAAAGACACCUCUCUCUCCUGUAGGAGCUGUCUCCUCACCUGUUUUAAGAGUGACCAGACACAACAGUGGAGUGUUGUUGGAGUGUGAGUCUAAAGGCUGGUAUCCAGAACCAGAGAUGUUUCUGUUGGACGCUGAGGGAAACCUUCUCUCUUCAUCACCCACUAAGAUGAUCAGAGGUCCUGAUGAUCUCUACACUGUCAGCAGAAAAGUGACUGUGGAGGAGAAACACAGGAAGAACUUCAGCUGUAGAGUCACACAGAAGAAGAUCCACCAGAGCAGAGAGACACACACUGUUAUUCCAGGUAAAUCUGAGUCAGAAGUUCAUGAUGUGAUCUCUGAGCUGAACUCUGAAGUUUUUUUGUUUAUCAUUGCAGAUAGUGUCUUCAUGGUCCCAGCAACUCUAACUACUCCAAGUCCUCCUGGUACUCCUGUUAAUCCUAAUACUCCUGGUACAUUUUGGCAGAAUUCAUGAUAAAGCUACAGACCCUCCACAGGUCCAGUAUGCAAAUUUUUUUGUAGGAUGGUAGGGGAAGGUACCGCCCUCCUUCGCCUUUGAUUGGCUAGAAGUGCUGGGCUCUGAUUGGUUAUUCCUUAUGGCUGUGAAAUUUUGUCGGCUGUUCAAAUUGGGGUUAGGAUAAGGGUUAGGAUUAGGAUUAAGGUUAGGGUUAGGCGAUUCAGAAGUGUGAUACUGUUCUGUAAUACAACAGACUGGAAACAGUGCACAGGCUACACCACUUGGCCCAGUGGAAAGCAACAGUUCUAAAUAGUAUCUUGAACAGAAUAGAAGACUCGGUUUUAUGAAGUAAAGCUUUAAUUACUGCACACUGCGGUUCUUGUUCUUUUGACAUAUUUGUGCAAUAAUUGUUUUUAUUUGUAAGUCAUAUUUAUGAAGGGCACAUUGACAUAAGUUCAACUCAGUCGUUUCAGUUAAUGUGGCAAUAAAGAUUUGAAUAUGAAUUUGAAUAUGAAUUUGAAUUAUCAGUAUAUAUCAGUAUGGUCUGCAGCAGAGUCUCUUGUGUAUGAACUGUAUGAACCCUUAGUGAGACAUGCUGGUGGAGUACAAACACACCGUUUUAUGCAGGUGAGGUAAGCUUAUUUCUUCUCUAUUAUACCCUGACCUCAUGGAUCCUUCUGUACACUCCAAAAUCAUCUGACAGAUAUGAAUAUGUUUUUAAACAUGUUCCUCUUUAUUCCUCCAGAAUUGAGUUAUCUGUCUUUCCAGGAUGUUUCCUCUGAUAGACAGACAGUCACUUAGCCCUCACUUUGGUGCCGUCACUGACCUGCUCUUUCUCACUGUUGUCUUCACCCUGAUACACACCUGUGCAGGUAAAUCACAAACAUCAUUAACAGCCUGUUAAUGUGAAGUAACUUCAUACUGACUGAAAAAAAGCACAUUUUCCCAUUACAUUUUUAUCCUAGUUUUGUACCCAUAAUCCAAAAUUAGGACCAGAUCCUUGUUUCUCAUUCAGGUCAGGAGCUGAUUCUUCCAUCUCCACUAAUUGUGUCAUUGAUUGGUGAGGACGUCACUUUACCAACUCACCUGGACCCUGCCAUGAACACCUUUGAUACAACUGUUGAGUGGUCUAGACCUGACCUGGACCCCAGAUUUGUCUUAGUGUGGCGUGACGGCAUGGAGCUAGAGAGUAAAAAACACCCGACCUUCAGAGGAAGAUCAUCAGUGUUUAUUGAUAAACUGAAACAUGGAAACGUUUCACUGAAACUCUCCAAAGUCAAACUCUCAGAUGAAGGAGGAUACAGAUGUUUCAUUCCUACAUUAUCCAAAGAUUCCAAUAUUCAGCUGAUUGUGGGUGAGUCUUUUGAAGAUUUUAAACUGACUUUGCUUAAGAUAUGCACCAAGUGUAAUUUUGAUGGAGCCUGCAGGCAGAACCUGUUAAUCUACAAAACAUGAAAAGAGGUCUUUAAUUCUGACUAGAUCUCUGGGAUCAAGUUGGUUAAAGAAUUCAUCUUCUCUGUGUAGGAGCUGUCUCCUCACCUAUUUUAAAAGUGACCAGAAACACCAGUGGAGUGUUGUUGGAGUGUGAGUCUAAAGGCUGGUAUCCAGAACCAGAGAUGUUUCUGUUGGACGCUGAGGGAAACCUUCUGUCUUCAUCACCCACUAAGACGAUCAGAGGUCCUGAUGAUCUCUACACUGUCAGCAGAAAAGUGACUGUGGAGGAGAAACACGGGAAGAACUUCAGCUGUAGAGUCACACAGAAGAAGAUCCACCAGAGCAGAGAGACACACCUGUAUGUAUCAGGUAAAUAUAACUCUAAGGUUGAUAGUAUCGAAUAAACUCACUGUUAAUGUGAACAAAGUCCUCUUGUACCAUUUUGGAUCAGUUCUUUCUGGUUUCAGCCUCUUCUGAUAAUCCUGGUCCUCCUGAUCAUCGGGGUGUUGUUAUCGGCUCAGUGAUCAGCUGCGCUGGUCUGGCUCUUUUGGUCAUCUUUGCCGUGUGGAAACGGAGACAAACUAAAUUCAGUAAGUCAAACAUGUCUUCUGAUUUAAAGUUUUACUUUACUUUUUCAUCCCUGUAAACUUCACCAACCUUUGUUUCAUAUUUCACCAGUUUGUCCUUCUUCUCUGUCCACACAGAAAACAAGACGCAGAGGGAUCUCACAGGGUUUACUGCAAAAAAGGGAGAAGAAGAAAGCAUUUCAUUUAAGAUGACAACAGAGGACCAGAAUCAAGUAGAACUCUGAAGACAUCAGGAGGAAACCAGAGCUCAGGGGAGGGACCAACAAGCUGAUAUUGAUGAUACUCAUGGGGGGGAUCAAUGAGACGCCAAAUCGAAUCACCCCAGGAAACGAAGGAAAGGAGGCGUGAGGUAACAGGGUGUGGUGUCUGAAAAACUAUGACUGAGACCGGAACAAUACAAAACCAGGGAGUUCAAAACCAGGUCAAAGAGAGAGAGGAGCUGAGCAUCCUGAGAUCCUGCAGAAAAAGGAGAAGACUUACAGAGAUGAAAAAGGUCUCAGUAUAGACACAUUUUAAAGCAGAUGUCUUCCUCAUUCCAUAAAAAAUCUUGUGUUUCCCUGGAUAUUCAAACAUAAAAUGGGAUAUAUUUUAUCGUUUUAUCGUUCCCACCAGAAAAGCUGGAUAAGUAGAAGUGUGUUCGGGAGGCUGAUCAUGAUGUGAGUUUCUGAGACCUCUCCUUCUCUUUAUUUGUGUAAAAAGGUUCAUUAUCUCUGAAUGCUGUCUUAUCAAAGCUUUUCACAGUAAAAAACACAGUUUCUGUUUGACUUUUCCCAUGAUUUCACUAAAAGAAGUGUGCUACUCUGCUGUAUGUGUUGAUAGAAUACUUGUUGAUAAUGGAGUCACAGUUUGAAACACUUUCUGAAUAAUUAUAGUAAUAACAACUUUACCUGUACCAAACUUUAAAAAAGGAAACAUAUUAACAUUUCUGACUGCCCCCUCAUAUGUGCAUUCCUAGAACCGGCCCUGUCCUAGGCCCACUAGUGAUAGUUUUAAUCUGUGUCUAGUCAACACUCAUCAGCUGUAUUUUAGUGUUGGAAGUGGUUGCUGGCUUGAAUUGUAACCUGAGUAAAACUUCCUUCUCAUGGGAUUGCAAGAGAGGUCUGUAUGAGACAAACCAUCAUUGUAAUAUACAGAACAUAUUUCACCCAUUCUUGAGAGUCGGGACAAAACAUGUCCUACAUAGAAAAGUCUAAUUUAUUCAAAACAAUUAAGAAAUUCUAAAUGUUUGACAUACUCAAAAAGUUAAAUCUAAUGGAUUUGUGUAUACCAAUCCUAUUUUUUAGCACAGAUAUUUACUUUUUUGGGGGAUAUUUGUUUAAAUGAAACGUCUGUGGUUAGAAGGUGCAUGUUAUUGCUUGUGUCCUCAGCAAGAGGUCACAAUAUUGACCAGCCCCAAAAAACUUUUAAAAACUCUAUAAUUGUGAAAACAUAUACAUCAAAUAAAAAUUCAGGGCUAUAAAUAUAUAAACAAUGAAUGGCCUGAACAUCAAAUAGCUUUUUGCCUAAAAAUCUGCCUAUCAAAGUUGUGUCCUCAGUUUCUGUCAACUCCAUCAGAUUAUUCUAUAAACCUCAUUAAAUCAUGCAAUAUCAUGGUCAGCUAUAUCCCUGAGGACCCCUUUUCAUUUCCUGCUUCUGGUGAAUGCAACACCACCACACAUGUGCUGCGUCCGAACUGCCCGCUCGGAUACUACAUGCUACUGCUACGUGCUACUGCUAGAUCCUACUCCUACAUACUAAAAACGUUGGCCCAAUUCGGACACACUAGACGAGCGGUGGGGAAAGACGACCCCCGCAGGCAGAGAGUAGGUACUGCGCCCGUGCAGACAGUGGCAACUGAAGCUCCUCAUCUGCGGGCCUGGCUGUAGUACUGCAGCUGUGCAGUUUAAUGAUGGAAUAAGUGAGCUUUACCUCCAUGAUGUCGCCACAUAUUUGCUCAUAAAAUGAUUACUUGGGCAAAUAUGACACCAUGACAUGACAAAGAGAUACAACCGCACAUUUUUUAGGACAGUGUGUGAAGUUACAUGAAACUUACAUCUGUACUGCUGCGGUCCCGCCUGCUGCUGCUCCGACAUGGUGCGCGCUGCUGUGGCCAGCCGGCGUUCGCGACACUUUUAAAUAGGCAGAGCAGCUGGUGGCGCUAGCAUCACAUAAGCUUCUACAACUUUUAAGAGGACGAAGAAGAAGCCCGCGGUGCAUUUUGGGUCAGUAGCAUGCCCGUAGGAUGCACCGAGACCAACCUACAAUGUGGGCGUGUCUAGCAUCUGAAGUAGUAUCUGAAGUAGCAUGCUACUCGCUCCGGUGGCCAAUUCGGACAUGCUAGAUACUACUUCGACUACUACUUCGACUACUACUUGGCAAUUCGGACGCAGCUCUGGGCUGUGUCCGAAAUGGCAUACUGCCUACUAUCUACUUACCUACUCAAGCAGUAGCUACUGCCUACUGACUACUCAAAGAUGAUUUGAGUAUGCCGCGGCUGCCCGAGCGUUUACACACAUACAUACUAAAUACCCCAGAAUGCAUUUCGUGCCGGCCGGACGCAGCGCCGGGAAAAUUUAAAUAGUCCUACCACAAGCUACACAGAACGACUGCAUCCCGGACAAAUUAUAUAAAUUCAUUCAAUAAUAAUAUUUUUUCUAGCGAGAAAGUAAGUGUUUACAUCACGAUUAUGAGCCCAGUUGUUUGAAAUAGUGGCUGUUUGUAAAUUUGUCUCGGCGUUUUCGGAGACCGAAGCGUCCACUUGGUCGGUGUUUGCGUCUAUUUACCGUAAACACCGGGCAGCAGCAGCUCCCCCUUCACGUUUCCAAAUUAUUGCGAAGUGUUUUCAUAAUCAACAUCUACACGACACAAACCGGGCGACAGUGGAUGAAAAAAAUCACACAAACAUCCGUGUAUCCAUGGUGAUAAUGCUAUACACCACCUGCUAGGCGUGUGAUGAGCAGCAGAGGGCUGCAAAAUGACCAACACACAACAUAAUUAUUAUGACCUCGUUCGGUUAUUCCUUGGCAAAUACAUCAUUUCCCGACUACAUUCUUUUCAUGUACAAUGAUUAUUUCAGAAACCAUCAGAUUUUCAAUCACAAGUAAGAAUUAGUAAAGCUCACAUAGAUUGUCAACUGGAAACUCCCCCGUUUGUAUAUUCUGAACCAUGUGCUCUCUACCAAAGAUAAUUUUUAUUAAUCAGAGGUCUGAGCUUAAUAUGAGCGACCACUUUGAUGAUGCAUUCAGAGAUGAGAAGAUGCUCAAACUUGAUGUAAUAAAUACAUCUUUAAUAGACACUUAAAUAAAUAAAGUCAAUUCAUACGAAUAGUUAAAAACAUUACUUAUAAUCCUAAUUUAAAAUACAAAUAAAUCUGGUAAAAAGAUCAAAAUAUGAUAAAAUGAUGAAAAUUGUGUAAUGUAUACUGACUAAAUAUUGUUUAUCUAUUUAUAUAUAUAUCAUUAUUAUUGCAAUCACAUGCCAUCUAUUUCUUUUCAGCCUCGGGAAGGAGGGCCAUAUUACCAGCUGAGAUGCGCAAUGCAUUGUGGGGCAGAAGCAGUACGUGAAGCAAGCUCCGUUGCACACUCAGAAAUCGAAGCUGAUUGAGUAUACAUCCGGGCAUUUCUCGCAUACACAAAAUUCACAUACUGUACAGUGUGAACGCACUGCCUACUCAAUUCAGAGGCGGGGUUCGUAGGAGUAGUAGGAGUAGUAGGCCAUUUCGGACACAGCCAUGGUCUGGUAGGUUUUACAGUUUUUGAUAUUUUAGACAAACAAUGUCAAUAUUUGUAUGGUCACAGCUGGACCAUGUCAACACCGUCUCUCCAUUAUUAUACUUUUUUUUAAACCAUAGUGAGUUCAAUUAAAGUAUUUUAGUGAGAUUAUCAGGACAGUUAGCAACUGCCAAAAAAGUAGCUAGCUGCACUGUACAAUAAAUGUUUUGGAGGGAAAAUACAUGCCCUUACGUCAACUCCGUCAGACGUCAACUCCGUCAGAUUUUGUGUCUGACGGAGUUGACAUGUAAGCUGAUGGAGUUGACAAAUCCACCUAUAACCUCUUAAUGUGCUGACAUUAUGCUAUUUUUGAACAUGGUUAAGGAUAACAAUGUUAUUCCAGGGUCUUAUCUGCACAUAAAAGUACAUAUAUAGCAUAUAUUACGUUAUUUUACCAUAUACCUCUGUUUUGUAGAGUAGACCAUGGGCAGGCUGUCUGCUUAAUUAUAACUGUCAAACUUUUCCAACACACACACACACACACACACACACCUAAUCUCAUUGAUUGAUUGAUUAAUAUACAAUCCUAAAGGUGCAGUAUGUAAUUUUCACUACCUAAAAUCUACACACUGGCUUCUUAUAGAGUGCGCAAGAAGUUCUAUGUUGCUCUUUUAAACCCCAGUGUAGGUGGGAUACCAGAUAGAAGAAAAUGGUUAUUAUUUUUACAUUGUUAACUUGGACCCUCAGACCUUGGGCUCUAUUUUUGUGUCCACCGGCGACAUGGCCGAGGGUGGCGAACCCCGCGCAGUGCCAUUUUCAUCUGGCGGAGCUCAGCGUACAGCCAGUUUGGUAUUUUCGUGGACUGAGGUGCACCGAGGUCCGCCAAGCUGGGCGUGGAUGUGUGGCAGGGUGAGGUGUCCACAGAAUCAGCUGGUGCAGUGACAUUUUCGUACUUGUUGCCGGCGUGUAAAGUGCGCUGAAAGCUCGCAGAUUCAAACCUGGUCAGCUUUCAGCGCAGGUGGAUCCGGAUGGGCUAGUGGUAUUUUGGGAGACCGGCGGCAUAUCGGCCUCACCAGCAGGUUUCCACAGUGUCAGGAACAUUUCCGUGCAAUUAAUAAUCAAUAACAACUAAUAAUCUGUGUCAGCACAUACAUUUAGAUCUAUAUCGAUAUAUUCUGAUCUAUAUCUGAUCUGAUGAGCGCAUUUGGCAUGCGUUUGGACACUCAACCUGACCAAAUUAACACAGCUGCUGAAUCCGCAUGAAAUUGAAUCAAAUAUCCUGUAAAUAAACACACAUGAUGAAGUUAACAAGAUAUUUAAUUUGUCUGCCCCCAUUUCUAGCUUCCUCGUCCUCUUAUUUCUCGCGCAGCUCAACCUGGACAUGUCUCCGUGUCCUCUACCCGUCCUGCUGCAGCUGCUGCUGCGGCAGCUGAACAGAUGAUUUGUUCCAGUGAUCAGAUGAGUUUUUUACUUUAAGCCUACAUACAAAUAUUAUAAUAAUCAGUUUUGUGAGCCAAAUUUAUUUUAUAUGCCAACAUCUAUGAAAGAAAGAGCCAGGCCACGGAGCGCGAUUUACACACAGAUUGGUUCCGAUUUUAAUGCCAUUAUUGGAAUUUAUGUUGUGACCUUUGCGCACAACCCACCUUUGUCACGUGAGGUUUAAAUAUAUGCAAUUUAAUGUGAUUGUCUUUAUUUGUGGAAAAGGGUGUUUGUCUUACCAGUGGGUCCAACAUUACACACACCAAAUCCAUCUGUGCUUAUAUGAGACAGUGCGGAGGACGCCCAAUGCAGCGCUUACAGUGACACUUGUUGAGGAGCUGCCUUCUGUCGCCAUCGUGUGGCAUUGCUGUCUUCAGACAUCUCUUGAUCUCUUUGACUACUUCACGAAAAUGGUAAUACGCCUCGCUAGUGGCGGAUUCAAAGGCGAGAAGAGCUGAUGUUAUUGGUCAAUACAGGUCUUGGCUGUGUUAAACCCACUCAACGCCCUCUCUCCUCCCUCCCUAUGACCUACGCUGCUGGAGGGAGCUGAGUUAGGGGAGGGGGGAUACUUAUGCCGGGCUGCACAACUCACCAAAAUACGAAAAUGUGCUUGGAAACGCCUUGUCGGCGCGGUGGUUAAUUGCAUUAACGGUAUGUUCAGUAUGAAAACAAGGAGUUAUUAGUUCUUAAUCUAUUUUCACCUAUUGACCUAUUGUCAAUCAGUUUAAAAACACAUUUGUUCAAUAACAUAUGCGAUGUCAUCAACUCUGUCAGUUUCUCGUCAACUCCGUCAGGUGUUCGUCAACACCGUCAGAUGUAUGUUUUUCUUCAAUUUUGGAGAAAAAAAAAAUUGUUUCUUCAGUUUAUAUUGUUUAAGUAAUAAAGGAGCAUUGGCUCUACAUCCUCUUGUGUCUUAUUUACUUACAGAAAUUGUUUUUAUAAUAUAAAAAUUAAAAACAAAGUUUGAAAAUGCAACUAUUUAGAAAUCUUGGUUUUCAAAAUAGUGUGAAAUCACACAUUAGGUUUAUAUAUUAUAUUUCAUGGCAUAUCAGAGUAACUAAACACUAUUACAACAUACAUCAGAACUUUAGAUUCUUGUUGGACUAGAAUUAUUAAAAUUAUAUUCUUUUUUGUGUGUCUGAUGGAGUUGACACAAAUCCACUGUCUAAGGGAAACAUGUUAAUUUAUAGAAAAAAUGUUUUUAUUUAGAGCCUGUUCCUUUACGGGGUUAAAUAGCUAAGACCUUUCUCUACAGUAAUAAAUAACUCUAAUCAAUAUAGUGUGCAUUCUCAAAAAAAGUUUUUUAGGAAGUGUUUUGUCCCGACUCUCAAGAAUCCCUGAUUUAUUUUGCAGAAUGCUAACUACUACCUGGCCUGUGGUAAGAGUUCAGGAAACACUGCUGCAUUUUAAAACCUUUUUUCAGAAACAUCACAUUUCUGUUGAAGUAUCUGAAUCCUACUUUUGCUCUUUUUGCACUGCUCUGCUCUUCAUUCAUUCCUCCACCCUUCACAUCAGCUCAUCAUUUUAUUUACACUGUUCUUGUACAGUGAGGUUUUUGUCCAGACAUGUAACCCCUGAAUCAAACAGAGACAGUUUUCAAACUAAAAAUGCAGCUCUAAAGUUUCUUUUAUAACCUUUUCUUGUUUUUUGUCUUCACAUGUGAGCAUGUCCUAAAAUGUGAUUCCUCAGUCAUAUUGAAAUCAUCUGUAAGUUUGCUGCAGGACACACAAAGACAGCAACAGAGUCUCAUUUUUCUUUUUUAAAAGUCAUCAAAUUCACUCAUGCUUCUUUUUUCUUUAGAAAGUGAAUCAGCUGAUGGACAUAUACAGUGCCUUGAAAAAGUAUUCAUACCCCUUGAACCUUUUCACAUUUUGUCACUCUACAACCACAAACUUACAAGUAUUUUAUUGAGAUUUUUUUUUUAAUCAUAGAUCAACACAAAGUAGCACAUAAUUGUGAAGUGGAACUAAAAUGAUACAUGUUUUUCAAAAAUUUAAACAAAUAAAAAUCUGAAAAGUGUGGUGUGCAUUUAUAUUCAGCCUCCCAGUGUCAAUACUUUGUGGGCCACUUUUUGCUGCAAUUACAGCUGCAAGUCUUUCGGAGUAUGUCACUACAAGCUUUGUACAUCUAGAAACUGAAAUUUUUGCCCAUUCUUCUUUGCAAAACAGUUCAAGCUCAGCCAGAUUGGAUGGAGAGUGUCUGCAAACAGCAAUUUUCAAGUCUUGCCACAGAUGCUCAAUGUGGUUUAGGUCUGGACUUUGACUUGGCCAUUCUAACACAUGAAUAUUCUUUGAUCUAAACCAUUCCAUUGUAACUCUGGCUGUAUGUUUAGGGUCAUUGUCUUACUGGAAGGUGAAUCUCUUUCCCAGUCUCAAGUCUUUUUCAGCCUCCAACAGGUUUUCUUCCAGGAUUGCCCUGUAUUUAGCUCCAUCCAUCCUCCCAUCAACUCUGACCAGCUUCCCUGUCCCUGCUGAAGAAAAGCAUCCUCACAGCAUGAGGCUGCCACCAACAUGUUUCACAGUGGGGAUGGUGUGUUCAGGGUAAUGAGCAGUAUUACUUUUCUGCCACACAUAGCGCUUUGCAUUCAGACCAAAAAGUUAAACUUUGGCCUCAUCUGACCGGAUCACCUUCUCCCACAUGUUUGCUGUGUCCCCUACAUGAUUUGUGGCAAACUGCAAACAGGACUUUUUAUGUCUUUCUGUCAACAAUGGCUUUCUUCUUGCCACUAGGCCUGUCACGAUAACAAAUUUUGCUGGACGAUAAUUGCGCUACAAAUUAUUGCCGAUAAACGAUAUUAUUGACACCAUUUUUUAAAUUAUAGAUAAUGAUAAUAUACAGUAUGGCAUAAUAAUGCGAGUACAUCAUGUCAAAAGCAAUAAACUUCAAUUGCUCAAGAUUAAGAACUUUGAACUAGGAUGAACAAAUAUAAUAAACAAACAAGACAACCGAAAAACAAUGAAAAUAAAAUGGACCCACAUUCUGUUUUAUCAAAAACUGCAUUCAAAUAAAAAACAAAAUCACAACUACAAACAAUAAAAAAAUACCUUGUCUCUGGUACAGAACAAAAACUUCACUCCAAACAUAACUAUUAAAACAAUAAAUAAAGUGGAGUCUCGAGUCUGACAACAAAACUGCACUAAAUAAUUAGCUUUGGGUGCUAUUCCUCAACGGGUCAACAAAGAACAUGCAUGCGCACCUCAAGCACAAUCAUCCGCGGAGUUGAUGUGUGCGCCAGCUGUCCUGUUGUCCUAUGGACAGGUUCUCCCACCUGAGCUGUGGAUUUCUGCAGCUCCUCCAGAGUGACCAUGGGCCUCUUGGCUGCUUCUCUCACCACUGCUCUCCUUGCUUGGUCUGUUAGUUUAGAUGGAUGGCCAUGUCUUGGUAGGUUAGCAGUUGUGGCAUACUUCUUCCAUUUUUGGAUGAUGGAUUGAACAGUGCUCCUUGAGAUGUUCAAAGCUUUUGAUAUUUUUUAUAACCUAACCUUGCUUUAAAGUUCUCCACAACGUUUUUCCCUGACCUGUCUGGUGAGUUAAUUGGUCUUCAUGAUGCUCUUUGUUGACUAGUGUUCUCUAACAAAGCACUGAGGCCUUCACAGAACAGCUGUAUUUAUGCUGAUACUAAAUUACACACAGGUGGACUCUAUUAGCUAACCAGGUGACUUCUGAAGGCCAUUGAUUGCACUGCAUUUUAUUUAGGGGUAUCAGGAUACAGGGGGGUUGAAUACAAAUGCACACCACACUUUUCAGAUUUUUAUUUGUUUCAAUUUUUGAAAAACAUGUAUUAUUUUCUUCUACUUCAAAAUUAUGUGCUACUUUGUGUUGGUCUGUGACCCCCCCCCCCCCCACCACCACCACCACCACCCCACACACACACACACACACACAAGCUCCACACGUUCCUCCAGGUGGGAGAUGGAGAGGCUGCUGGACAUCCUGGAGAGUGCGGCCCCUCAGGGGACAGACUCCAGCCAACCACAGACCCCAAACCAGCGAGGGACUGGUCCCUGCUGGGUCCAGUCUGAGAGUUUAACAACCACCGUGUGAACACUGCAGGAAGUUAAGACGAGUUUAGAAAAGCCUGGAAUAACACCACCAGAACCAGAUCAGAACUCAUGACUGAAAUCUGUUCAGAAAAAAUAAACAGAUUGUUGAGUCAUUUUUCGUGGAGAUACUGUUUAUUUUUCCUGUGAAGUCAAAGGAGAGAGAAAAUCAAGUUUUCCUGAAGUUCAACUGAAAAUUGUGUUGAUGGUUACAGUGUUGAGUUCUUUUAGACUGACCUUAAAGAGAUUAUAAUCGGGUUUCUAUUAGGGAUGAUGAUAACAAGCCUUACUAACAGCCGUUAUUAUUAUUAUCAUUGUUUAAGGCUUUACAAUCAUGAUAAUAGCAGCUGUUUUCAGUCUAACAUGUCUUUAACAGAGAUGACUUUGUUCUGUUGUUUCCUCAGGAAAGUCAGCGAGACUGUGAGCUCUGAACAGUGGCGCUCCUGUCAUUAGGCGGAGUAGGCGGCUGCUAGGGGCGCCCGCGAGCAGAAAGGGCGCCAGGGAGGGGAGAAGUUUUUUUUUUUUUCUAAAUACUUUUUAUUUCGCAAUAAAAAGCAAUAACAAAAACACAGCAAUCUAACAACAGUACAUAGAGUCGUAAAGUCUUUAAACAAUGGCUAAAUCAUUUAUAUAUUUGGGCUUAAGUGUCUGUCUGCCUGCAACCUGCCUGCAAUUUGGCCACGGUCCCCAAUGGACUGCGCACAGGACACGACUCCUCCCCGCCCCCCUGCUCUCUCCUCGUAGUCGUGCUGUGCCUGCUUCUAAGGUAAGUUGGGUUGGUAACUCUCUCUCUGUUUAACUCAACUAGUUACAGCCAGGUAACUUGUAACACAACACACCCGCAGCGCCGCCGCCACGGCUUAUGCAUCGCCACCACCAGUUCACCACACAGAGAGACCACACCAAGCACAGCCAACAAGGCAAUAAUAAGCCAAGGCAGGCCAGGCAGAGCAGCGUCAAUUAUCAUCAUGGCUUGACUUUCAAUUCAUUCAAAGUCGUCAGAUCACGGCAGUCCAGCAUGUUGCAGAAUGCAGAUCAAAAACACAACGUACUAGCUAAGCAAAUCGUUAGUUAGUUGAAGUGACAGAUUUAAGGGGGAUUUAUUAAGACCCUGUUCCCGCGGCCGGUGUUGCGCCAUAGAAUGCACCCCUGCCGUAGAAUGCACAUCCACUCUUUUACAUUUCUACAUUUCUACAUUUCUAUUCAUUAAAUGAUUCAGUUGUUUUCAUUUUGCACAUUAGACUUUAUUCAAGCAAAAUACAUUAUAGUAUUCUUGAAAUAUAAUUGAAAUUUCGGCCAUGUGGCUGCCAUCUUGAAAGUAACAGGGGUCAUAGGUCACCAAUAGUGUGACUACUGUGGUCACCAGUUGUGAGGUAGAAGGAAGCUUCUGGCCAAUUGCAAAGUUCCAAAUUUGAAUUCUGCACCAAAAGAAUUACUGGUUUGACACAGAGAUCACCCAUAUCAGACUUGUGAUCGGCUGCCAUCUUUAAAAAUGUCAGCCAUCCUGAAUAUGAAAUAGCAAUUUUAGAUUAUCUUAAAGACAUUUACCAAGUACUAUGUAUGGCAAAUAAGUCUGAAAUGCCAUAUUAUAUCGAUCUUUCAUAAGAAAACAGUUGUUGCUGGCGGCCAUUUUGAAAAAUGACUGCCGUGGCGGCCAUGUUGAAAACUCAUGAUGCCUCCACAUCCAAAUAUUUUGGGAAUGCCUUUGGUUAUAAGUGUACCAAAUUUCAAGCUUUUAUCACAAAAUGCACGAUCGUUCUGGCUAUCUGCUGCACUGAAAGCAGAUUAUUGUGAAGAGAGAGGAGAGGGAUUAAAAAUGAACAGUGACUGUGGAUUUACUCAGAGUCACAAUCCUGCCUCACAAAGCCUCAUCUUCAAAGAUGAUAUGAUUUUUUAGUGUUUUUUCUGCCUUUAAUAUAUACUUUUUUUCAUAUUUAUAUUUGGGCUUCAUGUUGGCUGUUUACAAUUCACACCAACAUAAUCAAUAAUCAAUCUUUUAAAUCACGAGCUCUGAAAUUAACAGAGGAACAAAAAAAAGUUCAAAAAGUUUCAGCAGAGAUUAAACAAGGAUAGCUGUCACAGAGUUAGUAUGUCAGAGUCAUUUAUUUACAUAUGAAUACAACACAAACACUGUAAUCACCUCCAUAUCUACACUUCGGUCGCUUUGUGAGACUGGAAGCUUUCAGGUGAUUAACAGAGUGUUUCUGAGACAUCAGGAGCUUUUCUGUCCCAGAGUGAAGAUCUGAGUAUCUUGGAGGCUGAACAGGUUCAGUCCUUCAAAACGAAACAAAAAAAAAGUUUAUCUGUGAUGAUUUAUGAAAUAAUUUUAAUAAAAAUGUGUGACUCUUGUUGUUAACUCACUUUACUGAUAGAAGGCUGCCACGUGUAAACACUGGCAGGAUGUAUAAAGUGACCUUUCAUGCACCACAGUGCCGACAGAGUAAAACUAAAUGUAAAGAACAAAACUUAAAAUUUGUUUUUCAUCAUCUUUAAAAGCUUUUUAAAGUAAGCUAUAAAAGGGUUUUUCGGUUUUAACAAAUGUACAGGCAUAGCUUGGGCUGAGGUUGGGCCCAGAGUUCCUGGUGACGCCCCUGAACAGCACUGAGGCCUCCCUGAGCCAUUAUCCUUGGACACACAGUCAGUCAUAAUACAACAGAGCCUUAUGAAGAAACUCUGUUUAGAUGUAUCUGUCCCCCUUGAUCAUCUUAUUUCUUUUGGAUCUUCACUGUUGCCUGUGAGUAAAUCUGCACUGCCCUCUGCUGGUAACUAAGACACACUACCACCGAGCACUUCACCUUAAGAAAUCAGUCAUUUUCAUAAAACAGAAAAUGAGGGAAACCUUAUUCUUAACUUAGAAUUAUUGUAAAUAAAAUAAAAUAAAAUAAAUGAAAUAAUGUCCUAUAAUUCAUUAAUAUGCCUGACUAUGAUAUUUCAAAUGUGGCCUGAGUCAUUUUAACGACAGAAAUGCAGCCUUUUUUCUGGCUCUUUUACUUUAAAGCCGUGAUUUAUAGCCCACAGACCCAUUUAAAUAUGCAGUACACAUGUUCUUAAUGAAAUAAAAGGACCGUAAAGUGUAUGGGGUAGUAAACUUGAACUCACCUUUCCAUGCAGGUGACCAGAAGUACCCUACCUACCUUACUUCCUUACCUUCUUAUCGCCUUGUUAUCGGACUCUGACCGUGUGACGCCCUCCGUUACCUCGCGGAACUAUCAAACAGGUACGAACGUGUGUAGCACCGUUAUCACGCCACUAACUGCGCCACUGGACCAGUUCUAGGCUCUAAGGAGUGGGGAGCAAGAGUAAUAACACCAGAGACCGUUGCUUUAAGUAGAAAAGGCUGAAAUUUACUGAAUACAAACACAAAUAUAAAACACAGUAUAUGAAACCAAAAAUACCCUGCAGGUUUUCAAUGAAAAGGUAAGUAUAAAUGGAGAAAGAAAAAAAAUAUAUAUAUCUCACUCUUCCUUUUAGUUCUUUAGUUCACCUAGUUUAUUUUAAUAAAGCUAAUCUAAUUUAAUUAGACCAGUCUCUUUUUCCUAGGUUGUACCUAUUUUAGGAUUCCUAUUUUUUCCUCCUAAGUUAACUCUUUUUUUCCUUCUUUUACAAGUAAGAAAACACCUUAACCACAAAUAAAUCAAAGUGGACCACAGUUAUUCAAAUCACAUUCAAAAACACAAACUUAAUAAAAUAAAAGUAUGACACUUUAAAUUUAAGUUCAAGUCCAAAUGUGAAUUCAAGUGUUCAGUUCAAUGAAAAGUUUCAGUUCGAUUCAGUCCAAAAAUAAUAAUUCAAUCAGUUCUCAGUUCAAACUAGUUCCUGGUACCCCUACCACUGUGGCAAGGAGUUACCACACGCAGGAGACACCCUCACGAUGCGAUGGGAAAGAUGAGUUCAAGGUCUGGGUCUGGCUCGCCAUCUUGAAUCCCGUCUGUGAAUGUGCAUGCCUGCACAUGGCAGACCGAUCCUCGCUCCGACCGAGCUUCCAACCGUGCAAAAAAACCUGACCAAAACCAAUGUGGCUUAGUUCUCAUAAAAUCCCUGUCAGUUCCCGACCAAGUAAGUUAUGGUUUUCAACCGUUUUAUCAACUUUUUCACUGCUUUUUCUGUUCAUUAAUCACUGCUCGUCUUCUCCGGUUCCUCCUCUGCUCUCUCCCUCAGGUCUCUUUCUGCAGCGUCACUGAGGUGCUGCGUCUGUGUCGCUGGUCCCUUAAAGGGGCAGCGACGUCUUUUUUUCUGUCAGCAGACUUUUAAUUUUUAAUUAUCUCUGAUGAUUAAUUGACAUUAAAUUAGUCACUUUUAACUUUCAAACUUAUAUAUGCAGUUUUUAUUCAACUAUUUAUUCUUAUUUAUGUCAUAUUUUAACAUGGGUUACAUCCUCCCCUCCUUACCUAAUGCACGUCCCUGUGCAUUUUGAACUUAUACUGUUAUAACUCUAGGGAUUUUUGGAAAGCUAGGUUCUUCAAGGGAGUCUGUAAACACAUCACUCAAGGUUUGAAAUAAAGACUGAACUAUAGUAACCAACGGGUUUCCUAGCUCAGGAUAAGUCAGUCUUUUAGCCGCUUUUCUGUCUCUGACGGGUCUUCCCGGACAGUCACUUUCGUUUCGGCUGUCCGUUUGGUCUAGAUCACUUGUGUUUUCUUUGCUCUCCUGAGCAGGUUGAUUAGAAAGAUGGACAUUUUCCAGAUCCUUCUCAGGUAGGUUUCCAGUUUCCUGUCCAACAGUUGAGUUGCUCUCUUCAGGAUCAGGUAGGUUUGUGUCCGCAGGAUCAGGUAAGUCUUUCUGUUCGGGAUCAGGUAAGUUCAGGUCAUAAGUCUCCACUGGAGAAUCCUCAAGGAAAGCUUUGGCUACGUCUAAAGGAUCUUGCUCAACAGCAGUCAUCUCAGGUUCCGGUUCUGGUUCAACCCUUUCAGGUAAGUGUUCCAUGGGUUCAGGGGUCAGGUCGAACCCUAGGGUUACCACUGUUAGGUUUCUGUGAUAGUUAUAUUCCUCAGAAUCAGAUUGGGAUUCAUCCCCAUCGGCUCCAUCUGAUGUGUCAUGUCUAGGAUGUUGUCGAGUUCUUGGUCCUCUUACUGCCUUUGACGGGUCAGUUUCACUGUAGAUUGGGGUCACAGGAAGGAAACCGCAUGGUAGCAGGAGGUCACGAUGAAGAGUUCUUUGUGGACCAUCUCUUGUCUCAGGUUUCACAACAUACACUGGGACAUCUCCAGACUGUUUUAGGACAACAUACACGUCGGACUCCCACCUGUCCGCUAACUUGUGCUUGCCUCUGAGAUGGACGUUUCGGACCAAGACUCUGUCACCUUCUUCCAAGGUGGAGUCAACAACGUGCUUGUCAAACCUUACUUUGUUGCAAUUGGCUGUCUUUUUAGCAUUUUCAGUUGCUACUCUGUAACUGUCUUCGAGUUGGGAUUUCAGGUUGCGGACAUAUUGCGAGUGAGAGCCUGGCUGAUGAUUGACUGGUAGGCCAAAGGCUAGGUCAACUGGCAGUCUUGGCUGACGCCCGAACAUUAACUCGUAAGGGGUAAAGCCGGUUGUCUCGUUCUUUGUGCAAUUAUAAGCGUGUACUAACGGCUUGACGUACUCCCGCCAGUGACUCUUCUUCUGGUUCUCGAGGGUUCCCAACAUGUUGAGCAGGGUCCUGUUGAAGCGUUCUACAGGGUUCCCUCUCGGAUGGUAAGGUGUGGUUCUUAUCUUUUGAGUGCCAAUGAGCUCACACAGUUCUUUUAUUGUUCGGGACUCAAAAUCGGGACCUUGGUCACUGUGGAGUUUUUCAGGAAUGCCAUAAUGGACAAAAAAGUGGUCCCAGAGGGUCUUGGCCACUGUCCUGGCUUUCUGAUUUGGGGUGGGGACUGCCACUGCAUAUUUCGUAAAAUGGUCGGUAAUGACCAGAAUGUCUUUUGUGUUACUUGAGUCCGGCUCCACACUAAGAAAAUCCAUGCACACGAGUUCGAGUGGUCUUGUGGCCACGAUGUUGACGAGUGGUGCAGCUUUCUCAGGCAUGGUCUUACGUCGUAUGCAGCGGUUGCAGGUCUUGAUCUUAUUUUCCACCUCGGGUGACAUUUUGGGCCAAUAGAAUCGCUUCCGGACAAGAUCUAGGGUGCGCUCCGUGCCCAUGUGGCCCAUGUCAUUAUGGAGGCUCUUGAGGACUAAAGAUCUCAGGGCUUCAGGGAGCACAAGCUGGUAGUGAGUCUGAGCGCCCUCUUGUCGCCUGCGAUACAAGAUGCCAUUUAAGACUUCGAGUUUGUUCCACUCUCAAUAAGAGACCAAGCUCAGGAAGUUCCUUCCUCAAGGAUGGUGGGGGUUUCUCUCCUGACUCCACUUGCCUGAGUACUUCACGGAUGCAGGGAUCAACAUUCUGUUUGUCUCUUAUUUCAGAUGGUGCAAACGAGGGGAUGACAGGUAAGCCACCAAGCUGAUCCUCCUCUUCAAAGCUUUUUGGGAGAGCCUUUGGAUGGUGGGCAAGUGACGCAACCAAGGUGGUGCUGGGUAAUGUUUCUCCAGAGUGAUUGUUGGUCACUUCAUGGACAAAGUGCUUCUCACAGAUGGCUUUGAUGGUGUUUUCAUUCAGGUGUGCAUAAUCAGCCUCUGACAAGUGUCUUUUUGUGAAUUGUUGUAUCCUCUCCAGCUCUUUUUGUGAUGAUGUGUCAUCGGGUACUCUGCCGUGAGGACGUCUGGACAGCCCGUCCGCAUCUUGAUUUUGCUUACCGGCUCUGUGCUGUAGCUGGAAAUCGAACGUCGACAGAGCGGCCAACCAUCUGUAGCUUGUGGCGUCGAGCUUAGCAGAGGUAAGAAUGUAUGUUAAUGGGUUGCUAUCUGUGACAGCAAGGAAUGUGUUCCCGUAAAGGUAAUCCUGGAACUUCUCUGUUACUGCCCAUUUAAGGGCAAGGAAUUCUAAUUUGUGUGCAGGAUACCUGGACUCACACUUCGACAGACCUCGACUUGCGUAUGCAACAACACGCUUCUGUCCUUGUUGCUCCUGGUAGAGGGCAGCACCGAGGCCUGACGUGCUCGCAUCUGUAUGUAGAAUGUAGGAUAGCUCAGGAUCAGCAAACCCGAGGAUGGGUGCGGUUGUCAACUUUUCGAUUAUGGUGUCGAAUGCUGCCUGGCAAGCAGGCGUCCAUCUGUCACCAAAGGAGUCCUUUGGGUUGAAGUACUUCUCAAGGUUCACUGUGGUUUUAGCGUGCUUUCUCAGCGGCGGGUAGCCAGCAGUGAGCUCGUUGAGUGGCUUCACGAUCUUUGAGUAGUCUUUAACGAACCGGCGGUAAUAACCGCAGAAACCCAGGAAGGUCCUUAGCUCCUUCAAGUUGGUUGGUUUUGGCCAGGUUUUUAAUGCUGCUACUUUGUCAGGAUCGGUUUCGAUGCCUUUUUCAGACACAAUGUGGCCGAGGUACUUUACAGAGGUUUGAAAGAACUUGCAUUUCCCUGGCGACAGUUUCAAGCCAAACUCUUUCAAUUGGUUGAGCGCACGCAUCAACCUUUCCUCAUGCUCCUCCAGUGUCAAAGAGAAGACAAUGAGGUCAUCCAGAAAAACUAGGGCUUGUUUCAAGUUCAACUCUCCCAUACAGCGCUCCAUAAGCCUCUGGAAUGUGCUAGGGGCCCAUGUUAAAAAUAUUUUAACAUGGGUUACACGUGUCUUUGCGGACUAAAUGUUUUGUAGGUAUAUAAAAUAUUUUCAAGGACUAAAUGUCUAGUAGAUAAGCCAAUAUAACGUGUUUUUCUGGUCUCUAUCAAAUGUCUGAAAAUCUUCAUUUUGUGUCUAGAGAGAAAAGCUGAGCGCCGUCUGCCUCCUCUGUCUGUCAUAGACUUUCUUCACAGCAGGUAAGAAAGUCUGGGUAAUAGUCCUCUACUCUCAUGUGUGUUAUAUCACAGUUUACAGUUUUAAAGUAACAAUUUUUAUCAGUUUAGCUCGAUGUUUUAUUGAAACUAUCGACUCUUUUGUUGUAAAUGAAACUGAAACUGUUGAGCUGGUUCACAAAGCAAUGAAGGACACUGGAGGGUUUGUUAAUAUUUAAACCACAAAUGUCAUAAAAUCAGGUUCAAAUGUUAUGUUUGCGAUCUUAGAUAGAUACCCAAACCUUCACAGUUUAUAACCAUCUUUAUCUUGGACUGAGUGGAAAGCAAAGUUUAAAAAAAAAACAAAUAAUCCAUCAUCUGUCAUGGCACUGCUACCGUGAAUCAAACCUUAUGGUAGAAACUCUGAGACUUUGAAAUUACAGGCCUGCCUUAUUUAGAAAGGCUUGAUAAUCAUAGGGAUUAAAAUAGAAAAGAGAGACACAGCCUAUGUUUCAGGAUAUACAGUAGUCAGUGUUGUAGGUCUUAAAUCCAGGAUUCGGAUCUGGUCUAACACUGAAAACUUGGGACUUGGACUGUAACUUAAAGAUCCAGUUUGACUUGUAGGGUUACUGACCCUUCUCAUAACAUCAUGCUGUUGGUUCUCAGAGUCGUGUUCAUAAGGAAUUUCCAGAAGGAUCAUCUAAGAGGACUCUGAGGUCUCCAUCAGCUAGAACUGAGCACUGAAUCUUAUGUUAAUAUUAUAUUAUAUUAUAUUAUAUUAUAUUAUAUUAUAUUAUAUUAUAUUAUAUUAUAUUAUAUUAUAUUAUAUUUUACAGCAUCACUGUUCUCCCUGAUGUUUCAUCUGUCUUUAAUUUUCAGACAUCAGGAUGUUUCCUCUGAUGGACAGACGCUCCCUCGGCCUUCACUUUGGUGCCUUCACUGACCUGCUUUUCUUUACUGCCAUACUGUUCACCCUGAUAAACUCAUGUGCAGGUGAACUACCAACAUUUAAGUUUAACUAUUUUGUAGACUACUUAAAGUACUUCCUGCUGCUUUUUUAAAAACUGUUUAUAGUGGCUAUCUAAUGUCUUAUUUUUCCUAGUUGUUGCAUUUCCACACUAAAUUUAUUAUUACCACUCUUGAGUCACAACAAGGAUAUUUUACAUGUUCAGUCAGCUUGAUGGUCUACAAGCAUAUGUAAGACAACCGUGACACUGCUGCACUAAUUUAUUGAGAACAACAACACAAACCUUCAACACAGUACACUUAACUUAAGCCUUUGUCACAUGACAACUGGAGCUACUAAGAACAGCAAUAAACAGGUAUCAACUGCGGGAAACAAAUUAGCAAACACUCAACAACAUCUCCGAACCCAAACAAAACUUACUUCUUUCUGCACUUCAGCAAAUUUUAUACUCAAAUAAUAUAAAACAAUGUUUUCAUUGCUGAAUGGCGCUAACACUGUUCUCUGCCCUCUGUUUCAGGUCAGAGGCUGAUUGGUUCGUCUCAGCCUAUAGUCGCAUUAGUCGGUGAAGACGUGGUUUUGCCGUGUUACCUGGACCCUGCUGUUGAUGCUUAUGACAUGACUCUGGAGUGGGCAAGACCGGACCUGAACCCCAGAUAUGUCCUCGUACGGCGCUACGGUGAAGAAGCAGGAUUUAAAAAAAAUCCCUCCUACAGAGGAAGAUCAUCAAUGUUCAGUGAAGAAAUGAAACAUGGAAACAUUUCACUGAAAAUCUCCAAAGUCAAACUUUCAGAUGAAGGAGGAUACAGAUGUUUUAGUUCUGAGUUAUCUCAGCAUAAUACAGUCCAGCUGGUUGUGGGUAAGUCUGAACAUUUUCUGGUUUUUAAACUGACCCUAUAUGUCUCAUUGGUCUUUGCUAUGAAUAAGUAAUGAUAUAGUUGAAGUGAUAUUUCAUCACGGAUGAAGUGGAGCUGUCUGUUUACAAUCAUACAGUAUCUAAAAUACUCCUGAGCUCAAUGGUUUAUGUUUUGUUUCAGAAUUUAAACAAGGAUCUUAAGUCCAAGAUUUUCCUGUUACAAAAAAAAAAAAAAAAAACAUUUUAGUAAGAUGAAUUUAACGUCAGUCAAGUCAGAAGAUGGUGUUGAAACUGGUUAUCAAACUUUGUCAUUUCAAAGUAGUUUUGGGGGCUUUGUUGUGGCAGGUUUCUACUUAAAGAGUAGACAAGUACCAGAACAGGUACAAAGAGAAAACUGUGAAGCCAAAGACACCUCUCUCUCCUGUAGGAGCUGUCUCCUCACCUGUUUUAAGACUGACCAGAAACAACAGUGGAGUGUUGUUGGAGUGUGAGUCUAAAGGCUGGUAUCCAGAACCAGAGAUGUUUCUGUUGGACGCUGAGGGAAACCUUCUCUCUUCAUCACCCACUGAGACCAUCAGAGGUCCUGAUGAUCUCUACACUGUCAGCAGAAAAGUGACUGUGGAGGAGAAACACGGGAAGAACUUCAGCUGUAGAGUCACACAGAAGAAGAUCCACCAGAGCAGAGAGACACACACUGUUAUUCCAGGUAAAUCUGAGUCAGGAGUUCAUGAUGUGAUCUCUGAGCUGAACUGUAAAUGUUCACAAAGUUCUCUGUUUAUCAUCACAGAUCAUUUCUUCGUGGUACCAUCUACUCCCAGUACUCCCAUUCUCCCCAGUCCUCCUGGUUCUCCUGGUUCUUCUAGUUCUCAGCCUGUUAUCAUCGGCUCAGUGAUCGUCUGUGCUGCUCUGGUUUUGAUUCCUUUGGUCUUCAUUUUGUGGAGAAGGAGAAAAAAUAAACUCAGUGAGUCAAAGAAGUUUCUUUUUUUCUAAUCUGGAGAUAUUUUCAGGUUGUCCUUCUUUCCUCUUAUGAACAGGAAAUCACGGGAAUGUCUGCUCGAAAUUUGGUCCAAACUUCCUCAGAUUUGCACAAAUGUCCUUCUGGGUUCAGAGACUGACUGAGUCAAUGUUGGUGGUCCUGGUCCAGGUUUAGUGUGACCCCCUCAUCAUUCAUUUCUCCUGAGCCUCAUGUGUUGGCAGCUCUCAGCAAAGAUCUUAGAUCAUGUAUUUUAUUUUUCAUUCUUGAAAAAGUCUCUGCUCUCUGUGAAAAGUGGACAAAGCUUCUUUUCCCAAAUGUGACCAGUUUCUCGUUCUUCUCUGUCCUCACAGAAAACAAGAGGGACCAUGAGAACGGGACUGAACAGACUGAAGAUGGAAAAACAAAAACAUCUAAAGGAGAUUUAACAGAGUUUAAUGUGGAGAAGGAAGGAGAAGAAGAAAGAGUAGCACUUAUGAAAGGAGUAGAAGAAGAGAAUAAAGUGGAUGAUGAAGGAGAAGAAGAAGAAAGAGCAGCACUUAUGAAAGGAGGAGAAGAAGAGAAUAAAUUAAAUGAUAAGGGAGAAGAGGACAACAAAUCUCAGAGAGAACCUGAAGAUCAGCUCAUGACAAAACCAGAGUCAUUAAAUGAAAUGAACAGAACAUCAGGAGGAAGAGAAAUAAAGGAGAGUGAUGAGAGAAAAGAGGAAAUAAAGCAGAAACAGGAAAUGGAACAAGAGCAGACAGUGAGACCAGUUCAGGAAAAUUCAGGACUUCAGAUGGAUCUGUUCACUGCAGACAGACAAAGAAAACAGCCUCAAAAUCUCCACAAUCAAGAGAUAGAGCGAGAGACAGAGAGAGAUGAGGACAAUGAAGGAGAGAAUCUGAGAAAAAGAGGAGAAAGAAAGAGAAAAAACAAGAGCAGAAGAAAAAGGGAGGCUCUGCAUCGAGAGGGAAGAAGAAGUUAAAGGACAAACAAAGAGAAGAAAUGAAACCAAAGGAAGAGAGUCUGACAGAGAUGGAGGAAAGUAAAAAAACAGAUGAGACAGAGCUUAGUCAACAGAAAGAGAAAUGUGUUUUCAGAGAUGACAAACAUAAAAGAGAUGAGACAGAAUUCAAAGAGAAAACAGACAAAGAUCAAGAGAGAAAACAGCCGCAUGUUUCGAGACUAAAGAUAGAGAGAGAAGAGAAACUAACAGAGCAAAGUGAUGAGAAACUAAGAGAGACAACAAAAAUGAAGGACAAAAAUAAGCAUCCAUCAACUGAUGAGGAUGUUUUAGAGAAGUCUGAUCCAAAAUUACAUCCAGAUACAGCAGAAAGAAAAAAAGGAGAGCUUCAAGGAGAAGCAGGCAGUAAUGAAACUUGGAAUGGACUUGGAAUGGUUCUGAAAGCAGAUGGACAAAUAAAGAGGCAAGAACUUGAAACAAAUCAGGAAAUCAAGAGUCAAGAGCUUAACCCUCCUGUUGUCCUCAAGUUAAGACCUACAUCCCAUGUCUCAAGGGUCACACUGUCCCAGUCCGCACUGACUGGGGUCUUUUUGACCCAGUGAAAGGUCCUGUAGUCCUCACACAGUAAAAAAUAAAUAAAUAAAUAAAUAAAUCAAAAAAUAAACCUGCAUUCCACGUCUCAGGGGUCACACUGACUGGGGUACUGACUGGGGUCUUUUUGACCCAGUGAUGACUGGGGUCUUUUUGACCCGGUGAAAAGUCCUGUAGUCCUCACACAGUAAAAAAAAAAAAAAAAAAAAACCUGCAUCCCACGUCUUAGGGGUCACACCGACUGGGGUCUUUUUGACCCAGGGGUCACACUGUCCCCAAUGUGGAAAUAUAUACUCACACACAUAUAGUAAUAAUGAUAAUAAUAAUAAUAAUAAUAAUAAUAAUAAUAAUAAUAAUAAUAAUGAGCAGACGGAGGGGAGGCGAGAGAUGACCUGAUAUCUCUAGCCGAUACCACACUGUUGAGCAAUGAUGUUUUGAUCAGAAGGACAAAGUUGAAUUUUAUGAUGAAUGACGAGAUGUCCUUUGAGGAUUGGUACAGCUACUAUUAUGACUUUUAGCCAUAAAACAAUGUUGUGUUGCAAUCUAUGGUGUGAUGUGCGCAAAUAAAGUUAUCAUCUGAAGCAAAAUUGCCAGUUUUCGCAUCUUUAUUGAGUAAGCAAGAAUAUGUAAGCAAGCAUAAGCUACAGCACGAAUUCACAUUUUAAUAAUAAUAAUAAUAAUAAUAAUAAUAAUAAUAAUAAUGCAUUUUUAGGCACAUUUCAGCAGCAGUUCUUCCUAAAUCUUUCUAUAGAAGCAUGCUCAUACAAACACUUGAAGGAAAAAACAAGUUCGCAAACUCUUUACACCCCCCCACACACACACACACACACACACGUCUUACAUCGGACGCUCCAGUUCGCUUGCAGUGAGCAAGAAUCUACAGUUAAUCACAAAGUUUACUCCAUCGACCUCACAGAUAUGUGACAGCAGACUUGUGAGUCCGGAGAAAUGUAGACCCGAUCCAAACGUGAAGCCCCAUUUAUUAAAUGUUACUUUCAGCCUCUUCCCCUUGGCGUCUAUAAUCUCAAACAGGUAUCCCAGACCGUCAUCAUCUACACAGCAAAUUAACGCCGCUGGCGUAACAGAGGGUCCUUCCUUGUUUUGUAGAUACUCUAUUAUGCGAUGGGGUUGGGAAACGUCCCACCAUCCACUUUUCAGCAAAUCUAAAACACUCCACAUAUCAUCCACUACCCGUGUAAGAGAAAAGUUCUGGGGAUCGGAAGGUAUCGUUGUGGGUCGGGGGAGCAAGUGUGUGUAGGUUUCACGGGCCAGCUUUCUCAACAUGUCGAUCGGACACAAAAAAUCACCUUCUGCCAAGUCAGCGCAUACGUAGCGUCUUCGACGGAUAAGCAAAGGAAGUGACAGCAGGCCGCUUUCGGUCUUCACUGUGAAAGAACAAACUCCCCCGGGCGUGUCACCGAAGCACGCCGAGACGACGAUAUCCCCGACGCGACGUCUCUCGGAUGAAUCCAUGAAGGUCCUGACGGACUCUUCUGACACCAAGCCCCACCAGCGCUCACCCAACCAACCGACAAACGAUUGCCACGAUUCCUGCAAUUCGGUCCAGCGGCAGGUAGAUGCGUAGCGGUUAUUUGAGCCAAACUCCUCUUGAACUUCUUCCUCGCAAUCCCACAGCGUGAUACAGAUCUCAUCGUUUAAAAGUUCGGAGUGAUCCAUAAAGCUGUCACGUGGCAAAUCAGCUUCACCGGUAUCUUCCGCGUCACCUGGAGUUCCGAGGCUAUCACCGUAGGGAUAACACGCCUCGUCUUCAACAAUGUCACCUUCUACGUGUCUUUCCGAUAGCAGGCCACGACGAUCUACUCUUCGUCGGGAGUAUUCCUCCAGGCCUCAUCUUCACCGAAGCGUCCUUCGACUUCUAGCUCCGCAGCGUCACUGCGGUAAUCGUCAUACUCAUGGCGGCUCCGAGGACUGUCAGGAUCUCGGUAAAAGUCGGCAUCGCGGUCACUCGUGCCCCUCGAGUCCCUCGGAGUUCGAUGCUCAUCAGAGUGGUCGAAAAGUUCACGCUGAUCCGCAAAGCUGUUACGCGGUAAAUCAGCUUCGGCGGUAUCCUCCACGUCACCUGGAGUUACAAGGCUAUCGCCAUAGGGACGAUGCUCCAUAUUUUCAACGAUAUAAUUUUCUACACGUCUCCUUGAUAGCCAUCCACAGCGGUCAUGCUCUUCAUCAUGAUUAUUCUCCCAGGCCUCAUCUUCACCGAAGCGUCCUUCGACAUCUAGCUCGGCAGGGUCACUGCGGUAAUCGUCAUACUCAUAGCGGCUCCGAGGACUGUCAGUAGCUCGGUAAAAAUCGACAUUGCGGUCACUCGCGCCCCUCGAGUCCCUCACAGCUCGACGCUCGUCAGAGCGGCGGGACCCCUCCUCGCGCUCAUCGCUCUCCUUUUCGCAGUAGUCGUCGUCAUUCACAGACACUGUGUUAUCCGGACGAAUCGAUGUCGGUGACGGUGAAGCAAUCUCGGAUCGAGAUGUAGAAUCAGCGUAGGCAGAAUUUGAGGUCAGACGAUCGGAUGUGUCCGACGCAACUACGGCUACUUUGCAGUAGCCGCGACAAGACUGCUUCAGAGGACUUGUGACACAAACGACGGUCUCGUAAUGGCUGCCGCUAUUCGCUAAAUAAAUCCCCUGUUUAGAGACCCGAACACUGUCGCAACUGUACUGAAACCAACGGUCGGUGUAAUACGUGAAUACGUUGACACCCAAAUAAUCCGCCGUUGCUUGAAUCUCAACCUCUGUCGCCCAACUUCCUAGAGAGCUGAUUUCAGAUGCAUCAAUGUAGUCUGACACCGAAAGGUAACCCCUUCUCAGAAUGUUGGCGUACGCAGCUUCAUUGCUUUGCAAGUGAUUCACCACAGCUUCUCUUAUUCUUCCGUGAUGGCGUUCGGUACCGCUCACAGCUACACUGACUGCCCUAAAGAAGCAAUUCCCGUCGCUUUUAAUCUUCAUGUUCUUACAAGGAGCUCCUAAUUCACAGACAUCUGUGAAUUUGCUAUACUGCUGUCUACAGUCUACCUUGAGCUUUCUGCACAGCUGUAAUGCCACUGCCGCUCUAACGGGGUUAAAGUGUAGCUUUUUACCCAUGUCGCCACUAACAACCUCAAUGUCCGGGUCCUCGCUGUUCAUCAUGCUCUCGUGUCUUUUCAGCAGUUCCGUGACAUUUUCAUCUUUGGAAAGUCGUAAGUAUUUCCUCUUCUGAUGCAGUCCUGCCAGGCUGCCUCUCUGCCUCUAAAACUAGUCACCCCGGUUGCGGACAGUUCAACUGACCGCAUCCCACGUCUCACGGGGUCACACAUGGUGUGUGUGUGUGUGUGUGUGUGUGUGUGUGUGUGUGUGUGUGUGUGUGUGUGUGUGUCGGCAAUCAACCCAUCUCAAAAUUCUCAGCAGCACACUCAGCGCAGUAUGGGAGCGAACAACUUUUGCAGAUAUAUUUCUUACACCCGCUGCACACAGUGGAAGUUUUGUUGUCCUUUGCCCGCGGGCAAAACUGACACCUCUUCCUCUUCCUCGCCCCGGUCCGGUCGUCGCUCCCGACGCCGCUCCGGCGGCGUCCUCGCCCUCGCCCUCGCCCUCACCCCGAGUUCUAGACCUAGACACGGCGCUACGAACGACUCGGACGACUGCCGCUGACGCUUCUGUGCGAGGGAGACGCUCCCUUCUUUCUAUCAACGGAGUCACCAGCGCCUUUCCCAGCCGCUCUAGGAACACCCUUCUCUUGUUCCGCUUCUGAGGCAUCCAUUCGGGGUUUAGUUCUCUCCAUAUCACAAAGGCAUUGUAGGAGGAAACGUCGAGGAUGUUGUGGAACACGACCAGGGGCCAGCGAGCCGUCAUCCUUCUGCAGCUGUAGGUUCCGAUCACCUUGUCGAGGUUAUCGACACCUCCUUUGCAGCGGUUGUAGUCCAGUAUGAUGACCGGCUUUCUGUCGCGGCGGUCGCUGACUUCGGCCUCCGUGUGCAUCGUGCUAACCAGCAGCAUGUUUUUGUUUUUCUUGGGCACGUAAGAGACCGCGGUAGUGGUCGACGUGAAGGCGAAUUUCGACGAGAACACCGCUCUUCCCUUCGGCGAGAGAAGGGCCAGGGGGAGCUCCGGCUUGUUUUUUCGAACGGUGCCCACCAUGGUCAUCUUCCUCUUCAGCAGCUGCUGCCCGAGUUCGUAAGAGGUGAAGAAAUUGUCGCAGGUGACAUUGCGAUCCCUCAGUCCCUCGGUGACAUCGAGCACGACUCGCAUGCCCAGGUUCUUUUCCGGGCCGUGGCCUGCAGCUGCAUCUGCGGCCGCAGCCUUCCCUGUGUACACUUGCAUCUUCCAAGCGUAACUGGAUUUAGAGUCGCACGCCACCCACGUCUUGAUCCCGUAUUUCACUGGCUUGCUGGGAAUAUACUGCCGAAAGGGACAACGCCCUCUAAACGGAACCAGCUGUUCGUCCACCGUUAUCUCCGGCCCGGGGUUGUAGAGGGACGGCAGCCGCUCGGACCACGCGUCCCAGACCUCUCUUACGGCCGCCAGUUUGUCGGUCGCGCGUCUGGCGGGUCUCGACUCGCGGUCGUCGAAUCUCAGCAGUCUAGAGUAGGCGUGAAACACUUUCAGUGGCAUUGUGGUGCGGAAGAUGGACCGUCCGCUCUCAGCAUCCCACAGACUGGCGGUCGCCUCGCCUCGGGACCUGUAGACGCCGGCUAAAAGCAGCAGCCCCAUGUAGGCGCGAAGGUCGACGGCAUCCAUGCGUUUCCAGCCGUCUCCGAUUUUCCGUCUUCCCUCCAAAAUAGUCAUCUCCAAGAUGAUGCGUUCUAUCGACGGGGUGAUGAACAUGAAAAAAGCGGAGGCGAUUUCGCGGGCGUGGACGAGAGAAUAUUCAGUCGGUCCGGGUGGGCCGGUCGUCGGCAGUAACGGCGACGACGGCAUGUGCGGGGACGGCGGCGGCGUAGCCUCACCGCUCCUGUCUUUUCUACCCCGCUCUUGUUUAUCGUACGCUACGGAGGACCAUAUGAUUUUGUCGUGUUUUGAGAGAAAAAACACAUCUGUAUCUUCUUUCGCUUGCUCCUCUCGCUCGCCUGCUAUUACCCUUUCUCCUUCUUCUCCUUCUUCUUCUUCUUCUUCUUCUCCCCCUCUCUUUCCAUUUGCUCCUCUCUUUCUUCUGUUACCCCUUCUUCUCCUUCAUCUUCUUCCUCAUUUUCUUCUUCUUCUUCAUCAUCAUCAUCUUCUUUUUCUUCUUCUUCUCCCCCCUCUCUUUCCAUUUGCUCCUCUCUUUCUUCUGUUACCCCUUCUUCUCCUUCAUCUUCUUUCUCAUUUUCUUCUUCAUCUUCUUCUCCUUCUUCUUCUUUAUGCUCUCCUUCGUCUUCUACCUCUCUUUCCAUUUGCUCCUCUCUUUCUUCUGUUACCCAUUCUUCUCCUUCAUCUUCUUCUUCUUCUUUAUGCUCUCCUUCCACUUCUGACAAAUCUUAAAACCAGAUUAGUACUGUUGAUUUAAAUAAAUCAUAACACACACACACACACACACACACACACACACACACACACACACACACACACACACACACACGCAAACACACACACUAAAAACAAGUCCUUUAGAAAUGCAGCACUAAGGAGCCAUUUUCCUCCAGUGAGCACAGGACUUGUCCGAUAGCCCACACAUCCCUGAAACAAUCCAAAUUUUUCGUCAAUUUAUAAAAGGUGUGCUCAACGCUGAGACGUGCCGCCACCAAGCCUUUGAGGCAACAGACCGGGUCAGUCCAGUCCACCCCAAGAACCUUGUUUUUGCGAGUCUUCCAGAUGGCUAGCUUUGCACUCGCAAAAACAAAGUUGAUCAAUACCACCGAUUUCUUUUUCUUGGGAGUGUAUUUGGGUCCAAAAACAAAGAGUGGGAACGAGAAAACCUCCCCCAAACCCCCCACCCACUCCUGCACCACUUUAAAAAGAGCUGCCAGUCUGGGACAGGACAGCACCAGGUGCUCUACGGUUUCUGAUUGGGAGCAGAAUGGACAUCCCUCCCCAUUGGCCGGAUCAAGGUGAGCUCUGUACCUGUUUGUGGCUAUCGUUCCGUGUAUAAUCCUCCAUUGGAGAUCCGCUGUGCGUUUCUCAACAGGAGGCUUAUACAGGACCCUCCAGCUGCCAUUAGGGGAAAAGUCUGAGCCAAAAACCUCUGUCCACCUCGACUCAUUGACUCCCGUGAGGGAGCGCAGGUUCAGUACUUUGACACAGCUGAGGUACAGCUGCUUCCCUGUGCAGGAGCUGAAGGCUCCCAGUACUGGUCUCCGUAACGACAGCAACAGUCCACUCUCCUCCCUCCAUUCUCCCACUGCAGGACUCACACUCAGGGUGGGGAAGAUGUAGUCUUGGCCCUCUCUCCAACGUUCAGCCAAACCCCGUCCCUGAGCAAAGGUCCGGAGGGGCCCCGACAGCGACUGCCACACCUCCUUCACCAGGUUCAGCAGCACUCUGGUUGAUCGUACUCCGGUCAUGUCAGCCAGACUCCCUACAGGUGUUCUUGUGAGAUGUCCAAGCUUAACAAUUCCAGCUUCAGUGAGGACACUUUUUAAGGUGUUGGAUAAAACCGUGGUGUUAACGAAAAGGUCAUUGUCAAAAAGUGGCUCCUCAAACAGCCACAUCCCAGGCUUGGGGUCAGAUGGCCGAGUGGCAACCAGAGUCCUCCACGCAACAAACACAGAGCUGUAGAAGGGUGUGAGAUCAGUGACGGUGAGAGCAGGGGGCUUCAGGAGAAACAGGUGUCUGUCGAGGCAAAGCCGCCCAGCCUUCCGGAGCAGCAGCCGAGCUACAUCCAACCAGCAGUGAGAAGGUCCAUACAGGAAACGUUGAGCUGCCUGAAGCCUGAAAGCAGCGGUCCUGGAGGCGAUGUCUAUCAGGCCCUGCCCCCCCUCUGCCACAGGAAGGUACAGGACUGACGCACGAAGCCAAUGAUGACCCGACCAGAAAAAGUCCACCAGGAGUCGCUGCAGCUGUCCCACGAGGCUUGGUGGAGGGUUCAGAACUUGGAGCCUGUGCCACAGAGACGAGGCCACCAGGUUAUUGACAAUCAGAGCUCUUCCCCUGUAAGAUAUCUGAGGUAGCAACCAUUUCCAUUUAGAUAACUUGGCUUUCACCUUCUCCAGCACUCCCUCCCAGUUUUUAGCAGUGGUUUCCUCCCUACCCAAAUACACUCCCAAGAUCUUGAUCCCUCUGCUACCCCUCCUAAGGCCACCAGGAAGACUAGGGGUGCUUCCUGCACUCCAGUGGCCGACUAAAACUGCCUCGCUCUUCUCCCAGUUUACUUUGGCUGAUGCAGCCCUCUCAUACAGAUCCAGGCAAUGCUUAAGUUCUUGAACAUCUUCCUGGCCCUGAACAAAAACAUUUACAUCAUCAGCAUAUGCUGAUACAAUCAAAGGCCGGCUCUGAGCCGGUUCAGGCAGACAUAAGCCCCUUAACCGCCUCCUGAGCAAACAAAGAAGUGGCUCAAUGGCCACACUGUACAGCUGACCAGAUAGGGGGCAGCCCUGCCUGAUGCCUCUGCUCACUGGUACAGGACUGCUUAGCCCACCCCCUACUUUGACCACACAACAUGCACCCGUGUACAACAGCUUCACCCAGGACAAGGAGUGCUCCCCAACACCAAAGGCCUGCAGUGUGGAAAAUAAGAAUGAGUGAUCAACACGAUCGAAGGCCUUCUCCUGGUCAAUAGAGAGUACACCAGUCUUUAGAUUAUAGAGUCUGCACACAUCAAAAAUGUCUCUCAUUCAAAACAGAUUGUCCAGGAUGGAUCUAUCAGGGACACAGUAGGACUGAUCAGCACCAAUAAAAACAUCCAUAAAAACCUUCAGUCUAUUAGCUAAAACCUUUGACAGUACUUUAUAGUCGCUACAUCACAGGGCCACUGGUCUCCAGUUUUUAAGUAGGGUGAGGUCCCCCUUUUUGGGUAGCAGCGAUAUUACUGCCCGCCUGCAGGAAGCUGGAAGAGUUCCCCUCUGGAAGGACUCCCGAAACACGUCCAGAAGAUCUUGUCCCAGGGUAUUCCAAAAGUGUUUGUAAAAAUCCGCUGGUAACCCGUCCAUACCCGGUGCUUUGCCUGAGGCCAUGUGUUUUACUGCAGAGGUUAGCUCCUCCAUGGUAAUGUCGAGGCUCAGGGCGUCCCGAUCUGCUGGGCUCAGCUGAGGAAGGUCCUGCAGGAGUUCAGCUGCAGCCUCUCCAUCACAAUAUUCCGCUCGAAACAGCUCCGAGUAAAAGGACACUGCAUGCCUCCUCAUCUCAGCAGGGUCUGAGGUUAACCCCCCAUCAGGCAGACAGAGACACACCAUUUGUUUUUUUUGGCCUUCGGACUUCUCCAGGUUAAAAAAGAAGGUUGUUGGUGCAUCAAUGUCCUUGAUGGCAGUGAAGCGGGCUCGGACCAGGGCUCCUUUGGCUUUCUCUAGGAGGAAAGAGUUCAGCUGCUGUUUUUUGGAGAGCAGCUGCUCAGGGUUCCCCACAGGCACACCCUCCAGCUCCCCGAUCUCUGCCUCCAGUUGGUCCAUGGCCCUCCGGACGUCAGCAGUGGAGUAGGCGGUGUACUGCUGGCAGAACACCCUAAUCUGUCCCUUUCCUACCUCCCACCACUGACCUAGAGAGGGGAAAUCCUCCUUCCUGGACCUCCAUUCAGCCCAAAAUAGUUUAAAAUUAUUACAAAAGUUAAAAUCAUGUAAAAGCUUAACGUUAAAAUGCCAGAAUGACCUGGACUUUCCAGGAGAGGUUAAAACCAUUUCUAAUAAAACUAAGUGAUGGUCUGUGAAGCCAACAGGAUGGAUUUGACACCUGGCUGCACGACUGCUAAAAGAAGAGGACAUAUAAAAUCUGUCGAGUCUGGCUGCACUGACCAUGCCGUCAGAGACUCUCACCCAAGUGUACUGUCUAGCAGAGGGAUGUUUUAACCUCCAGAUGUCGACCAGGUUAAACUCCAUCAACAUCUGAGCCAGGAAAGAGGAUGAUUGGGACUGGAGCUCCUGCCCUAUCCUGUCUAAGGUGCCAUCCGUACAGCAGUUCCAGUCCCCUCCCAUUAUUAUGCACUCUCCCUGACUGCUGCUGUUCCCUAAAACGUUUUUCAAUAAAUUAAAUAAAACUAAUCGUUCAGAGCUUUGAUUGGGUGCAUAGAUAUUAAGAAAAGUGAAAACAAACCCCAGAAUUUCCACCUUCACCAUCAAAGCUCUGCCCGCCAUGAUUUCUGAGCUGGAUAAAAUAUUUACCGGUAAGGAGGGGGAGAAUAAAAUGGCCACCCCAGCACUUCGGUUGGAGCCAUGGCUGAGUGCGUACUGCCCCCCCCCACCAAAUUCCCCAGUCUGUCUCAUUUACACUGUCACUAUGUGUUUCCUGUAGAAAGACGACCUCUAUCUUUUUCUGUCUGAUAAUUUCAGACACUACAGCUCUUUUCUGUGGACUUCUAUCCCCAUUAAUAUUUAAGGAUGCAACUCUAAAGGGCUGCAUGUGAGGAGAAGAUAGACAGAGCAGCAGGAAAGACAGACCAACACAGCAAAGAGAAAACACCCGGUAUUGUACAAUCAUUCUGGAUUACUUGGAAACUUUCCUUUUUUUCAAUGUCUGUUUACCUUUAAGAAUUUUCCUCACGUUGGAUACAUGCUUUUUGAGGCGAUACCUUUUCUUAUCACUUAAAAACUCCUUACCUACGACCUUCUGCAGAGUGUCCACAGACCGGACAAACUUCUGCAUAUCUGGGAAAUAGUCUGUGACCUCUACUGAUCUCCCAAAGGAAUCAUCUAGAAACUCUGUCACCUCCUCAAGAGAGUAUAGGUCUGGAUUUAUUGACACACUGUCUGCUACAGAGACACAAUCAGAGUCUACAUCAGCAUCUGAGAAACCUACUGCCUGUUGACUGUGAGCUGGAGCAGCCCGAGAGUCAGUCCUCAGCUGCUGCGCCGUGCCAGCAGCCUCCUCCUGCAUCGGCUCACCUGCAGCAGCCCCACCCUGCUCAGGAGCGCAGGUCUCCGCCUGCCCUGCUGCGUGAGCCUCAUCCUACUCCACACUGCACUCAUUCUCACACUCUUCAGUCACACAACUCAAGGGCUGAUUUUUCACCAUUCCAGGUCCAAACCCCAAAACAGACUGCUGCGCCGUGGCUCCGGAGCGCGCACCAUCCGCCGCCCCGCGCACCGGGCCGGCGUCGGCCACCGCCGAGCCCGAGGGACCCGCGGCAGCCGCCGCCGGACCCACGGGACCCGCCGCAGCCGCCGCCGAGCCCGAGGGACCCGCGGCAGCCGCCGCCGGACCCGCCACACCCGAGACGGCCGCAGCACCGCCCCACACCGGCCUACCGGCCCCACCGCUCACCUCCCUGCUGUCAUCUCCAGCGGGUCUCACCGUGUGCUGUCGGUGAGGACAAGCGACACGUUUAUGGCCCACGUCUCCACACUCAAAACACUUCAUACUCCCUGAGCUAGCAUACACCAUGUAAAAACCUUCCUCGUGUUUUACACGGAAGGACACAUCCAGUGUCUGAGCUGGAGAGUCUAAAAACAUGAAGACCUGUCUCCUCAGAGACUGAACAUGCUUUAGCUUAGCAUCUUUACAUCCCAAAGCAACAUUACGGAACCCACUGGCAAACUUACCGAACCGCUUGAGCUCCCGUUCCAGCGCUUCAUUCGGGAUGAAUGGAGGGACACCGGACACGGUGAUCCGCGUGGACGGCAAAGCCAGCGGGGAAACUUGGAUAAACUCCUCGUUGAGGGUUAAUCCAUCCUCAAUUAGUUUGGUAACAUGAGUCUGUUCUUUGAGAAACACUACCACGGCUUUGUUCAUGCGGGAGGCAUAUGAGAUAUUACCGUGGCCCACCUGGUCUCCCACAGCCAACAGGACCUGCUCCACAGAGGAGGCCGGCGGUGGCACCAGCCUCACGCCGUGUCUCAGGGACGCUGGCGGAGGUGGCGUCUCAGAGGACGCCAUCCUCGCCACGAGGCACGAAGAAACCACACAAAAAACACUGAACUGUUUAACCAAAAGUUAUGAACAAACAAUCCAAACAAUGACCAUUCAAUACAGAGACGAUAGAAGAAAGAAAAGAAACGAAGUUAGAAAAAAAAGUUGAAUCAAGAUUGAUUCGCUCUCAGCUCUCAGCACUCACACAGAAUGGUUCAUAAAUAAAGUUUGUUAAAAGUCAAAGUCUCCUUCCACUUCUACCUCUCUUUCCAUUUGCUCCUCUCUGUCUUCUGUUACCCAUUCUUCUCCUUCAUCUUCUUCUUCUCCUUCUUCUUUAUGCUCUCCGUCCUCUUCUACCUCCCUUUCCAUUUGCUCCUCUCUGUCUUCUGUUACCCAUUCUUCUCCUUCAUCUUCUUCUUCUCCUUCUUCUUUAUGCUCUCCGUCCUCUUCUACCUCUCUUUCCAUUUGCUCCUCUCUGUCUUCUGAUAUUAUCAUUUCUUCUUCUUUUCCUUCCUCUUCCCUGUUCGGUUGGUUACUUGCCUCAUAAUCCUCCUCCUCAGACACACCCUCUGCUUCUUCAUCGGGAUUGGCUUCAUCAGAGAAUGCAUUUGACAACAUCUGUUGCAUGACCUGCAAAGCGGUAAACUCUCGACUCAUGGCUGCAGCGCAGUAUUGUUUUAUUUUUUCAUUGUUAUUGUAGUUGUUGUUUUAGUAGUUAUUGUUGUAAUGCGAUGUGAUGUAAUGUAAUAGGACAAGGAUCGGUAGUAGUACAGGUUUUAUGCAGGUGUAGUACGGUUUUACGGAGAUGUGACUAAACUUGCUAUAAACUUGAUCUAUUCAGACACACACUGCACUGUUCUUUUGGCAAUGGGAAAUUGCAGUAAACAUUGUUUUUUUCAUCUUAUUUGUAUAGCACUUUAUUCUUUUACAAAACAUAUAGUCUCAUUGGUGUUCAGACGGCAUCCUAACACUAUUUUCCGCCCUUGAACCCACACAUCAACAGAGGAAAAGUAAUAUGAAAUAUUGCAAACAGUUUGGUCUCUUUAUUUCUUUCAUCAUCCCUUACAGGAUCAUAUAUUCAUACAUACACACACACAAUAUUUUCUGCUCUUAGAAUUGAAAAAUGAAACGUACAAAAAAAAAUCUGGAGAAACUUUGCGUGUCUUUCUCUCGUCGGAGUUAUAUACAUAUAACUCCGACGCUCUCCCAACCCCCCCAACCUCUGCUGACUAUACAACUGCACUUUGGUGUUUUACAACUGACAGAGUGAUAGAGACUUUUUUGACUUCAUGUGGGAUGCCGACUCAUGCCUCUGGAGCCCAGGCGUUGUCCUCUUCCCUAAACCUCACCGAGCCUUGGACACUGCAGUAAGGAAAGGAAAAAAGGGAAAAAAAAAAGCAAGGCGUACUUUUUUAAAAAAAAAAAAGUAUUUGUAAAGCACUUUUUAUGUACAAACACUUUCUUUCUUUUGGUGUUCAGACGUCUUCGCAAUAUUUUCUGCUCUUAAGCCGCGUUGAGACCAAACGCGACCAGGUCGCAUUGCGUUGGUCGGUCAGGUCGCGUCGCGUGGUGCCCUGGUGUGUCAACACCGGGUCCAAAGCUGCAGUCGCAGGUCGCGGCUGGUCGCCGGUGACGUCAUCCAUGUCACUAGCUCAGUUUUCAGUUCAUCAGUGCUGCCGCAUAUCUCUACAUCCGCAGUAGACGCCGCCGGCGUUUAUGGGUGCAUGAAACCAUCCGGAGGAGGACGGAGCUGGGUGAAUUUCACCGCUUGCUCCAGGAACUCCGCCUGGACGACGGCCGCUUCCAGCGGUACUUCCGUGUGUCGACGGCGCAGUUCGAGGACCUCCUCGCCCGGGUGGGAAGCAGCAUCUCCCGCCUGGACACGAAAUACAGGCGCUCCGAAACUGGGAUGCUUCUUCUUUGGCGUUGCGGUCCCGGUACAGCCCGCAACCCACGUCGUAUAGCACCGGGUGGUAGCUAACGGAUGUGAUUAACUGCUCCUCCAUUGUGAUUCUUCUUCUCCUCUUCCUUGUUUCGCCGGUUUGUUGACGUCAGCAGAGCCCUGAUUGGCUGUCGCGGCACGGAGUCGCUCCCAAAGUUCAAAUAUUUGAACUUUGGGAGCGACACGACUUGGCGUCCUGCGACCUCGGCGACGCGCCUUGGCGACCGGUCGCUAGGUCGCGUCAGGUCGCGUCGCAGGCAGCCGGCGGUCGCCAAGUCGCGUCAGGUCGCGGCUGGCCAUAGACUUUGCAUUGGGAGCCGUCGCCAAGUCGCGUCAGGUCGCGUUUGGUCUGAACGCGGCUUUAGAAUUGAAAAAUAAAAUCUGGAGAAACUUCGUGUGUCUUUCUCUCUUCUCCCCUCACAGAAUGGCCGGUCAUGCAGAGAGCGCUGUAAAACCAAAAAGAGAAACUUGCACAGGCAGUGUGGAACACACACACACACACACACACACACACACACACACACACACACACACACACACACACUCACACACACACACACACACAGAGUCAGCACAGUCAAUGAUAUCGAGUCCACAUUUUGUGAUGUCUUUGUGUCAGAGGACUAAAUAUGAGGAGUGGGGACACGUCAUCUCAGAACCACGAAUUCGUUCUUCUCUAACUCCGAACCAGCCGCUCACCUUCCUGACUGAACUGUGCAAAGUAAAACGCAACCGGUUCAGUGGAAGAGAAGAACAGACACGUUGGCUUAGAGAUGACAUGACAACUCCGACGCUCUCCAACCUCUGCCGAUUAUACAAUUCAAACUUUUGUGUUUUACAACUGACCGAGUGAUACAGUGGUUUCACUCACUAUGGUGGGGUGCCGACUCGUGCCUCUGGAGCCCUGGUGUUGUCCUCUUCGCUCAGCCUCACCAUUCUUGGACACUGCAGUGAGGAAAGAAAAAAAAAAAAAACACUGUAUGAUGAAGCAAGGUGUAGUUUUUUACAAAUAAAUAAAUAAAUAAAUAAAAUAAUGUUUAAAUAUAUAUAUAUAUAUAUAUAUAUAUAUAUAUAUAUAUAUUUUUUUUUUUCAUUUGUAAAACCCUUUUUAUGUACAAACACUUUCUUUCUGUUGGCGUUGAGACAUCUUUACAGUAUUUUCUGCUCUUAGAAAUAAAAAUAAAAAUAAAAAAAUAUCUGAGAAACCUUUGUCUCUUUCUUUCUUUCUUUCCCUCUCUCUCUCUGUCCGUUCCUCACAGGAUGCGCGCCACACGCUCAGCCGCAGUCGCGCGCCUUUUCUCCCUCGUCGAGAAUGUCUUCGUGGCGGUAGCCGCGGAGGCCAGCCGGAACAGGAACAGGAGAGCGUCGGGGUUUUCUUCGCAUGUCGAUUCGCAGACGAAUCCUCCGUCCCGCGUUUUUUCCGUUUUUCAAACUCACCUUCGGCGUUUUCCCCUCCUCGGGAUGGUCUUGGACUGUAGCCGCAGAGGCCGCCCUCGGAGGCCGGACACCCCCGGGGAAGGGGGAGAGCGCACUUUUUUGCUCCUCUCCGUCGACUCGCAGACGAAUCCUCCACCCCGCAUCUCCGUCCGCGCGCCACGCGCUCGGGCGCCGCGCGCUCGGACGCCACGCGCUGAGGCCGGACCCUAUCGGGGAGGGGGGGGAGAGUGCACUUUCUUGCUCCUCUCCGUCGACUCGCGGCGCGUCAGAGGCUGAAUAUGAGGAGCGGGGACGCGUCGUCUCAGAACCACGAAUUCGUUCUUUCUUUCCCCGAACCGGCCGCUCACCUACCAGACUGAACCGUUCAAGGUGAAACGUAACCGGCUCGGCGGAAGAGAAGAACAGACAGGUCGGCUCAGAGACGACGUGACCGUUCCUCGCAGGAUGGCCAGUCGUGCAGAGGGCACUGUAAACAAAAAAACAAACAAACAAAAAAAAGAAUACACAGGCAGUGUAGAAAACACACACGCACAGGUCACACACACACACACAUACACACACACACAUCUUACCUCUAAAGCCCAGGCGUCGUCCAUCCGUCUCCAUCCGCGCCACACGCUCAGCCGCAGUCACGCGCCUUUUCUCCCUCGUCGAGAAUGUCUUCGUGGCGGUAGCCGCGGAGGCCAGCCGGAACAGUCGACCCGCGGCGCGUCAGAGGCUGAAUAUGAGGAGCGUGGACGCGUCGUCUCAGAACCACGAAUUCCUUCUUCUCGUUCCCCUGAAACCGGCCGCUCACCUACCAGAGUGAACCGUUCAAGGUGAAACGUAACCGGCUCGGCGGAAGAGAAGAACAGACACGUCGGCUCAGAGACAUGUUAAUAAUCGCGCAGAGGCCGGACGCUCUCCGGGGAGAUGCAGCCGCAGAGGCAGGAAGCUCUCGGGGAAGAGCGCUUUUUCUUACUCCUCUCUGUCGACUCGCAGACGAAUCCUCGACCCCUGCGUCUCCGUACGCGCGCCGUGCGUUUCAUCGUCGUCCUCUCUCAGCCGCGGUCCGCUCCUUUUUCUCGAGAUCGAGGUCUCGAGGUCGAGAUCGUCUUUGGCUGUAGCCGCAGAGGCCAGCCAGUACAGGAGAGCGCUUUUUUCUCCUCUAAGUUGAUUCAUAGACGAAUUUCCUCCUUCUUCGCUCUUCGCUGCGAAAAGAGUCUGUGCAACAGAAGAAUACAGCGGAGGUUUUUAGUCAAACAUUUUCACGACAGGGUAAAGAAGGAAAACAAAAACAAAAAAAAAUAAAAAAGAGAAAAGCAUAUAACUAUAUAUCUAUCUAUAUAACGUUAUAGAUAGAUAGAUAGAUAGAUAGAUAGAUAGAUAGACUACUUACUCUACUCUCUGCUCUACGAUCCUUUUUGUAGAUGCGUGUCAAGACUUCGACUUUAUUUGUUUUUUUCCUCUUUCUUCGCUCCUGCGGAUCCAGUGCCCCCGUACUGCGAAGAGUCCGUGCAACAGAGGAACACAGCAAAGGUUUUCAAUCAAACGUUUUCACGACAGCGUAGCAGAGGUGAGUUUUUAGAUAACCAUUUUGACAAGCAGAAAGAGCUGAGGGUGAGUUGACCUCGACCCUCCGCCGCGCUUUUUGUGCAUCACGGGUGGAGGGCGUGUGUGUGCGCGUGUGGAUUCAAAGACUCGUUUCUGUGUCAUGUAUUUGUUAUGCUCUUACGGAUAGACAACCAAAAACAGCUAAGUCCAAUUGAAGCGAAUCGUUCAGUCAGGAAGGUGAGCUAACGAAUGAUUGAAUGCGACUCAGCGUAAGAGCAGAGCAAAUUUACAUUUCACGAAACAGAGAAAGACCAAAACGACUGCACAACUCAGUGGUCGCGGAGAGAGACAUCCAUUUCGUUCGGCCUGCAAAACAGAGACAGAGAGAGAGAGAGAGAAAUGUGGCUUAGGGGAUACGGAGCUAUCACGGUGAUAUAAAUAUAUUCAUGUCUUUACAUAGAUAGAUAGAUAGAUAGAUAGAUAGAGAAUACUUACUGUUCUCUGGUCUGUCCUCUACGGUCCCAGUUGUCGGUCUGCAAACCUUUUGAGUAAAGUUUUCUGUUUUUCUGUCCUCCUUGGCAACAACGGAAUGAACGGCCCUGUGGAAUGCAGCGCGACUGUGAAGGGAAAAAGAGAUCCAGUUACCGCAUGUUGAGAGAGGGGGGAGUGAGAGAGAGAGAGAGAGAGAGUGAGGGCUCUAUUUUCGUGCGCGCCGGUGAGGCGGCGAAGGGCGGCGAGCCCCGCGCAGUUGUAUUUUCGUCUGGCGGAGCCCAGCGUAAGGCCAAUUUGGUAUUUUCGUGGACUGAGGCGCACGGAGGCGAGCCAAGAUCCGCCAAGCUGGGCGUGGUGGUGUGGCAGGGGGAGGUGUUGACAGAAUCAGCAGGCGCAGUGACAUUUUCGUGCUCGCCAACGGCGUGUAAAGUGCGCUGAAAGCUCGCCGAUUCAAACCUGGUCAGCUUUCAGCGCAAGGCGGAACGCAGCUGGUCUAGUAGUAUUUUGGUAGACCGGCGGCGUAUCGACAUACGUCACUGAUGCCUCACCGGCAGGUUUCCACAGUGUCAGGCACAUUUCAGUGCAAUAAGUAAUCAUCAUCAACUAUUAAUCUGAGUCAGCACAUACAUUUAGAUCUAUAUAGAUAUAUUCUGAUCUAUAUGUGAUCUGAUGAGCGCGUUUGGCACGCGUUUGGACACACAACCUGACCGAAUCAACACAGCUGAAACCGCAUCAAAUUAAAUUAAAUAUCUAGUAAAUAAACACACAUGAUGAAGUUAACAAGAUAUGUAAUUCGUCUCCCUCCUUUUCUUUCUUCCUCUUCCUCUUAUUUCUCGCACAGCUCGACCUGGACACGUCUCCGUGUCCUCUGUCCGUCUUGCUGCUGCUGCAGCUGAACAGGGGCCUCAUGUAUCAAUACUUGCGUGGAACUCAUACCAGAAACGAGCGCACGCAAGGUCCGUCACGCUGAAAAAAAUCUGUAUGUAUCAAUGUGUGCGGGCGCCGAAAUCCACGUGCGUUUCCUUGAUAAAUCCCAAUCAGCGUGGAAUUGAGCGCAGAUGUCGGAGUGACUGGGCCCGUCCCCGUUACGCCCUCCUAUAAAUAUGCAGAUUUAUUUAAAUAGGGUCUCCCUGUCCUCGCACGCAGACAAAAUGACAAGAAAAACUAAAUUUACGGCGUGCGAGGUGGAGGUGCUGGUGGCGGAGGUGGAGGAGCGACAGCGUGUUUUGUUUGGCAGCCUGUCCAGUGGCGUCAGUGCAAAACAAAAACGCUUGGAGUGGGAGAAAGUUUGCGAGAGGGUGAGCGCGGUGGAUUAAAAAAAAGUGGUCGGACCUCAAGGUGGAGGCCAAGCGGCGUACAGCUGCCCUCCGGAGGAGUACCGGCCAGACAGGUGGGGGUCCGGGGGAGGAGACCCUCACGCCGUUUGAGCAGUGGGUGGUGGCGAUUAUUAUUAUAGAGUAAGUGGCAUGUCACACAAAUGUCCACAUGCUUUGUCAUCCCACUGAGCAAAAGACGUAUUUUAGACGUCUAGUCUAAGUUUAUACUUCAUUUCAACGUCGGGAUUCAGUCUAUUUUUAGAUGUGAUUUAUACUUCGCCCUUAACUUCAUUUUUCGAUAACUUUUUAUGCAAUAAACAACUGAAAUGUGCAUAACUGACCUCGAAAUACUGGAUUACAUUACCUAUGAUACCGUGGAGAGAGAUGUAAACGCAACAGAUACACAGAAGCAGGAAUUGAAAUGAACAAAUAUUUUUAUUGUGUCACAGAAAUCAAUGUGUCGGCCGUGUCGCCGGCUUGCGGAACCCCGGCCCGCGGCAGCCCGUCCGCCGGCUCGGAGUCGUCCGCCAGGACCAGCGGCAUUCAGGCCACCCCGGCCCCCGGCCCCAGCACCAGCACCAGCAUCAGCACCAGCAUCAGCACCAGCGCGCCGACAAGCGGUGGAGCGUCCACCAGCCGCGGCGCUUCCGCUGGACCACCCGGACGCAGUGGAAGGGUCCUCGCGGAGGGGGUCCUGCAAUCGCAGGAAGAAAUCAUCAGGGGGAUCGCGGGGAUCAACGAGCGGCUGGACCGGCUCGUAAAUGUCCUCAAGCGUCUGGUGGAGAAAAUAAAUUAAUUUGGCUCAUUGAACUGUGUAUUCACUUCUUACCCAUUCACACUGUGGCCAUGAGAUUCUCCCGCGCGAGGACGGCGGCCCGGCAGGGAUCAGCUCGCAUCCCUCCGUCUGCUGCUGGUUCGUCAUGUGGGGCGACGUGCUGCUCGGCCAUGGGGAUGUGGUGCACGCUUGUCACAUAGUGAGUCACCAAACACCGCCACACAGCGUCGCCAAAGUGCGAAUCACAGUCAACGCAAGUAUCAGCUCAACGCCAAUUUCUACACCACCUCCUGACUUUGCGUUGAUUAGCGCUGGAACCGACGCUCGUUUCGCGAUGAUAAAUCUGGACGUGUGCGCCGAUUUUGACGUACGCAAGGUUUUCUUGCGCCGCAAGCGUUGAUACAUGAGGCCCCUGAUGAUUAUUUCAGUGCUCAGAUGCGUUAUCUACUUUAAGCCGACAUACGGAUAUUAUAAUAUUCAGUUUUGUGAGCCAAAUUUAUUUUAUACGCCAACAUCUAUGAAAGAAAGAGCCAGGCCACGGAGCGCGAUGCGUCAUUUACGCACAGAUGGUUCCGAUUUUAAUGCCAUUUUUGGAGUUUAUGUUGUGAUCUGUGCGCUUAACCCACCUUUGUCACGUGAGGUUUGAAUAUGAGCAACUUUAUGUGAGUGUCUUUAUUUGUGGAAAAGGGUGUUUGUCUUACCAGUGGGUCCAACAUUACGCACACUAAAUCCAUCUGUGCUCAUAUGAGAGAGUGUGGAGGACACUUGUUGAGGGGCUGCCCUCUGUCGCCAUCUUGUGGCAUUACUGUCUUAAGACAUCUCUUGAUCUCUUUGACUACUUCAUGAAAAUAGUAAUACGCCUCGCCUGUGGCGGAUUUAAAGGCAAGGAGAGGAGCCUAUGUGAUUGGUGAAAACAGGUCUCGGCUGUGUUAAACCCACUUCACGCCCUUUCUCCUCCCCGUCUACGACUUAUGGUGCUGGGAGGAGCUGAGUUAGGGAGGGGGGAUACUUACGCGGGGCUGCGCGGCUCACCAAAAUACCAAAAUGUGCUUGGGAACGCCUUGUCAGCGCGGCGGAUCUGACUGACGCUGCGCUUGCGGCACGUCUCCUGCGAGGCACCAAAAUAGAGCCCUGAGAGUUUAUUGAUCCCCCGUGGGGGAAAUUUUUUUGUCACAGCAGCAUCACAGACAAGACAAAAAGUGCGAACAUGCAGUUAUAACAAUAAGGGUAUAAAUAAGGUGCAAAAAAACAACAAUAAGAAGGCAAAAACGCGAAGUCUGUGAGGAGCUGCUGUGACUUGCUGCCACUCUCAGGGCGCACGAGUCACGAAAAACGCAAAUAUAUUCAUGUCUUUACAUAGAUAGAUAGAUAGAUAGAUAGAUAGAUAGAAUACUUACUGUUCUCUGGUCUGUCCUCUACGGUCCCAGUUGUCGGUCUGCAACACUUUUGAGAAAACUUUUCUGUUUUCUGUCCUCCUAGGCAAUAACGGAAUGAAGCGGCCCUGUGAAAUGCAGCGCGACUGUGAAGGGAAAGAGAGAGCCAGUUACCGCAUGUUGAGAGAGGGGGGAGGGAGAGAGAGAGAGAGAGAGAGAGAGAGAGUGAGUGAGAGAGAAAGAGACAAACUAUAUUGUUUGACUGGAUUUCUGAGUUGAUCUAAAAUCCGAACAGAUUUUGUUGUUUUAGGCAUUCACAAUACCCUACACUACUACGCGUUCACAUUGUUUUGUUGGAGCUAUUACAGCCAUUCCUACGGUGGCCUGGAAGUGCAAAACACAACCGCAUAAGAGAAAACACGACAGCAAAUCAAAACACAAACGCAAAAGAGAAAACGCAAACACAAAAAAAGGAAACACGACAGCAAAUCACAUAUGCAAACACAAAAAAAGAAAACACGACAGCAAAUCAAAACACAAACACAAAAGAGAAAACGCAAACACAAAAAAAGAAAACACGACAGCAAAUCACAAAUGCAAACACAAAAAAGAAAACGCAACCGCAAAUCCCAAAACAGGACAGCAUCAUCGGUCUUCUUCUUCUUCGUUGUAGUUUAAUAGCGGUUUACUCCGCUGGAGGUGGAGUACUACUGCCACCUGCUGGAUGUCGGAACGGGAAAGUAAACCCGAACAUGGACGCCGAAAGCGAAAGUUUGCUCGAAAUUAUCUAACAAUAUUUUCAUGCAGGACACACAUAUGACGUUAUAGUCGACAUGUUGUCAACUAUUCACGGCAUUGGCAUGAGCGUUCGAACGCUGAAGACCUGCUUGAAAGAAGCUGGCUUCUUUAGACGCCGUAACUACUCCCUCAUAUUCGAGGUGAGGCGUGCAAUUCUGACCGAGCUUGAUGGACCAGGGCAACUAUUCGGAUAUCGGACUAUGUGGCAAGUCCUACAACAGAAACUUGGACUUCGUGUAAAACGUGACGUGGUAAUGAGGUUGCUCAGACAACUGAGCCCACAACGGACGGCUCUGAGGAGACGCAGGAGGUUCACACGGCGUACCUAUCACUCCAUGGGUCCAAACUAUAUAUGGCAUGUCGAUGGAUACGAUAAACUCAAACCAUUUGGCCUGGCUCUCUCUGGAUGCAUAGAUGGAUUUUCACAAAGAAUCAUGUGGCUUGUUUGUGGACCGUCAAACAACAAUCCAUCUGUCAUCGCUCACAACUACAUAAACUGCGUCAGGACUAUUGGUGUUGUUCCAAUGCGAUUACGAACUGACCUCGGAACAGAAAACGGAACAAUGGCAGCAAUACAAUGCACCCUCCGCCAUGGGCAUACGGACUAUUAUGCAGGCUUGUCCAGUCACAGUUCCGGCUCAUCAACAGGGAAUCAGCGCAUCAAGUCGUGGUUGUCUUUUUUCAGAAGAGGAAGGUUGGUAAAUCUAUCAUUGAAAGGUGAAAUGUUUAUUGGUAACUGUAUAGUGAUCGACUGUGUUUGUCCACUGUUGAUUUUUCACUCCCAUGUCUGUCAUUGUGAGUAUUCACAUUAAAUAACAAACAGCUUUGCAUUAGCUUUAAUUCAGUGUUUCAAAUGGGUUCUUCAACUUUUUCAUAUGAAUACAAAGUGCAUAGAAAUGUUUCUACCGCCAAAAUGCAAUUAUAUCAAUGGCUGAAUACGUUUCCAGUCUGAUUUGUUCUGUGUGAAGUAAGUAACUUCAUGUCUAAUGUAUCCCCAGGUCUCAGUUUUGGAUGGACCUUUUUGGAGACCUGAGAGACUCUGGAUUUUUCAAUGGCAGCCACGAACACCAGUGUUUGCUGAGAUUUUGCUUCAGUAAAGUCCUUCAGAAAGACCUGGAUGAAUGCGUGGACCUGUGGAAUAAGCACCGGAUUCGUCCAAGCAGACCAGCAUCAUGUCCAGGAGGGAUCCCAAAUGAACUACUGUAUAUCUCUUGCCCCACAGGUAGUAAAGGUUUACAUCAGUGGUUCUCUCUAGUGGUCCUCUCCUCUCCUACUCGUUCCUCUUCUUCCUCCAUGCUCUCCUCUCUCUCUCCUCUGCUUAUUCAAGGAGCAAAAGUUAGUACAAUCUUGUAUUUAGAGGCUCAGUCUCUGCGAUUGUUGAUAAAUGUUUAUGUGUAUCAUCUUUUUUUUCAGAUUUGGUUCAAGGGACUGUGGAUUCUUUGUUGAAGAUGCAGAGCUGGAUGUGUUUCCCGAGGCAAGACAAAAGAUUGAUUUUUACAGUGAUGCAGACAUUGAGGAAUACCUACAACAGGCUGUGGAACAAAACAGACUACAACAGCCACAAGACUGGAGGACAGCCUCAGACCUUUACACCACUCUGAAGCAAAUAGCUGGGCUGUAGAGACUGAGUCCCAGGUCCCUUUGGUCGGGCUGCUCUCCACUAUGUUUGUCCACUCAUCAGUCAGUUUAGGGGGGUCCAGCUGCUGGCACAGUCCUUACCCUGCUGCUCCAACCAGUGUUAACAGCCCUGCAGAUUGGCGUUUCCCCCGAUCUUCAGUGCCUAACCAUGUCUCCCUACUGUCAGUUGUGAGAAUGUGUAUAGUUAUAUUAAUAUGUGUAGAUGGUGGUGGGAGGCACUGGUUUUUGACUUAAAUUAUUUGAAAAAAAAGAGCAUUUUUUAACCACUUUAGUUGUUAUUCUAAAUAUUUAUGAAUCUUUGUGGACAAGAAUUGGGAAUACCUCAUUUUUUUGUAAACUGUGACAGGUAUAACUUUAUUAAACAUUUUUACUAAAACUGUACAGUGUCCAGCAGUUAUUUCAACAUUUUAAAUAAUAAUAAAAAAAUGAAAAUAAAUAAAGUUAUUGAGAGACGAAAAGAACCAGUAAUAAACAAAAGAAAACCAUAAAGGAUCCAGAUAAUAUAAUGGGUAAGCUGUGCAUACAGCUAACUGCACAGACUGAAAUAUAUGCAAGCCCUCACACAGAAGAACGUUAAACUAUGCAUGUAGCUAACUGCAGAGACAUAAGCCCUCACAAAGGUAAACAAAUAGCUUUUAUGCUUGAAAGGUUCCUAUGGCAGCUAAAAACAUCCAAAUCCUGGAGCAUUCUGGAUUCCAAACUCCAUGUUUGUCUUAAAGACUCUGUAAGUAUCCAAUAGCGGCAGCUUCAGAGUGUUUGUGCAGGUGCACGCCAUUGGAAAAGGAGAAUCGAUUAAAAACUCUAUACUUGGAGAGGGUGUCAUUCCAGCUGGUGGAAGCGCUGCUAAGCCACUGGCAAACAUAAGCACAUCUUCGAGGGACACUGCUGCCACUUUUUCUAAGGACAAAAAAGUCAACAUUUUAGUUAGUCAUAUAUUUGAUCAGAGAAAAUACUAAUUAUAAAUAUAACUACACUACAAUUAAUAAACAUCUAACAAAGCCUUGACAAACCUUCGCAAUCCAGAAGAAAGUCAGCCCAAAAUCCAAUUGUUUGGUUCUCCUUCUGCCACCUGUUGCUGCCUCUUGGGCUGCGGUCUGGACGGAAGAGGCUCUCCAUUUCUGAUGCAGUCAGGGCCUUGGAAGAAUGGCACAGAACAGGAGCCAGCACACCUGAAUGCUGCUGCAGAGCAGUCAAAAACUGCAGACUUGCCAGUCCCUCUUUGAAUCUAUUAAGAACAAAUAUUGUGUAAGACAGGGGUUGUCAACCUUUUGAAAGCUGCCACCCACUCAGGAGGGGAGGAGAGGAAGAGGAGAAGAGGAGAGAAUGGAAGGGAAGGAGAGGAGAGAAGUAGGAGGAGGAAAGGAGAAGAGGAGGGGAGGAUGACGAGAGGAGCAUGAGAGGAGGAGAGAAAAAAUGAUGAGGAAAGAAAAAAACUUUUCUAAAAUAUUAUUGACGAGCGUUAGUAAAAAAGCAGCCUAAGAUAACUUACCUUUGAAUGGCAAUCUGGUUGCGUCCUAGGAUGUACCACCUCAGAUAGUCCUCUAUGAGCAUAUGCCUCUCAUGAACUUUAGUGCGUCGGAGGCAUCCAGCUGUCUGGAACAUUGUGCUGUAUUGCAAAAUUACAUCUUGCAAAGAUUCGUCCGAUUCAGCUUCCUGAACCUAUUCAAAAACAAUUAUUGCAAGAAAAAUACAAAGAUAUCAAUCCUGAAAAUGUUUGUCAUUAUUUUAUACCAAUAGGAUUAAAUGCCUUUACUUCUCAUUGAAAUAAUAAGAAAUCCGUCUCUUUACAUAAAUAUAACUUAUGACCUUGAGCAUAGUCCACUCUCAAUUUCUGAAAUAAUUUUCAUGUGACCCCUUAGCAAAUUCAGUCCAUGAGUUGAGAUCUUUUUCUACCUGACGCAGAGCUUUCCGUAACUCCUCAUCGGUUACAUCUUCCACAGUGGCGUUGAAAGUUGUCUUCCCUAGAAGGUGAUUGACAAGGUCCUUUGAGAGGAAAUGUGGUGCCGGUCCCCCGUGUAUAAUGGAAACAACUAUCAUCUUGCCUGCUAGAAAGUACUCGUCUUCCCUGACAGCUGUUACAGAGGUUAGAGCACAAUUAUGCAUGAUUAUCAUCUACAUCACUUGAAAAAAAAAUGAUGACGAAAUGAUUGGAAACUUAACAUUUUUAAAAUACAAUCUGUCCUAUUAUUAAACCCACCUGUGGAAUUGUACACGAGAUAUCGUCUUUCGGGAGGUCCAUCAAAGAUGGGGCGAUUUCUGAGGUGAGUCAUGAGAAGUGUUAGGAAUUCUCGUUUUGGCCCACCUGUAUCCAACCCCUCUUCAAAGGAACCGGCGUCAUCUGUAAACUUGACGAAGAUGUCACUGGAUUCGGAGUAUGUGCUGCGUCGAAAUCCGCGCACAGCUCCAUCCCACACAUCAGAUCUUGAUAUAUUGAACCGUCUGACUUUCUUGUGGUCAAUUGCAAGUGCCAGAUUUGCAAUUACUUCUGCUGCCUGCACACUUGUAGGUACUUAAAUGUUGAUUUAUGUACAAGAGAUGCUGAUGAGUCACUCUCUGAAACAAUGAGCACAUUUAAUUUAAUAACUUCUUUUCAAUGGACUCUACUCAAACACACAUCUUAACAACUGGACCUGAGGCAGGCAGUUACAGGCAGGGAAAGUCUGAGGUGUUCAUUUUAGUGACUUCUCACUUUUGAAUGAUGUAAUUUUAUGGAAAACACACAGUUGGUUAAUUUUCUAAUGUCUAUGACUCACUCAAAUUCUUCAGAAGCCAUGUCAUUUGUUUUGUCAGGAAUGGGAACUUCAUCCUCAUCAUCAUCAUCAGUGAUGAUAGGUCCAAAGAGGUCAGUGUAAGUUCUGAAAAAGGAAGAUAUUAUUUGCGCAGAACAUCAACAAUUCAAAGCACUAAUAAAUUCAGAAAUGCAGGCAUUUGCCCUAUCAAAUGGUUGACCAGUUCUUCUGCUUUAAACAUAAGACCUUAUCCUUGUCAGGACAGAAAUGUUUUAUUUCCGAGUCGACAUCUUUGUUGGCUGCGUCACAAGUAUUCUGUCAAACAUUUAACAUUUAAGAUAAGAUAUAACACACCUGUAACAUGAGCUCUUGACAUCAUGACAUCCAGAGGGACUAGCAUAGUCGUGGUCAUUAUCCAAGACUAUGGUCUGAAAAGAAAGAAGAAAUAUAGAAAUGUAGAAAUAUGCUAAAUAUUUUAGCAAAUAAAGACAGCUCCUCAUGAGUGCUCAAGGACAUAAAUGACAACUAAAAAAACACAGCUAUAAAAUUGGUGCACCAAUUUCAAUUUUGUGGCCCAUCAACAAUUUUUAAAAUCUUUGACCUAGUGAUCCCUACACAAACUUCGUUUUAAAAACUCAUUACCUGUGGCAGAUCAGAAGACAAUGAAAGCCCCCUAGCACUGUUCCUGAGAGGGCAUAGAAGCAGAAAUCAUAAUUUACUACAAAAUAUAGAAGUGACAUUACAAAAGCAAGCAAACAUCAAACACACACACACAUACACACACACCAUAAGUACUUACAGAUCUUCAGGCUCAUUGUGUACAGGACUGCUCAUGUUAUAAGGUUCAAAUGGCUGUGGUAAAGACAAAUAUUUGUUGAGCACCAGUAAAUGGUCACCCAAAUAGGGUAAAAAUUGCACUUACCAGUGUAUCAGCUAGAUCAAGCGUUGUAUUUCUCUUUAGAACAAUCUCAGGGUCAGAGUCAGUGUCACAUGUGGCAGACAAUUUUCCAACUGCAAAACAUUAAACAAAACUAAGAUCAAUUGAAUGAUAAAUGCUUGAGAAGAAGUUAAAACAUAGAGAAAAUGCUUUUUUAACUCCAAGCUGGUUCACUGAGCAUGAACAUUGAAUGCUGAAAACACAUUGAGGAAAGACUAACAAAAUCCAAGGACCUAUUUCACAUGAUUCAGUGAAAAUUCAUAACUGCUAAUCCAAAAGUGAGGGUAAGCCAUUAAAACAUCUCAUCUUUUUAAAACCCAGUGUCUACAUCAAAAUCUAUAUAACACAGCCAGGCAUCUUUGCACUGGACACAACUAGGACAUAACACAAUUUACCUUCCUCAAAGUCGGUUUUGGAGCAGAUGUAAAUGGUGAUGCGCUGAUAUGGUUUGCCAAUUUCCUCCUUGUAUGUCUUUAACAUAAAUGGUGUCUCUGUGCCAGGUACAUUGACCACUUCAGAGCAAUCUGGAUAAAGAAGGAUGAAAGGUCCAUCAUCGAGGUCUUUAUUGAAGUCCUUCAUUUUUUUCACAGCCUGAUCAAGCAGAUCUGGGGCAGUGAUGUCAGGAUGUGUGGAAAGGCACAGACUUCUCCCACGCAGUGGCUUGAGACCGCCUCCCUUCACCAUGCUCAUCAGACCAACAUUUAUCUGCAAGAUUUUUUUAAAAAGUGGACUGCUAGUGGGUCAUGUUAAAUAUCAAUUGACAGUUAAUUGGUAAUAUAAUGUAUAUUUGCAUGCCACAGUUAAUUAUACAUUAUGGACAGAAACUAGCAAAUAUAUACAAAGUUAAUACAAAGAGUCAGAGAAAUUGUCUGACUACCAUGGGUUGUGGCACCGAAGCCAAGCUAAAAUUUAUGUCAUCAUAUGUCAUAUACGGUUAACAUGAAACUGUGCCUGCCAUCAGGCUUAGUUUAAGAGAAGUGAGAUGAUGGCGAAUGUCAAAAGAUAGUCUGUAAGAUACUUUGCCCACUCUCACUCUGAGCCACACCCAACUUGCCUGGACUUUCUCUGGUUUCUUUGCUGCCUUUUUCCCACAUGAAAACUUUUGCCUCUCCUCUGCUUUCUUCUUUCUGUACUCCAGAAAGGUCUGAAGAGUAGGGGUUUGAAUAGUCUGUGAUGCUACAGGAAAACAAAGAAAAAAAUAUUGUAAAAUUUUGGGUCUCUUAUUUCUGUAUAACAGAAUGCUGCUAAGGAUGCCGCUAUGAUCAGAGGAGGAGAACCGCACGGGAUAUUUUACUAAUGGGUUACUUUUAUAUGGUGCUUUAACCUUUAUAGAACAGCUUUAAUAAUAACAACAAAUAAUGAACUUUGAGAACCAUGACUAAUUACAAAAACGUGCCCACUGAUGUUUCUUUAGUCACUGUGUUUCUAAACUUUGAAAACCCCAAGUCUUGUAAUCGUUUGUGCAUCGUUUAUGAAGGUUUGUGCUGCAAAAAUGUUCGUUUGUUCUGCUUUAGUUUUUGAGUUAUCGAACAUUAUUGCAGUGGUCAAGGCAGUAUACUGCCUGUGUGUCCUCCUGUGACACAUCCUCAUCACUAGUGAAUUCAUCCAAGAAAUCACCCUCGCUAGAUCUUUUUCUCUGCCACUCUUUCAAAUAAUUAGAGGCCAUAUUCAAUAUGGCUGGAAAGAAAACACAUGGAAAAAGAACAGUGUGAGCUUGUAGAUCAACCAUUAUAAAUUUAUUUUUUAUUUUUUUUAGUACAAUUGGCAACUUGUGAAGCAGAACAUAAUGCAUAAUGAAUACCUUUCGCUCUUGGUAAAAAAAAAAUUCACUACCAAUACUUUUAGAUUUUUACUAUUAGAAUUUCCUAUAGCACUGCUAAUCCAUUAACAAAAUACUAUUGGAAUAAUUCAAGUAAUGCGUCCCAAUUCUACCACACAUAGUGAAAAACACAUUUAUGACAAUCACAGUUAAACACAAAUUUAACUAUAUAAAAAAUACCACUGGAUAACCAAAAACAACAGUACUGGCAUCAAAAUAGACUUCAUUGUCUAAUUUAAAUGGAUAGCCUAACUAGCAGCUUUUUAACCUUGGCUCCAACAGAGAGAGCAGGCCCUCAUUUACUUUCACGACAACACACGAAAUCGACGUUGAAAUGAAGUAUAAACUUAGACUAGACGUCUAAUAUAGGUCUUUUGCUCAGUGGGUAAAGCAGUCCCCACUUAUCUUUCAAAUUAGCUCAAAAUGGUCUCGCACGAAAAUGUUCGUGCCGCAAACAUUUUCGUUUGUGCUGAUUUACAUUUUGAGAUAUUAAUAUGGUCAAUUUCGUCACGCAGGGGGGCAACCGCCUUUCCGACAUCCCGCCGUGGAGCCGGUGCUUGAGCAGGGGAAGGAAAGAGACGCAAAUUAACGCUGCUACUGUAAUGUCUUAACUCCCACAAGUAGCAGAACACAUUAAUUGAACAUCCCUUAACUUACUUGAUGGACUGUCACCGUCCGCUUCUUGCAGCCUUUUCCCACAACUGCUACAAAAGUUAGGUUUUCCCGGGAGCUCUUUGCCACAGUACCGGCAAUACAUCGUCAGGCGCGCUUCGUGUUUGACCCUUUCCGGGUCAAAGGACAGACGAGUCGAUUCGAGCGCUUACUUUCCCGUUCCGACAUCAAUCCAGCAGGUGGCAGUAGUACUCCACCCCCAGCGGAGUAAACUGCUAUUAAACUACAACGAAGAAGAAGAAGAAGACCGAUGAUGCUGUCCUGUUUUGGGAUUUGCGGUUGCGUUUUCUUUUUUGUGUUUGCAUUUGUGAUUUGCUGUCGUGUUUUCUUUUUUUGUGUUUGCGUUUUCUCUUUUGUGUUUGUGUUUUGAUUUGCUGUCGUGUUUUCUUUUUUUGUGUUUGCAUAUGUGAUUUGCUGUCGUGUUUUCUUUUUUUGUGUUUGCGUUUUCUCUUUUGCGUUUGUGUUUUGAUUUGCUGUCGUGUUUUCUCUUUUGCGGUUGUGUUUUGCACUUCCAGGCCACCGUACAUUCCCUUGCUUUAAAAGCACACAGAGUAAGAAGAUGAACACAAACAAAUAGAAUAGAAUAGAAUAUUCCUUUAUUGAUCCCCCAUGGGGAAAUUUUUUUUGUCACAGCAGCAUCACAGACAAGACAAAAAGUGCGAACAUGCAGUUAUAACAAUAAGGGUAUAAAUAAGGUGCAAAAAAACAACAAUAAGAAGGCAAAAACGUGAACUCUGUGAGGAGCUGCUGUGACUUGCUGCCACUCUCAGGGCGCACGAGUCACGAAAAACGCAAAUAUAUUCAUGUCUUUACAUAGAUAGAUAGAUAGAUAGAUAGAUAGAUAGAUAGACAGAUAGAUGGAUGGAUAGAUAGAUAUAGAAUACUUACUGUACUGUAGUCUCUCCUCUAUGGUCCUUUUUGUCGGUGUUCAACACUUUUGAGAAAACUUUUCUGUUUUCCUGUUAGGCAACAAUGGAAUGUUGUGUUCGGCACAUUAUGUGUUGUAAACCCGUUUUUUUUUUUUGUUUGUUUUUGUCUGUAUAGAACCUCUGUUGCAGGUCUGCCCCAUCCUGGGUGAGGGGAUCUCUCCUGUGUUGCUCACCCUGAGGUUUCUCCAAUUUUUUUUUGUUUUGUUUUAUUUCUCCAUUUUUCCUCAGUUGACGUGAGGGUCUAAGGGCAGAUGAUGUUGGCAUUAUAAUGCUAUGUGAAACUCUCUGAGACAAAAGCGUGUGUAAAAACAAAAUCCCCUUGCCUUUUCACUGUACUGCCUUUAUUUUGUGAUAGGUUGUGCUCAUUUAUAUGAAUUAGGUAGUGCGGCUGUUGUUAUCUGUAUUUGCAAGCUCUCUGACACUCUCUAAGUUUCCCUGCCGUGAUGAAUACAGUUUUCACUCUAUUCUACUCUACUCUUGUGAUGGAACUUUUGUUGAUACCAACAUCCUUUCCUAAAAAUCAUUUUAUUUUUUUUUCCAGUCCUCCAAGUUUCCAAGUUUUCUUAGUCUUUAUAUGUAGUGUAGCCUUGAAAGUAAAACCUAGAGCUCUAUGUUUUUUACAGUCCUCACGCUGUAAAAUACGGGGGGUCCUCAACGCCACCACCACAGGAUACUUGACUGGAUGAGCGAGAAUCGGGUCCAGGGGUGUAUGCUGUUUGAGAUGCGCGCUGGAACGUCAGGAGUCAUGAGUUCAAAUGAGUAAAAAUAAAUAAAUAAAUAAAAAUAAAAAAAAAUAGUCUAUGUACACCACAGUGGGGUAUAUUUGACACUGCCGAGGGCAGGGACGCGAGUUUACGAUUCUCAAAUCCAUACUUGACUGGGGUCUAUUCGACCCAGGCGGGGUAAAACAAUCAGGAGUCAUGGGUUAUCGUAGUCCACGCUGACUGGAGGCUAAAUUCACCCCACUAGGGCGAGGGUAUACUGACUGGGUCUUUUUGACCCUGAAGGGCAGCACAAGGGUUAUAGGUGAGAAGGAGUUUCAGACAGAGAAACAAGAAGAAAAACAUGAUAAAUAUCAGGAAGAAAACAAAAAUUAUCUGGAAGAAUCCACCAUUAAGAUAAAAGGUCUGAUUAAAAAUAGACAAGAAGAUGAGUUUAGAGGAGAUUUAAAAACUGACAUUAAUGAAACUUUGAUGGAGACCAAAGAGAAGCUGAACCAAACCAAAGAAGACCAAGGAAAACAGGCCGAGCAACAGCUGCAGGUAAAGGAGAAAGACAGAGGGCUCUAUUUUGGUGCCUCGCCGGAGACGUGCCGCAAGCGCAGCGUCAGUCAGAUCCGCCGCGCUGACAAGGCGUUCCCAAGCACAUUUUGGUAUUUUGGUGAGCCGCGCAGCCCGGUGUAAGUAUCCCCCCUCCCUAACUCAGCUCCUCCCAGCACCAUAAGUCGUAGACGGGGAGGAGAGAGGGCGUAUAGUGGAUUUAACACAGCCGAGACAUGUUUUCACCAAUCACAUAAGCUCCUCUCCUUGCCUUUAAAUCCGCCACAGGCGAGGCGUAUUACUAUUUUCAUGAAGUAGUCAAAGAUAUCAAGAGAUGUCUUAAGACAGUAAUGCCACAAGAUGGCGACAGAGGGCAGCUCCUCAACAAGUGUCCUCCACACUCUCUCAUAUGAGCACAGAUGGAUUUAGUGUGCGUAAUGUUGGACCCACUGGUAAGACAAACACCCUUUUCCACAAAUGAAGACACUCACAUUAAGUUGCUCAUAUUCAAACCUCACGUGACAAAGGUGAGUUGAGCGCACAGAUCACAACAUAAAGUCCAAUUAUGGCAUUAAAAUCGGAACCAUCUGUGCGUAAAUGACGCAUCGUGCUCCGUGGCCUGGCUCUUUCUUUCAUAGAUGUUGGCAUAUAAAAUAAAUUUGGCUCACAAAACUGAAUAUUAUAAUAUCUGUAUGUCGGCUUAAAGUAGAUAACGCAUCUGAGCACUGAAACAAAUCAUCUGUUCAGCUGCAGCAGCAGCAAGACGGACAGAGGACACGGAGACGUGUCCAGGUCGAGCUGUGCGAGAAAUAAGAGGAAGAGGAAGAAAGAAAAGGAGGGAGACGAAUAACAUAUCUUGUUAACUUCAUCAUGUGUGUUUAUUUACUAGAUAUUUAAUUUAAUUUGAUGCGGUUUCAGCUGUAUUGAUUCGGUCAGGUUGUGUGUCCAAACGCGUGCCAAACGCGCUCAUCAGAUCAGAUAUAGAUCAGAAUAUAUCUAUAUAGAUCUAAAUGUAUGUGCUGACUCAGAUUAAUAGUUGUUGUUGAUUAUUUAUUGCACUGAAAUGUGCCUGACACUGUGGAAACCUGCCGGUGAGGCAUCAGUGACGUAUGUCGAUACGCCGCCGGUCUACCAAAAUACUACUUGACCAGCUGCUUUCAGCCUUGCGCUGAAAGCUGACCAGGUUUGAAUCGGCGAGCUUUCAGCGCACUUUACACGCCAGUGGCGAGCACGAAAAUGUCACUGCGCCUGCUGAUUCUGUCGACACCUCCCCCUGCCACGCCACCACGCCCAGCUUGGCGGAUCUCGGCUCGCCUCCGUGCGGCUCAUGCCACGAAAAUACCAAAUUGGCCUUACGCCGGGCUCCGCCAGACGAAAAUACAACUGCACGGGGCUCGCCGCCCUCCGCCGCCUCACCGGCGCGCACGAAAAUAGAGCCCAGAGAGAAGACAGAGGAAUCCACUGAGGAGGUGAAGGUAAUGGAUGAAGUAAUGAUGAAGACUGAAGAAGAUAACAUUAAUGUCACUCAAAAGAAAGAUGGGGGGGUUCAAAACCAAAAUGAAAGGAGGAGAAGAGAAGAAGCAGUUAGAAGAGCAGCUGAACUAAGAGGAAUGAGACAGCAGAAGAGUGUAGACAGAGAAAUCAAGGAGGAGGUUAAAGAAGAAGGUGGAGGAGGACGGACAGAAGAGUCAGAGUCAGAAGAAGACAUGGAGAUUUAUGAAAAUCAAAGUGAGACAAAAAAGACAGAGAGCCUUUUUAAAGGAGCAGAAGGGGAGCAGCAGAUCAUGUUACAACCUGAAAUCGAUAUGGAAAUCAGUGAGGAGGGAAAAGAAGGAGGUGAAGAAGGACAGACAAAAGAGUCUCAGACUGAAGAACCCAUGGACAUUGAAGAAACUAGACUGAGGGCCAACAUGAUACAAACAGAAAACAAAGUUGGAGAGGAAGAAGAAGAAGAAAAGAUGAUGGUUCAACGACAGGGUCCAGAGAUGCUGAAGAGAAAGGACUGGAAGACUUAUAGACCUGAAGCUUAUGAUAGAAAGAGCAGUAAAGAAAAACAUAAGAGACAGAGUUUCCAGAUGACCAUCAAAAGAGAGCAAGAAGAGAGUUCAAUACAGGACAGUUUUAAAACACUGAAACAGUUAAUGAAAGAACAUGAUGUUGAUUAGGGAGAGUUACUGGAGAGAUCUCGAGAAGAGGAACUGAUGGAGAUCAACUGAAACUGACAUCAGGACUGUCAACAGAGAAGAGGAGACAUGCUCUUGACAUUGUUGUUUUCAUGUGAGAGUAAUGUAUGAAAUGUUUAAGAGAGAAGUGUGAAACCAUGAAGAAUUCACCAUCACCACAUUCUUCCAACAAACACUGAUCUGAUCCUUACUCAUGAUUCAUCCUCCAAAUUAUUCCAUUCUGAGCAGAGGUUUAUCAAAAUGUCUGUGCAUCAAAAUUAACUGACACACACCACACUGCUGGUACCCUGUCAGAUACAUGUGACACACACACACACACACACACACACACACACACACACACACACACACACACACACACACACACACACACACACACACACACACACGCACACAAACACACACACCCACUGUUCUCCUUAAACUGCAGAACAUCAUUUCAUCAAAGCAUUUGAUGCAGUUUCCUUCCACUGUGCUGUGAACAUGUUUGGUCAAUGUUCAGCUAUUAAAGUUAUAAAGUUGCCUGAUCAAUGCUUAAGGCUUAAUCAAUAGAUUUAAUGAACUCUGGAGCAGUGUUACCAUGAAGUUAUUUAUCUAUCAGUCCAAGUACUGAGGGAGCUGCAGAAAAAAUAAAUCAGGUAACUUGUUAUCACCAAGAUCACUUUCUUUAGUGAUGGAUCGUAAAAAAAACAAUAGUUAUAAUCCUGAGCACUGACUGCUGUAUAUCAAUGUGUGUUAGCAGAGACUCAGAUAUCAGAGUUUGAGCAGUUAAACAUUAACACCAGAUGAAACUGGAGCGCAGACUUGUUGGACUCAGACAGAUUUAUCUAAGGAGAGAAAUCCAGUUUACAACUUUCAAAGAGUUUUGAGGAUCUGGAUCACAAAGAAUUUUAAAGCUACUGUAAGGGACUUUUGAAAUGACUUGAUUUUGAUGCUGCCUGUGGGGAAACAUGUGCAUCAUAUCACUUAGCUGGUCUUGUGUUGUACAGGCUAGAGUUUAACUCUGAUAAAAGUCUCCAAUCCUGCAGCCUCCAACAGUCAGUUGUGUCUCUUUUUGUAAGUCUUUGGAUUGAUAUUGUAAAUAAAGGCUGUUUCUAUGGAGCCAGAUCAGGCUCAAAAGUAUUGAAAAAGUAGUGUAAGUGAAAAAAUAAAAAGUGAAGUGAAAAAAAUAAGAUUUGAAGGUCCUUUGUCUCACCCUGUAGAGAAAGCCACUUUCUAAUACUAGUUCUGUAAGUUUCCCGACGUGUCCUUGUAAAGUCGAGAACGUCUUCACUCUGGACAGAUGAUAGAUGCAUAUAACAUCGUUUCGCUCCUUUUUAUGCACUUUUGAAGGCUGUUUUCUUUUGUUCCUUUUCUUUUCUUCCUCUUCGCUUGUCUCGCUGUGAGAUGCGGUCGUCGCCAUGUUUGUGUAUUUCUGAUACUAUGGCAACGAGACUCGGCUCCUAUUGGUCCACGUGACAAAAAUCGCUUCACCCCCUGCAUAUUCGAUUGCGCGUGUGCAAGUAUCACUACGCCGCAGAGGGGAAAUAGUUCGACACCGAAACACUGAUUACUAAAAAUCGACAGGAUGACAUGAGUAGAUAUAUUUUUUUAGUACUUACUAUCAAUAGAGCUUUUUAAUGAAUCACAGUUUAUAUUGCACCACUAAAGUGGAACGAACCAACACGAUCUCAUUCAGCCAAUACAGCCUAAUUGUAGGCUAAGCUAAUGUGUAUUCAUGCCACUUCCUGAACGCAGGGUGAUGGGGUGGGGAAGGAGGGGGAGGCCUGUCACUCAUGGCAAACCGCGCCCCUCUCAGUCGAGGCCCGCCCCCAUGGAAAAACAGGCUCAAAAGUCAACCUGAAACUUUUCAAGUUGAAUCUGAAAAAAGAAGAUCUGAAUCUGAAAAAAAAAAUCUGAAACCGAAAAAAAAGUUUUGAAUCCGUAAAAAUAAGAUCUGAAUCUGAAAUAAAUAAAUAAAAUUCAAUCGAAAAAAAAAAGUACUCAAAGAUCAAAAUAUACAUUGAAGUGAAAAAUAGAAAUAAGUAAUUUAUUCAAAAGUAUUAAAAAACAGAAUCAAAGUUACAUUUGAACAGAUUUUUUUCAUGCAUUCUGGGAUUUUUCAAAGUUCAAUUUCGAAAUUCAAGACUUUCAGGUACCAUUUUAUUUUUUUCAGGUUCAAAUCUUAUUUUUUCACUUCACUUUUUAUUUUUUCACUUACACUACUUUUUCAAUACUUUUGAGCCUGAUCUGGCUCCAUAAGGUUGGGCUCAAGAACAGACAACAUCACUCAGAGUAUAUAUCCAUGUCUUAUAUGAUCUCUGCUGACAGCAUGCUGAAGAAACAUAUGGUUGUCUGUUCUUGAGCCCAACCUCAGCAGUUGCUUUGUUAGAAAUGCUGACUCGAGCUGAAUUUUUGUUAACCUUGCAGGAGGCAAAGAUGUGAAACUGAGCGAGACCUUAUCCCUGCUAACCACAAGUGUGCUAAUGUCUCAGUCAAGUUAGCUACAACUCUAAUCAAACCAAACUCUUUGUUUUUAUGGCCUCAAAACUCAUGAGUUAUAAAAUAUGAUGAGAGUGUUUUGCAUCAGGCUGUAAACAUGCUCGUUCUUACUGGUAUCAUUGGAGUCUGUUUGGCUUUUGGUGUCUUAUGCCUAUCACUUAUGCCUAAGUGUUCCCAGAAGAGCUGACUCUUGCUUUUCUUAAGGUGGAAAGAGACUUUGCAGAUCUGUUAGAGUUGGGUUAUUCAUUCCAGCACUAGGGGGUGGUGGAGGAGAGCAGUCUGACUUAAUAUGACAGAGUCUAAGGUUAUCCAGUCAUGGAGAGAUUUCCCAUAGACUGUAUGGACAACUUGGUUCCGCCUAACGCCUGUAUACGGAUUUGAAGCCAAAAAUCUCUCUGUGUAGUUCCAGGAUUUUUCUUCAUUUCCUGAAACCAGCGCUGCACAGUAGCGAUGCGCGCAUUCGGCCAUGCAUUCGCAGUGAGUCACUGUGUGUCAAUCAUAGAAAACUUUAAACCCCCUAAUAACUUUUAAAAACGGAGCUUCACAGAAAAAAAGAGGACUUGAGCACAAACCAGUCUUACAGUAACUACAUGUCAACAUCACAAGCAGGGGGGAGAAAAAUUUAUGUUCUGUGUAAAAAAUUUUAAAGUUUGUCCACAGCCCCAUAAGCUUUCUGGCGGAGGCGGGAUUUAUGACCUAUACUGCAGCCCAUCAACAGAGGGUGCUGUUCUCGGAGUGGCUUCACCCAGCAAGGAGGCAGACUCUGUCCAUUCUAUAUACAGUCUAUAAAAUUUUCGAGUCUUCUUCAUCAUCCUGAAACUUCUUCUCUCUCUUCGAGAAUUUGCACAACUCUGCCCUCUGAAGGUGACCAGACCAUCAUGACAACAAAACAUUUAUCAGCCCAAAUUUGAAUUAUUGAGAAAAACCAGCAGUAAAUGAAGUUUUUUUUUUUUUUUGUCUUAUUUGCGCAAAAAUAUUUUUUAACAAAACUCUUCCAUGUCUCCUGAAAACACGGCUGGAGAUCCACAUUUAUUUUCUCAUGUUAUUGUAAACUCAGUUUUAUUUGUAACUCAGAAGAAACUGAAUGUUCUGUAUUGCUUUAUAAUUAUGAUUUCUGCAGAUUGAUGUAAAUAUCAGACACGUACUGCUUGCUCUGCUGAAUUAACAGUCAGUGCAGAGUGGCUGUUGAAAAGGUCAGUACACCUUUUCAUGCAGGUGACAGGAGAUGAAAACUUUCCUCCUUUUUAUCAGACCUCCACCAGCUGCAGACUCCCACAACCAUCCCACAGGUAAGGAAUGUUUUAGUCAGUGUUUUUGUCAUUUCUUGUCAACAAUCUUUGUUCUUUUAGAGGGAAGCCCUUCUCUGUCAUGAACGCUCUCCUCCAUGUUAUGACUGUAAUCAGGAAAUCCUCUGUCCUCGCCUGUUCUCUCUAUGUGAUUUAAAAGUAUAUUUUGACUGUAAAUAUUAAAGGCUCUGGUUCUUUUAGUCUUCAUUUUUUGAGUCUAUUUGUGAUUAUUAUCUCACUAUUAUCAUCUAUGAUCAGGACUUCAGACUCAUGGAAUUUCUGUAAACAUGAAAUACAGUAAAAUUUAUUCUAGCUCACCUGAGAGCAAGAUUUUACAAAGCAGUUUACAGUUAGUGCAGUUAAGUAAAUUUAAUGGUCUUUAGUUGCAGUAUUUUAGCAGUUAAAAGAGAAACUAAAAAAAGAAGCAUGUUGGUUUAGUAAUAAAUGUCCUAAAGUCAGGCUUAAAUAUCACACAGAGAAAAACUCAAACCAGGGCCUGUUCUAGGAAUGCAGUCAGAAUGUAAGUGGGGCUUUUUUUUCACACAUUUUUAACACUGUUUGUGUUUUCUUUAUGGCAUGGGUUGUUAGCUGUGUGUCCAGCUCUCAACUUGGAGAAUUGGAUUGCACUCUGUCAGGGCUCUACCCUAAGACCUGUCCAACUUGGGUGUCCCUCCUGAAGACUAGAGCUCCUGCUGGUAUAACUCUUAGGGUCACUGAGGCACACAAACCCCCCUACCACAAUAAGGUGGCAAUCCCUCAGGGGGAAAACUGAAAAAUAAAAAUGAAAAGUGAAAAAAAAAAAUCUUUCAUCCAGAUUUUAACAAACAACAACAUAACAUUUAUCUUAACUGGAUGGCUUAAUUCUCAAAUAAGGGAGACUGGGGCUUGUUGUCACACAGGCAGGUAAGUUGUCACAUUGUAAUUAUCUUUGCCACCAGAGGGCACAAUUAAAAAGUGGAAUACUAGUUUUCUUCCUUUACAUGGCCAGGGGUCAUGUCCACAAGUUAACUAGAAAAGCACUCGGAGAGCGCAGACCUCCGCCAAGCAUCUCAUGUCCCCCCCCCCUUAUAUUGUGAUUCACACCAAAACUUUUACUGUUACGUGUCUUUUAUUAACGUUUAUUUGUGUUUAAACUGGUAUGUUCACUGUUCAUAAUGUUCCUAAAACAACAAAGCUCAUAUUAGAUACAUAAAUGCGUGAUUUAUUAUGCAAUAUUUGUAAGCGUACACUUCCUUGUAUCUUCAUUGGUUAUCUUUCAGCAUUGAAAAUUCCAACAACACCCUUAUUUUUGUGUAUUCUGGAUCACAGUAUCCCGAAUUUUGUCUGGAUCAGGAUCAACCUUUGACACCUCAUAAAACUCAUUGAGAUCCUUUUGUGUAAUUUUUUACUAAAGACUCUGGCCAUUUUUAGAGAGUUAAAUGCAAAAAUUCCAAAAUUUGCCCUAUCUCACAAUGAUAAAGAAUCCUUCAAAAAAUUCCUGGAUCCAGAAGGCGAUCCGGAUCACCACCAAAAUCUAAUGGGAUCGUCCUGGGGCUGAGACGCACUUCUGGUGUAAAUUUCAGGUCAAUCCGUCUGUAACUUUCUCCGUAAAGUUGUGAACAGUCAAACAAACAAACAAACAAACAAACAAACACUACCGAAAACAUAACUUCCUUGGUGGAGGUAAUAAAAACUCUGUCUUUGUUCUCCGAAUUGACCGGUCGUGAAGAGCCAGAGGUUUCGGUCAACCGCCGGUCGGGUCAGUUGGGUAACCUGAAAGUGCAAACAAGUCUGGAAAAAUUUAUAUUAUCCUGUGUCCUGGGACCAGAUAAGGAACCUGUCCUGCAGGGAAGGGUUGCUGCAAUAGUAAGUAACAGUCAAGAACCUUUCUAAUCACGCAUGCACCACCUGAUGGUGGGACACAUCCGCAACUAAGCAAACAAGCUCAGAAACCUAGGCUGUGUCUCAUUUCAGAGACCGCAUCGUGAUAAGCGCGCUUAACGGCGCUUAGCUGAGUGCACUGCCGUUUUUAGCCGUUUUACGCCGUUUUGCGCCGUUCUGUGCCCUUCCUGUGUCCCAUUUCAGAUACAGCAGCCAUCGGACGGCGCAUCUGACGCGUACGUGAGGUCACCACGCGGCACGAACGGUGUCCCGUUUGGCACAAAAUACUAAGCGCGCUUCAAAUUCGGUCUCAAAACCACACUACCCCCGCCUCGUUUUCAAGCGUGCAUGUAUGCACGCUUUCGUGCCGUCGGUAUCCCAGAAUUCUUUGCGUGCCGCUGCACAGCUGUGCAUUUCAGGUGAGAGGCUGGACGCGCUUGGAGACACAGCGCGUCUUCAAAGAAAAUACAAGCAAUCCAAAACCAUCAGACAGUCAGCUCAGGCUGUAUGAGAGCAUGAUCUCUGAACUCACUAAAAUCUGUAAACCAAACAUUAUAGAUUUAGAGACGAACUGAUCCGCUGUGUUACAACUAUCAAAAACAUUAGAAAUGAGAAAGCUGACAAAACUACAGCAGAGUAUCAGGACAACAUUGAGGUUUUUUUUUCUUUUAAGAUUUAGAGAUUAAAGUUGUAAAUUUAGGAGAAUAAAGUCAUAAAGUAAAUAAAGUCAUAAAGCUGCUUUUGCGGAGGGGGAAAUGACUGAAGCUGGUCAUCUGCAGGGUUAUCUGUGGAUGUAUCAGCGGGUCAUUCAGAGAGAUUUUGUGGUUUCUGAAGAAACAAUCAAACUGAUGAUAAUCAACAUUUGUGAUCCAGAGGGAGUCGAGCUCCAGCGAACACCACGUCUCUGACACCGGCGGUAGCCUACACCUGCAGAGACACCAACACCUUAUUACGGCAUAUGGAUUCAUAUCAUAAACUAAAGCUCAAUGUCAUUCACGGAUAUUAACGGCUGCAUUGACAGAUAUAUCCUCAGCAUAUUCAUUUCUGCCUCCACAAAAGCAGCGAUUUCCUUCAAGUACACCAAUAUUUUUCCCCCGUGGAAAAGACGUAUUUCUCAUAUAUUCUUUUUUUAAAGUCUUUAUACUUAUGACAAUGUAAUGCUGAUGUGCCAGAGGAUGAAGAAUCUCCUUGUUUGUGAAACCUAUACUGAAGCACAGUUCCUUCAAAUGCUUCAUGGCCCUAAUUUUAACAAGUCUCUCUGAAAUAACAGGUUAUGACUUCAUUCUCAUAAAUUAAUGACUUUAUUCUCAUAAAUUAAUGACUUAAAUCUCGAAGUCCUUAAAGUCUUGAAUCUCAAUAUGGCCCUCAUACUCCUUCUUACAAAACAAUCAUUGGAUGAAUUGUGCUUGUAUGUAUCUACUAUUUUGUGUCUGUGUAAGGUUGCACAAUUAAAACAAUAAAUGCUGCGCUCCGCGGGUUUCCUUUAAGUCAGUCGUGACGCGAGCCUGAGGGCGGGGACAUUUGGCAACUCCACCAGGAAGUCCUCCGAAGGUCUCCAAAUGUCCCCGCCCUCAGGCUUACGUCACGACUGAUUAGAAAAAAAGCUGCGGAGCGCAGCAUGUAUUGUUUUAAUUGUGCAACCUUGCACAGACACAAAAUAGUAGAUACAUACAAGCCCAGAUCAUUCCCACAAAAUUAAUCCAAUGAUUGUUUUGUAUGAAGGAGUAUGAGGGCCCUAUUGAGAAGGAGGAUAGGAGAUACUUCAUCCUCUGGCACAUCAGCAUCACAUUGUCAUAAGUAUAAAGACUUUAAAAAAAGAAUAUAUGAGAAAUACGUCUUUUCCACGGGGAAAAAAACUGGUGUACUUGAAGGAAAUCGCUGCUUUUGUGGAGGCAGAAAUGAAUAUGCUGAGGAUAUAUCUGUCAAUGCAGCCGUAAAUAUCCGUGAAUGACAUUGAGCUUUAAUUUAUGAUAUGAAUCCAUAUGCCAUAAUAAGGGUUUGGUGUCUCUGCAGGUGUAGGCUACGGCCGGUGUCAGAGACGUGGUGCUCGUCGGAGCUCGACUCCCUCUGGAUCACAAAUGUUGAUCAUCAUCAGUUUGAUUGUUUCUUCAGAAACCACAAAAUCUCUCUGAAUGACCCGCUGAUACAUCCACAGAUAACCCUGCAGAUGACCAGCUUCAGUCAUUUCCACCUCCACAAAAGCAACUUUAUGACUUUAUUUACUUUAUGACUUUAUUCUCCUAAAUUUACAACUUUAAUCUCUAAAUCUUAAAAGAAAAAAACCUCAAUGUUGUCCUGAUCCUCUGCUGUAGUUUUGUCAGCUUUCUUAUUUCUAAUGUUUUUGAUUGUUGAAGCAGAGCGGAUCAGUUCGUCUCUAAAUCUAUAAUGUUUGGUUAACAGAUUUUAGUGAGUUCAGAGAUCAUGCUCUCAUACAGCCUGAGCUGACUGUCUGAUGGUUUUGGAUUGCUUGUAAUUUCUUUGAAGACGUGCUGCGUCUCCAAGCGAGUCCAGCCUCUCACCUGAAAUGCGCAGCUGUGCAGCGGCACGCAAAGGAUUCUGGGAUACCGACGGCACGAAAGCGUGGAUAAAUGCACGCUUGAAAACAUGCUAAGCGCGCUUAGCAUUUUUUAGCAUCUCGUGCCAAACGGGACACCGUUCGCACCGUCGUGACGUCAUGCACACUUCAAAUGCACCGUUCGACGGUGCAGAAGGGCACUUAGGUCGAUGCGGUCUCUGAAAUGAGACACAGCCCUAGUCUGGGUUAAAACAACACACCUUUACACUUCUUGUGUUUUGUGUUGUAUUUCUGGCAUGUUACAUAUCUAUCUCUACAUUCUAUAUAGAAUAUAUGCACAAAUAAAUAAAUAUAAAUAUUACAGGGAAACGUCUAAUUUGGUUUGAGAUGUUGUCACUGUGUUGCUGGAAACAGAUGUGGAUAGUAUGAACAUUGACGGACAGGUUCACUGCAUAACUGAAUCCAUCAACUUCUGUAGAGACACAAUUAUACUGACAAAGACUGUUUGCUGUUUCCCCAACGACAAACCCUGGAAGUGACAUAAAAGCAAUCCUUAACCAGAAAAAGAAAGCUUUUAAAGAUGGUGACAAAGAAUGACUCAAACAAGUGCAACAAGAGUUGAAGAGGAGACUGAAGAUGGCAAAGCUGGAGUACAAAAAGAAGAUAGAGAAUAAUCUACAACACAGCAACAACCGUGAAGUGUGGAAAGGAAUGUAGCAAUUUGAAUUUAUUAUAAAUGUCCUAAAAUAAUAUAAUUAAAUUAUGACUUUUUUGCACUUGUUGAAAGGGGCGCCACCUACCCUUACUGGUGGGAAAAAUAAAGAAAACAAGGUUCAAUUGAAUAAUCAAACGUUGAAUCAGUCUUAAAACAUAUUUAAAUCAAUCUCACGUCUGAAGUCGGAAUUCUUAUUUCGGGGACUUCACUUCUGUAAGAACCACUAAGAGACGACAACUUAAAAUUAAAUGGAUACUUUAAUGACAAAUGCAAGGUGAUAACAAUAAACAAUAAAUGAUGAUCAAACAACGAGAAAAUAAAAGCAUACUUAAUGGAUAAAUGGAGGAAUGGUUUGAAUUGAGCUAAGACUGGAGGUUAAUGAUAGUGAGUGAAUACCAUAGACUGUAUAUAAGAUGGACACCGUGGUUCCGCCUUCCGCCUGUAUACGGAUUUUAAGCCAAAAAGCUCUCGGUAAUUCCGGGUUCCUUGAAACCAGAGCUGUGCAGUAGCGUUGUGCGCAUUCGGCCGCGCAGUCGCCGAGAGUCCCUGUGAUGACGCUAGGCUCAAACAGCGUAUUCCCCCGGAAGAGCUACGCAAUCCCUGAAUGCCCAUAGGCUGUACCAGGUGUCAAUCAUAGAAAACAUGAACCCCCUAAUAACUUUUAAAAACGGAGCUGUACAGAAAAAAAAGGACUUGGGCACAAACCAGUCUUACUGUAACUAUAUGUCAACAUCACAAGCAGGGGGGAGAAAAAUUUAUGUUCUGUGUAAUAAAUUUCUAAAGUUUGUCCACAGUCCCAUUAGCUUUUCUGGCGGAGGCGGGAUUUAUGACCUGUACUGCAGCCCAUCAACAGAGGGUGCUGUUCUCGGAGUGGCUUCAUCCAGCGAGGAGGCAGACUCUGUUCAUCUUAUAUAAAGUCUAUGGCGAAUACGGAAAAAUUUAACCUACUUUAACAGGGUUACGAGGAUAAAUUUAGGAAGAGGACUUUGGAGAAAAUAAUUUAUAAUUUAGGAUGUAAACUCUGAACGUAUGAGACAGCAGCAAGCCUGUUCUUCAGAGAGUGUCGAGAGGUUUGUCUACUUGACGAUGAAGACGAGGACAAAAACGGCAACACAGAAAAAACACAAGGUAGUAAUGUACUUUGCUUUGCCCAGUCUUUCCAAAAGUUCAUCAAUGCAGGGCAUUGGAUAUGAAUCAAAACCGGAGAUGCUGUUGAGCUUUCUCAUGUCUGAACAGAAUCUUAGCUGAGGAGAAUCUUUUUUUGGAACCAAAACAAUUGGGUUUGACCACUCACUUUUAGAUGGUUCUAUGACUCCCAUGUCUAGCAUCGCUUGUACUUUUUGCUUUAGGGGCUUCACCAAUCUGUUCUGCCAGGUUUUUCUUGAAAUAAUGCAGAGAAAGACUGCUUUACUUCGCUCAGUUGGAUUUGUUGUUCUGGACUCAGAUGUUCUGGGAAUCUUUCUGUGUUACCUCUGGUUCUGGUAGGUGUCAGUUCAGCUUCAUCAGUCUCCUCUGUGUCAUCAUCAGUCACCUGGAUGUCUGAUCAAAAGGGCCUGCUGUUUGGUGGACUCAGGCUUUCUAUCUAUGUAUAACUUCAGCAGAUUGACAUGGAGGAUUUGUUUUGACUUCCGCUUAUCAGGACAGAGAAUUUCAUAUGUUACAGGUCCAACUCUCCGAGACACAGCAUAUGGGCCUUGCCACUUGGCCAGUCGCUUACUUGGUCCUGUAGGCAGUAAUAUCAAGACUUUUUCCCUGGUUUCAACUCUCUCUCUUGCUUGUUUAUCGUACCAUACCUUUUGUUUGCUGCGACUUUCCUCCACUUUUUGCCUGGCCAUCUCCCGGAAACUUUCCAGCUUGUCUCUUAUCUGUAAGAUGUAGGAUACUGUACUGUGUGUUGUUGCCUCACCAGCCACCCAUUUCUCCUUGAGCAUGUCCUGGGGCCUAUUCUACGAAGCAAGUUCAACCUAGCGAGGUAGCCUUGAAGCUACCUCGCUCAACUAAGCGCGGUAGCCAGCGGUCUUGCUAAACGGUCUUACGACACUGGUUAUCAACCUCGUAAGUGGAUCCAGUUUUGCUAUGAGCGCGUGCAUGCAUGUAAGGCGAACAGUCCAGUUGAAGAAUUCAAAUCUGUCAUAAACCUCAAAAGCAACACCGUCGCUGCUGCAAAAGCAUGGAGGGAAUGCUGGCAGAAAAUUAAUCUUUGAUGCCAUUAUCACCCUGAAAUAGCACUGUUUAACAUGCACUUUUAACUAAGGUGACCAGACGUCCCCGAUUUCCGGGGACAGUCCUCGAAUUGGAUGACCUGUCCCCGGCUAAAGCUGUCCCCCCCUGAUUUAAGCGUUUCAUGAAUGAGAACAAAAAUGUUGCAUGUGGGCAAGAACAACGGUUGUUACAGUAGGUAGGAAGCACAAGUAAGCAGUCCUGAACAACAGUAUUUACGGGGGUUAUUACUAGGGGCGUGCGCUGCUACUAAAUAGUACUGAGAUGUUGUCUGUGAUCACACAGCCCAUGCCCAUUCAUUUCCAAGAUGAAUUCAUUCAUUUGUUCAUUUCUAUCGUGUUUACAUUUUUUUGUGUGAUAUGUUGGCCAUAUGAGCCUUUCAUAAAGGUGGUCAUCCGGAGAAGUAAGUGGGUCUGUGCGGUCCCUGAAAACUCUCGCGAGCCGGAGUGCUCCUCCUCGGAGAAUGCGAGCACCGAGGUCUACAGGAUCCUCCGAGAACGGACAAGCCGUUUUGCGAGAGAGCUCAUUGGUCAGUGGGCGGGGUUUUUAUACUCGGUGAGUUCAAUCUGGAACCUAACCUGCCCCGGAGCAGGUUAGCCAUUCAGCGUACGUUGCCAUGGAGACUCGCCUCGCUCAGAAGUGAACCCGCAUCGUAGAACAGGAAACCCCGAACUUACCCUUAAAGUUACCUUGCUAAGCAGUAAUUCUGCCUCGUAGAACAGGCCCCAGGGGUCCUCUGACUUGCCUGCCAUAAAGUAACUCAAAAGGAGAAAAACCAGUUGAGGCCUGUGGCACUUCCCGGUAAGCAAGCAACAUGAAAGGCAACCAUUUAUCCCAAUCUUUACUCAUCUGAUUAAUGAACUAUCUCAGCAUCUGUUUCAAAGUACCAUUAAAUCUCUCCACAAGACCAUCAGUUUCAGGAUGGUAAGGAGUGGUCCUUAUACCUUUGACCCCCAACUGAGCAUACAUGACUUUCAUCAGGUGAGACAUGAAGUUGGUGCCCUGGUCAGUCAAAAUUUCCUGUGGAAUGCCAACUCUAGAGAACAGCCCAACGAGGCACCGAACCGCAUGUUUCACCUGAAGAGAACGCAGGGGAUAUACAUCAGGAUAUCUGGUUGCAUAAUCACAUAUUACAAGGGCAUAUUUGCAUCCUGAGCUACUUUUGGAUAACAGACCAAUAAUGUCCAUGGCUAUCCUUUCAUAAGGAACACUCAUAAUGGGUAAUGGCUGCAAAUAACCUCUGUCAGACUUACGGGCUGGAGCAACAAUUUGACAAGCAUGACAAGAUUUACAGUAGUCUUGCACCUCUUUACAGUACAUUAACCAGGCCGAUAGAACCUCUAGCUAAUUCUGUCAUAUGUCUUAGCUUGUCCUAGGUGCCCUGCCCAUAGAUUAGUGUGUCCUAAAUGAAGGAUCAGCAACUGGUUCACUUUAGGGAUAACUAGCCUAGGUGUUGCAGUGUCAGAAAGAUAUAGCAAAUCAUUCAUUAAGAUGAAUGGGUCUUCAGUGACUCCAGACCGUGACUCUGCCUCAUCCAGCUUUCAUCUUGUCAGCUUCCUUCUUUGUCUUUCCACCUCACAAAGGUGUACCAUCCCACCACUGCCACCACAUGUUACACUCUCAGAUGGUAGGUAGUGUGAAGGAAAGAAAAAAAUCUCAAACAAGAUGUGAAUUCUCAAAAAAAUGAAGAGAACAUUUUUUAGGACACAUCAAAAUAAGACAAAAAAAUGUCCAUUAAAUACUUUGCAAAAAUAUCUCAUGUGCCACACAUCUCACAGACUGCUGAUUUCACUCAGCUCAUAUGCUCAGUUACUUGCAUCUUUAAUCACAGCCUCACAGAAUUCAGGUGUGUCCUCUCUCACCUGCGGACAAUUCAAGGGAGAGAAGCUGCAGCAAUAACAAAAGGGAAAACAGAAUUCCCCAAAGGAAAAAAAAAAACUACACACACCCCUGUGCAUUCAGAGCCAAAAACCUCAAAUAUACUUUUAGAGUGAAAUGAAAACAUCAUAUGCAUUUAAACCAAUACUGCUUGGAUGCUAGAGGAAUGUGCACCUUUCUUGAGCUUUAACAAUAGUUGGUUAGGACUCUAUGGCCUGUAACCCCUGAAUCAAACAGAGAUGGUUUUUAAACUAAAAAUGCAGCUCUAAAGUUUCUUUUAUGACCUCAUCUUGUUUUUUGUCUUCACAUGUGAGCAUGUCCUAAAAUGUGAUUCCUCAGUCAUAUUGAAAUCAUCUGUAAGUUUGCUGCAGGACACACAAAGACAGCAACAGAGUCUCAUUCUUCUUUUUAAAAGUCACCAAAUUCACUCAUGCUUCUUUUUUCUUUAGAAAGUGAAUCAGCUGAUGGACAUAUACAGUGCCUUGAAAAAGUAUUCAUACCCCUUGAACUUUUUCACAUUUUGUCACUCUACAACCACAAACUUAAAAGUAUUUUAUUGAGAUUUUUUUUUAUUAUAGAUCAACACAAAGUAGCACAUAAUUUUGAAGUGGAACUAAAAUGAUACAUGUUUUUCAAAAAUUUAAACAAAUAAAAAUCUGAAAAGUGUGGUGUGCAUUUAUAUUUAGCGCCCCGUGUGAAUACUUUGUAGAGCCACCUUUCGCCGCAAUUACAGCUGCAAGUCUUUUAGGGUACAUGACUACAAGCUUUGCACAUCUAGAAACUGAAAUUUUUGCCCAUUCUUCUUUGCAAAACAGUUCAAGCUCAGCCAGAUUGGACGGAGAGCGUCUGUGAACAGCAAAUUUCAAGUCUUGCCACAAAUGCUCAAUGUGGAUUUAGGUCUGGACUUUGACUUGGCCAUUCUAACACAUGAAUAUUCUUUGAUCUAAACCAUUCCAUUGUAGCUCUGGCUGUAUGUUUAGGGUCAUUGUCUUGCUGGAAGGUGAAUCUCUUUCCCAGUCUCAAGUCUUUUUCAGCCUCCAACAGGUUUUCUUCCAGGAUUGCCCUGUAUUUAGCUCCAUCCAUCCUCCCAUCAACUCUGACCAGCUUCCCUGUCCCUGCUGAAGAAAAGCAUCCUCACAGCAUGAGGCUGCCACCAACAUGUUUCACAGUGGGGAUGGUGUGUUCAGGGUGAUGAGCAUUAUUACUUUUCUGCCACACAUAGCGCUUUGCAUUCAGUCCAAAAAGUUCAACUUCGGUUUCAUCUGACCGGAUCACCUUCUUCCACAUGUUUGCUGUGUCCCCUACAUGGCUUGUGGCAAACUGAAAACAGGACUUUUUACGUCUUUCUGUCAACAAUGGCUUUCUUCUUGCCGCUCUUCCAUCGAGGCCAGAUUUGUGAAGUACACGACUUAUAGUUGACCUGUGGACAGAUUCUCCCACCUGAGCUGUGGAUUUCUGCCGCUCCUCCAGAGUGACCAUGGGCCUCUUGGCUGCUUCUCUCACCAGUGCUCCCCUUGCUCGGUCUGUUAGUUUAGGUGGACAGCCAUGUCUUGGUAGGUUAGCAGUUGUGGCAUACUUCUUCCAUUUUUGGGUGAUGGAUUGAACAGUGCUCCUUGAGAUGUUCAAAGCUUUUGAUAUUUUUUUAUAACCUAACCUUGCUUUAAAGUUCUCCACAACGUUUUCCCUGACCUGUCUGGUGAGUUAAUUGGUCUUCAUGAUGCUCUUUGUUGACUAGUGUUCUCUAACAAAGCACUGAGGCCUUUACAGAACAGCUGUAUUUAUGCUGAUACUAAAUUACACACAGGUGGACUCUAUUAGCUAAUUAGCUGACUUCUGAAGGCAAUUGAUUGCACUGCAUUUUAUUUAGGGGUAUCAGAGUACAGGGGGCUGAAUACAAAUGCACACCACACUUUUCAGAUUUUUAUUUGUUUAAAUUUUUGAAAACCAUGCAUCAUUUUCAUUCCACUUCACGAUUAUGUGCUACUUUGUGUUGUUCUAUAAAAUAAUCUGUCAAUAAAAUACUUUUAAUUUUGUAGUUGUGGAGUGACAAAACGUGAAAAAGUUCAAGGCACUGUACCUGCAGCUGGAGGAGGACGUGAAGAACAAAGUCUUUGAGACUGAUUUGCUGUGGGCCGAAGAGGAGGAUCUGAGGUAAAGACUGGUCUUCCUGCGGACACUUCAGGUUUAUUGCUCUGACUACGACAUACUCAAAGUCACUACUGCUGAAUGAGACCUGGGGCCUGUUCUACGAAGCAGGUUCAACCUAGCGAGGUAGCCUUGGAGCUACCUCGCUCAACUUAGCGUGGUAGUCAGCGGUCUCGCUAAGCGGUUUUACGACGCUGGUUAUCAACCUCAUAAGUGGAUCCAGCUUUGCUAUGAGCGCGUGCAUGCAUAUAAGGCGGAGCCCGCCGCAUCUGACCAAUCGCGAAGAUGGAUCCGUCUGGAGCGUCAGAGCAGGCUGGAGAGUGAAGGACCGCGGACUUUACAAACGAGGAACAGGAGACGAUCAUGAGAAAGUAUGAAGAAUUGAAAGCUAUCAUAAACCUCAAAAGCAACACCGUCGCCGCUGCAAAAUCACGGAGGGAAUGCUGGCAGAAAAGUAAUCUUUGAUGCCAUUAUCACCCUGAAAUAGCACUGUUCAACAUGCGCUUUUAACUAAGGUGACAGUCCCCGAAUUGGAUGAUCUGUCCCCGGCUAAAGCUGUCUCCGAAAAUGUCCCUGAUUUAAGCGUUUCAUGAAUGAGAACAAAAAUGUUGCAUGUGGGCUAGAACAACGGUUAUUACAGUGGGUAGGAAGCAGAAGUAAGCAGUCCUGAACAACAGUUUUUACGGGGUUAUUAUAAGGGGCGUGCGCUGCUACUUAAUAGUACCGAGAUGUUGUCUGUGAUCGCGCAGCCCAUGCCCAUUCAUUCCCAAGAUGAAUCAUUCAUGUGUUCAUUCCUAUCGUGUUUACAUGUUUUGUGUAAUAUGUCGGCCAUAUGAGCCUUUCAUAAAGGUGGUCAUCCGGAGAAAACUCUCCCUGAAAACUCUUGCGAGCCGGAGUGCUCCUCCUCGGACAAUGCGAGCACCGAGGUCUAUAGGAUCCUUCAAGAACGGACACGCCGUUUUUCGAGAGAGCUCAUUGGUCAGUGGGCGGGGUUUUUAUACUCAGUGAGUUCAAUCUGGAACUUAACCUGCCCCGGAGCAGGUUAGCCGUUCAGCGUAUAUUGCUAUGGAGACUCGCCUCGCUAAGAAGUGAACCCGCGUCGUAGAACAGGAAAUCCCGAACUUAUCCUCGAAGUUAUCUCGCUAAGCAGUAAUCCUGCUUCGUAGAACAGGCCCCUGCUCUCCAGCAGGAAGCCUGGAUCAAUAUAUCCCACAUGGCAUCUAGAUUUCAACCAGAGACCUAAAUACUAUUUAGUCUCUAAAUAUUAUUAAAUCCAGAAUGAAAGACUUUGAAAGCAGGUCCUCCAGGAUGUAGUUGCUUUUAGCUUAUCUGAUAACACAACAUACUGUCAUAUAGUUUCUCUGUUUCUUGUUGAUUUGAGCUGCUGUCAUUUAUUUUGUGGUGCCCUGAAUGUCUGUAACUGCAGCUUCGUGGAUUUAGCUGCUGUCUUGGUCUCCAUUAAAAAUAGAUUUUUAAUCUUGGUGUGACUGAGAAAACUGUUGAAGAGAUACAACACUUAUUUACUUUUGUAUCACAAACUUGGGUUGUCAAACAGUUGAGACCUCGUCACCUGGAACUGUUCAUGUACAUUUUCUUGGGGACAGUAGUGGCGGACACCUGUGGAAAUGCUUCUGCUGGUUUGUUGACCUUUUAAUCAUCAGUUGGCUGCAGUCUUUUAUUUUACCACUAGAUGGUAUUAAAUCCCACACGUGGCUCCCUCCACUCACCAGAAAUAUAUGUCAUGAUAAUAAAAAGAGAAUGUAAACACAGAAAAAAUGAGUUAUAACUCCUUUACCUGUGCUGCUCUGUAUGGACCACAGACUCAAGUAUGAUCAAUAAAUCCUGAGCAGAGUGGAUUUUUCAUUCUUACCUUCACACACACAAGCUCCACGCUAAAAAAAAAAAAAAAAAAAAAAAAGGCUUUUGGUUUCUCUUGUAUUUUUCUUUUCACAGGACAAAGAGAAGAAGUGUUCCUCCAGGUGGGAGAUGGAGAGGCUGCUGGACAUCCUGGAGAGUGCGGCCCCUCAGGGGACAGACUCCAGCCAACCACAGACCCCAAACCAGCGAGGUACUGGUCCCUGCUGGGUCCAGUCUGAUAGUUUUACAACCACCGUGUGAACACUGCAGGAAGUUAAGACGAGUUUAGAAAAGCCUGGAAUAACACCACCAGAACCAGAUCAGAACUCUUCAUGACUGAAAUCUCUUCAGAAAAAAAAACAAAAAACAGAUUGUUGAGUCAUUUUUCGUGGAGAUACUGUUUAUUUUUCCUGUGAAGUCAAAGGAGAGAGAAAAUCAAGUUUUCCUGAAGUUAAAUUUGGGUUCAUUUGAGCUCCUGUGAGGAACUUACCCUGUUCUCUGUAGAGAAAGCUGACCCUGUCUUGUACAUGCAGGAGUCCAGAAGAUCCUUAAGAAGUCUAAAAGGGUCUUGAACAAGAAUUUUGAAAGUCGUGAUCAUAAAAUUUCUUUAAAGUUUUAUUUUAACUUGUGGGACGUUGUCAGAGUGAAAUUUGAGACAGUGAAGCAGUUAAAGAAACAGAGAGGACCAGAAGAGAAUAACACAGAGGAGAACCCAGAACCAUCUGCAGCCCUCACGCCUAGACUCCAAGGAGUGGUCAGGAUUCCCUUUGAGUUCAAUCAGGUGAACCUGAUUUUAGGUAAGGAAACACUGCUGCACAUAUAGACAGAGAGAGAGAGAGAGAGAAUACAGAGACUGCAGGUUCAUGUCCUUACUUCCGUUUGUUCUUUAAGGUGUCCUAUUAAAAACCAUUGAGCUCUCAGCACUGAAGAUACAUUUCCUAAACAGCUGUAUGUCCAAACACAUGUCGCUAAACAAAUAACUUAACUUACCAGAGGCUGUGACUGAGCCAGAACCUCAGAGUCAGAUGAGAGAUGAACUCCCACAUACAGCGACAGACGAUGGGUGAGCUGUGAGAGGUCAAAGGUUGAAGCAUCCAGACAAAAACACUCCUGUCUCAGAGUUUAACAGAGACAUGAAGGUGAACUGAAGAAGUGAGGAGAGUUUGAAAGCAGAUUAAUGUGAAGAGAUAGUAGAGGGAUUAAACAGUUACUGUGGAUUUACUCAGAGUAACACUGUCACGAUCCUGCCUCAUCUUCAAAGAUGAUAUUCUUUUUUAGUGUUUUUUCUGCCUUUAUAUAUAUAUAUAUAUAUAUAUAUAUAUAUAUAUAUAUAUAUAUAUAUAUAUAUAUUCUUUACACAUUAAUAUUUGGGCUUCAUGUUGGCAGUUUACAAUUCACAUCAACAUAAAGAAUAAUAAAUCUUAAAUCACGAGCUCUGAAAUUAACAGAGAAACAAAGUGUGGAACAGAAGAAAAAACUGUAAAAAAGAGAAAAAUUAGAGUUUAAACAAGGAUAGCUGUCACAGAGUUAGUAGGUCAGAGUCAUUUAUUUACAUAUGAAUACAACACAAACACUGUAAUCACCUCCAUAUCUACACUUUAGUCACUUUGUGAGACUGGAAGCUUUCAGGUGAUUAACAGAGUGUUUCUGAGACAUCAGGAGCUUUUCUGUCCCAGAGUGAAGAUCUGAGUAUCUUAGAGGCUGAACUGGUUCAGUCCUUCAAAACAAAACAAAAAAGUUAUCUGUGAUGAUUUAUGAAUUAAUUUGAAUAAAAAUGUGUGACUCUUGUUGUUAACUUACUUUACUGAUAGAAGGCUGCCACGUGUAAACACUGACAGGAUGUAUAAAGUGACCUUUCAUGCACCACAGUGCCGACAGAGUAAAACUAAAUGUAAAGAACAAAACUUAAAAUUUGUUUUUCAUCAUCUUUAAAAGCUUUUUAAAGUAAGCUUUAAAAGGGGUUUUCGGUUUUAACAUAUGUACAGGCAUAGCUUGGGCUGAGGUUGGGCCCAGAGUUCCUGGUGACGCCCCUGAACAGCACCGAGGCCUCCCUGAGCCAUUAUCCUUGGACACACAAUCAGUCAUAAUACAACUGAGCCUUAUGAAGAAACUCUGUUUAGAUGUAUCUGUCCCCCUUUAUCAUCUUAUUUCUUUUGGAUCAAACUUUACUGUUACUUGUGAGUAAAUCUGCACUGCCCUCUGCUGGUAACUAAGACACACUACCACCGAGAACUUUACCUUAAGAAAUCAGUCAUUUUCAUAAAACAGAAAAUGAGGGAAACCUUAUUUAUCACUUGAAAUUAUUGUAAAUAAAAUAAAAUAAAUGAAAUAAUGUCCUAUAAUUCAUUAAUAUGCCUAACUAUGAUAUUUUAAAUGUGGCCUGAGUCAUUUUAACGACAGAAAUGCAGCCUUUUUUUCUGGCUCUUUUAUUUUAAAGCCAUGAUUUAUAGCCCACAGGCCCAUUUAAAUAUACAGUACACAUGUUCUUAAUGAAAUAAAAGGACCGUAAAGUGUAUGGGGGUGUAAACUUGUACUCACCUUUUCAUGCAGGUGACCAGAAGUACCCUACCUGCCUUACUUCCUUACCUUCUUAUCGCCUUGUUAUCGGACUCUGACCGUGUGACGCCCUCCGUUACCUUGCGGAACUAUCAAACAGGUACGAACGUGUUUUUACGGACUAGAUGUUUUGUAGGUAUAUAAAAUGUUUUUAUGGACUAAAUGUUUUGUAGGUAUUUAACAUGUUUUUAAGGACUAAAUGUUUUGUAUGUAUAUAAUGGAGAAAGACAAGAAAAUAGACAACUUGGAACGGCGAAUCGAGGACCUUGAACAAUACACAAGAAUGGAUGAUGUAAUCAUAAAUGGACUGGAGACUUCACACCGAACCUAUGCUAGAGCUAUGGCAGGUGGAGGUAAAGACGGUGAGGAUGCCCCAGCAGAGGAGCUGCAAACACUCGAACAGCAAGUUAUACAAUUCCUCGCAACUAAAAAUGUCCAUAUUCAAAGUCAUCAUAUUGCAACCUGUCACACCCUCCCCAAAAAAGACAGCAAAACAAAGCCGGCAAUCAUUGUUCGGCUUGUGAGCCGUAAAACCAAGGCUGAACUACUGAAACAGGCAAAGAAACUAAAGGGGACUGGUGUGUAUCUGAAUGAACAUUUAACAAAAAAGAACGCUGACAUCGCCAGACAGGCACGCAACCUAAGAAAACAAAAUAAGAUACAAGCUACGUGGACAAGAAAUUGCAAAGUAAUGAUUCGACUGAAUGGCACACCCGAGGAAGCAAAAGCUGUAAUGAUAAGAGAUCUCAAAGACUUAGAACAAUAUAAAUAAAAGAGAAAUGAUCGCAACUGUCAAUGAGAACAUUCCUCCUUCCUAUGGAAAUGUGUGAAGACUGGACAUUAUGGACAGAUAAUAUAUUGGAAUGUUUAACCAUUGAAAUCCAUAUUAAAAAAGCUGAUAAUAUAAUUAUAAGUUGUGUUUAUAGAACACCAGGAUCAUGCCUAGACACAUUCAAUGAAAAACUAGCGGCCGUGUUUAGCAAUUCAAAUGAUAAAAAAGUGCGAAUAAUUUGUGGUGAUUUUAAUAUAGAUUUGCUAAACCCAAAUGGACACCAAAAAACAACAGACUUUAUCCAUACAAUGUACAGCAACUGCCUUUUCCCUGUAAUUAUAAAACCAAGCAGAAUAACAAUUAACACGGCUACACUGAUAGAUAAUAUAUUCACAAAUAAAAUUGAUUAUGAUAUAAUGGGUGGACUUCUUAUAAAUGAUAUAAGUGAUCAUCUUCCUGUCUUUGCAAUUUUUCAAAAUUAUUUUGAGAUAAAAGCUAAACAAAAGACUUGUAUACUUGAAAUGAAAAGAUAUCGAACACAAAGAGCCAUCGCUGCCCUUAAGGUGGACCUAGGGGAACAAAACUGGAAUGAGGUUUAUGUUAAUGAUGACCCUAAUAAUGCAUAUGAUGCAUUUUUGUCAACUUUAAUUCUGUUAUAUGACAAACAUUGCCCUUUAAUGAAAGUCACCAGGAAGCACCAGUGUUCAAAUAAGCCAUGGAUUACAAAAGGAAUAGGGAAUGCAUGUAAAAAGAAAAAUAUUUUAUAUAAGAGAUUUAUAAAACAGAGGACAAAAGAUGCUGAAACAAAGUAUAAAAUAUAUAAAAAUAAAUUAGUAAAUAUUAUGAGAACAAGUAAGAAAGAAUAUUAUCAUACAUUAUUGGACCAAAACAGGAGCAACACACAAGAAAUAUGGAGAGUAUUAAAUAGUAUAGUCAAAAAGGGUGCUAAUAAAACUGGUUAUCCAGAAUACUUUAUAAAAGAUAAAGAUAUUAUUAUUGAUAAAAUUAAAGAAAUAGCUAACGAAUUUAAUGAUUUUUUUGUACAUGUUGGUUAUAACUCGGCAAAAGACAUCCCUAAGACGAGAACUAACAAUGAAAUAGAUCAAUAUAUAACUAAAAACUCCUCCUCCAUGUUUAUCAGUGCUGUAAAUGAUAGAGAAAUAAUUGAUAUUGUCAAAACACUUAAGAAUAAAAAGUCCACUGAUUGUUUUGAUAUAGACAUGACAUUAGUAAAAAGUAUUAUAGAAUAUAUUGUGCAACCAUUUACAUACAUUUGUAACCUUUCUUUUCAAACAGGUAUUUUUCCUUCGAAAAUGAAAACAGCAAAAGUUAUUCCUAUAUAUAAAAGUGGAGAUAGGCACCAAUUUACCAAUUAUAGACCAAUAUCACUACUUCCGCAGUUCUCAAAGAUUUUAGAAAAAUUAUUUGAUCAUAGACUUGAAACAUUUAUUGAGAAACAUAAUCUUUUAAGUGACAAUCAAUAUGGCUUCAGGGCAAAAAGGUCCACCUCGAUGGCAGUGAUGGAACUUGUGGAAGGGAUAUCUACUGCAAUAGACAACAAGGAAUAUACAGUUGGUGUUUUUAUAGACUUAAAAAAGGCAUUUGACACUAUUGAUCAUAGUAUAUUAAUGAAUAAACUAGAGAGAUGUGGUAUUAGAGGAUUAGCAUACAUGUGGAUGGAAAGUUACCUGGAUGACAGAUAUCAGUAUGUGCAAUUAAAUAAUGUAAAAUCAAAUCAAUUGAGGGUCACUUGUGGGGUCCCUCAAGGGUCUGUGUUAGGCCCGAAAUUAUUCAUAUUAUAUAUCAAUGAUAUCUGCUAUGUUUCCAAACUGUUAAAAUGUGUUUUGUUUGCUGAUGACACCACUCUCUAUUGCUCUGGUAAAAACCUAGAACAGCUUCUGACUACAGUUGAAAAGGAAUUAAAUAUUCUGAAAUAUUGGUUUGACAUUAAUAAGUUAUCUCUGAAUUUAAAUAAAACAAAGUUUAUCAUUUUUGGCACCAGAAAAAUAAAAACUCAAGUUAAAAUCAGGGUCAAUUGCAUCGAAAUAGAAAGAGUGAAUGAAAACAAAUUUCUUGGUGUGAUAAUUGAUGAUAAGCUUUGUUGGAAGCCACAUAUAAAUAAUGUGAAAACCAAAAUGUCAAAAACCAUUGCUAUACUUUAUAAAACAAAGGAUAUCCUCAACAAGAAAUCACUAUACACGCUAUAUUGUUCUCUGUUACUUCCAUAUAUGACCUAUUGUGUGGAGAUAUGGGGUAGCACAUAUAAAACCAAUACUGAUCCUAUCUUUAGGUUACAAAAAAGAGCUAUAAGAAUUAUAAAUCGAUCCCACUUUCUUGAAUCAACUAAUGCACUGUUUCUUAAUUCAAAUACCCUUAAAUUUUAUGAUUUAGUUGAAUUUAAAAUGGCUCAGAUAAUGUACAAAGCACAUAAUAAUUUACUUUGCCGUAGUACUCUGAGGCUGUUUGAAACCAGAGAGAGUCAAUAUGAUUUGAGGGGAACAGGUUUCUUCAAAAAAACUAAGACAAGAACGAAUAUUAAGCAGAGGUGUGUUUCUGUUAGAGGUGUUAACCUGUGGAAUAGCUGUGAUGAUGAAUUAAGAAUGUGUAGUUCACUUUCCUUAUUUAAGAACAUGUAUAAAACUAAAGCAAUAAGAAAAUAUUUAAAUCCGGUAUGAAGAAGAGCAAUAACAAAAUAUUGAAAUUUUUGGUUGUGUCUGUAUACUUGUUAUGGAAUAUUGUUGGUUUAUUUAUUUUCUAACAUGUUUUUGAGAAUUUAUCUUUUCUUUCUCUCUUUUUCCCUUUUCUUUAGAAGACUUGUGGUGUAACUCAGACCAUGUUGUUAAAGAGUCGCCUUGCUAAAGUUUUUGUUUUUUUGUAAAAAGGGUAGGCAAAAUAAGCAUGAGCUUCAGCCUACACCUUUUCGAUUAGCUUUAUGAUGCUUUUGAAAUUUACUAUGUAUCUGUUGUGGGUGGAUUUUAAAUGCUAAUCGAAUAAAAUAAUUGAAUUGAAUUAAUUGAAAAAAAAUUGAAACAUGUUUUUACAGACUAAAUGUUUUCAAGGGCCAAAUGUUUUGUAGAUAUAUAAAAUGUUUUCAAGGACUAAAUGUUUAGUAGACAGGCCAAUAUAACGUGUUUUUCUGGUCUCUUUAAAUGUCUGAAAAUCUUUAUUUUGUGUCUAGAGAGAAAAGCUGAGCGCCGUCUGCCUCCUCUGUCUGUCAUAGACUUUCUUCACAGCAGGUAAGAAAGUCUGGGUAAUAGUCCUCUACUCUCAUGUGUGUUAUAUCACAGUUUAAAGUUUUAAAAUAACAAUUUGCAUCAGUGUAGCUCGAUGUUUUAUUGAAACUAUCGACUCUUUUGUUGUAAAUGAAACUGAAACUGUUGAGCUGGUUCACAAAGCAAUGAAGGACACUGGAGGGUUUGUUAAUAUUUAAACCACAAAUGUCAUAAAAUCCGGUUCAAAUGUUAUGUUUGCGAUCUUAGAUAGACGCCCAAACCUUCACAGUAUAUAACCAUCUUUAUCUUGGACUGAGUGGAAAGCAAAGUUUAAAAAAAAACAAAUAAUCCAUCACUUGUCAUGGCACUUCUACCAUGAAUCAAACCUUAUAGUAGAAACUCUGAGACUUUGAAAUACAGGCCUGCCUUAUUUAGAAAGGCUUGAUAAUCUUAGGGAUUAAAAUAAAAAAGAGAGACACAGCCUAUGUUUCAGGAUAUACAGUAGUCAGUGUUGUAGGUCUUAAAUCCAGGAUUCGGAUCUGGUCUAACACUGAAAACUUGGGACUUGGACUAUAACUUAAGGAUCCAGUUUGACUUGUAGGGUUACUGGCCCUUCUCAUACCAUCAUGCUGUUGGUUCUCAGAGUCGUGUUUAUAAGGAAUUCCCAGAAGGAUCAUCUAAAAGGACUCUGAGGUCUCCAUCAGCUAGAACUGAACACUGCAUCUUCCCUAAACAAGUAUUUUACAGCAUCACUGUUCUCCCUGAUGUUUCAUCUGUCUUUAAUUUUCAGACUUCAGGAUGUUUCCUCUGAUGGACAGACGCUCCCUCGGCCUUCACUUUGGUGCCUUCACUGACCUGCUUUUCCUUACUGUCAUGCUCCUCACCCUGAUAAACUCCUGUGCAGGUGAACUAACAACAUUCAAGUUUAACUAUUUUGUAGACUACUUAGAGUACUUCCUGCUGCUUUUUUAAAAACUGUUUAUAGUGGCUAUCUAAUGUCUUAUUUUUCCUAGUUGUUGCAUUUCCACACUAAAUUUAUUAUUACCACUCUUGAGUCACAACAAGGAUAUUUUACAUGUUCAGUCAGCUUGAUGGUCUACAAGCAUAUGUAAGACAACCGUGACACUGCUGCACUAAUUUAUUGAGAACAACAACACAAACCUUCAACACAGUACACUUAACUUAAGCCUUUGUCACAUGACAACUGGAGCUACUAAGAACAGAUAUAAACAGGUAUCAACUGCGGGAAACAAAUUAGUAAACACUCAACAACAUCUCCGAACCCAAACAAAACGUACUUCUUUCUGCACUUCAGCAAAUUUUAUACUCAAAUAAUAUAAAACAAUGUUUUCAUUGCUGAAUGGCGCUAACACUGUUCUCUGCCCUCUGUUUCAGGUCAGAGGCUGAUUGGUUCGUCUCAGCCUAUAGUCGCAUUAGUCGGUGAAGACGUGGUUUUGCCGUGUUACCUGGACCCUGCUGUUGAUGCUUAUGACAUGACUCUGGAGUGGGCAAGACCGGACCUGAACCCCAGAUAUGUCCUCGUACGGCGCUACGGUGAAGAAGCAGGAUUUAAAAAAAAUCCCUCCUACAGAGGAAGAUCAUCAAUGUUCAGUGAAGAAAUGAAACACGGAAACAUUUCACUGAAAAUCUCCAAAGUCAAACUCUCAGAUGAAGGAGGAUACAGAUGUUUUAGUCCUGAGUUAUCCCAACAUACUACAGUCCAGCUGGUUGUGGGUAAGUCUGAACAUUUUCAGGUUUUUAAACUGACCCUACAUGUCUCAUUGGUCUUUGCUAUGAAUAAGUAAUGAUAUAGUUGAAGUGAUAUUUAAUCACAGAUGAAGUGGAGCUGUCUGUUUAAUCAUGCUUUAUCUAAAAUACUCCUGAGCUCAAUGGUUUAUGUUUUGUUUCAGAAUUUAAACAAGGAUCUUAAGUCCAAGAUUUUCCUGUUACAAAAAAAACCCAAAACAUUUUAGUAAGAUGAAUUUAACGUCAGUCAAGUCAGAAGAUGGUGUUGAAACUGGUUAUCAAACUUUGUCAUUUCAAAGUAGUUUUGGGGGCUUUGUUGUGGCAGGUUUCUACUUAAAGAGUAGACAAGUACCAGAACAGGUACAAAGAGAAAACUGUGAAGCCAAAGACACCUCUCUCUCCUGUAGGAGCUGUCUCCUCACCUGUUUUAAGAGUGACCAGACACAACAGUGGAGUGUUGUUGGAGUGUGAGUCUAAAGGCUGGUAUCCAGAACCAGAGAUGUUUCUGUUGGACGCUGAGGGAAAUCUUCUCUCUUCAUCACCCACUGAGACCAUCAGAGGUCCUGAUGAUCUCUACACUGUCAGCAGAAAAGUGACUGUGGAGGAGAAACACGGGAAGAACUUCAGCUGUAGAGUCACACAGAAGAAGAUCCACCAGAGCAGAGAGACACACACUGUUAUUCCAGGUAAAUCUGAGUCAGGAGUUCAUGAUGUGAUCUCUGAGCUGAACUGUAAAUGUUCACAAAGUUCUCUGUUUAUCAUCACAGAUCAUUUCUUCAUGGUACCAACUACUCCCAGUACUCCCAUUCUCCCCAGUUCUUCUGGUUCUCCUGCUUCUUCUAGUUCUCAGCCUGUUAUCAUCGGCUCAGUGAUCGUCUGUGCUGCUCUGGUUUUGAUUCCUCUGGUCUUCUUCAUUUUGUGGAGAAGGAGAAAAAAUAAACUCAGUGAGUCAAAGAGUUUCUUUUUUUCUAAUCUGGAGAUAUUUUCAGGUUGUCCUUCUUUCCUCUUAUGAACAAGAUAUCACGGGAAUGUGUGCUCCAAAUCUGGUCCAAACUUCUCCAGAUUUGCACAGAUGUCCUUCUGGGUUCAGAGACUGACUGAGUCAAUGUCUGUGGUCCUGGUCCAGGUUCAGUGUGACCCCCUCAUCAUUCAGUUCUCCUGAGCCUCAUGUGUUGGCAGCUCUCAGCAAAGAUUUUAUAUCAUGUAGUUUAUUUUUCAUUCUUGAAAAAGUCUCUGCUCUUGGUGAAAAGUGGACAAAGCUUCUUUUCCCAAAUGUGACCAGUUUCUCGUUCUUCUCUGUCCCCACAGAAAACAAGAGGGACCAUGAGAGCGGGACUGAGCAGACUGAAGAGGGAAAAACAAAAACAUCUAAAGGAGAUUUAACAGAGUUUAAUGUGGAGAAGGAAGGAGAAGAAAGAGAAGCACUUAUGAAAGGAGGAGAAGAAGAGAAUAAAGUGGAUGAUGAAAGAGAAGAAGACAACAGAUCUCAGAGUGAACCUGAAGAUCAGCUCAUGACAAAACCAGAGUCAGUAAAUGAAAUGGACAGAACAUCAGGAGGAAGAGAGAUAAAGAAGAGUGAUGAGAGAAAAGAAGAAAUAAAACAGGUACAGGAAAUGGAACAAGAGCAGACAGUGAGACCAGUUCAGGAAAAUUCAGGACUUCAGAUGGAUCUGUUCACUGCAGACAGACAAAGAAAACAGCCUCAAAAUCUCCACAAUCAAGAGAUAGAGCGAGAGACAGAGAGAGAUGAGGACAAUGAAGGAGAGAAGUCUGAGAAAAAGAGGAGAAAGAAAGAGAAAAAACAAGAGCAGAAGAAAAAGGGAGGCUCUGCAUCGAGAGAGAAGAAGAAGUUAAAGGACAAACAAAGAGAAGAAAUGAAACCAAAGGAAGAGAGUCUGACAGAGAUGGAGGAAAGUAAAAAAACAGAUGAGACAGAGCUUAGUCAACAGAAAGAGAAAUGUGUUUUCAGAGAUGACAAACAUAAAAGAGAUGAGACAGAAUUCAAAGAGAAAACAGAGAAAGAUCAAGAGAGAAAACAGUCGGAUGUUUCUAGAAUAAAGGGAGAGAAAGAGGAGAAACUAACAGAGCAAAGUGAUGAGAAACUGAAGAGAGACAACAAAAAUGAAGGACAAAAAUAA